GAGGAGCGUCAGCCUCAAAAGCGGAGUCUGUGAAUCAGCAGCUCAUCAGUCCGGGUAGAGCGACAGUCACUCCGCACAGAGGACACCUAGCUGCACGGCCAACAACACGGAGGGAGUUGCUGUAAAACUCCAAUGUUGUGAUAUUUCCCCCCUCUGAUUUCCCUGUGGAGAAAUAUCGGUGUGAUUAGUGGCAAACAUCUUGAAUUUAUCCGGGAAAAGCCAGAGAACAUUUCCAGGGCAGAAUGAAGGGAUGUACACCUUUCUUCAACAUGAUGCUGGUUGCGCUACUGACCGCCACCGUCACAGCGACCAAGUUAAACGUACCUCGGCUGAGACUGUCAUUCAAAGGUAAUAAAGUGAUCAAUAAUCUAUUAUCCCACAUUUCUGGGCUUCGCACAGGUGGCUCUGAUAGGUGAACUCUGGUGUCCUCGCUCUGUAACUCUCAGCCUUUUUUUCUGUGAACAUUUCAACUUGACGCCCUCCUGUCAACAAAGCUUGAGUGCGUAUUUUCUUUUCAUUACGCAUUUAUUUCACACCACCUAUUCUCUUCACGGUGGUCCGAGCUGGAAGCGUGAAAUUCAGGUCCAUGUUUUGGCUACUGUUCUGGAGGUUUGUGUGUUUGAGGAGUCACACAUAUGUUACCACGGUAGUUUCCAGGUUGAUACCGCUGUGCAGUGCAGGCGGGGAUCCAGCCAGAGGAGAUUUUGGCAGAGGUUCAUCUCUCUGUGGUGGGAUACACCGGGGUGUGAUGGUCUCAUUACAGAUAUUUAGUAGGAACGGCAACCGCAACGAGAUACCUGAAGGUUCAGAUAAUUACCGGAUGGCAUGAUUUUUCUUUCUUUCUUUUUUUUUCUUUUUUUCUUUUUAGAAAUUGGCCUUUGGCAUUAAAUCUGAACGACUUUGAAACAGCCAAAAAGUACCACAUGUAACUGAUUUACUGUCUGUCCUGCUGAGCGGAUUUGGUCCUCACAAAGUUCAGAGUAUCCAAACUUUGAGGAUGACUUUUUGUCUUAAAACAUCUGUACAAUAAUUUGUGCUGCUGUUCUUUGACUAAAAUAAGACAAAUUUGAUAAGAGUUAAAAUCACAGUAGUUAAACUAUUUAAUGCUGUAUUUUAGACUGACAUUACCAGUCUCAGACAUCCUCUGUUUGUUUUUGGUUCCCUGCCUUAAUUCUCUUCCCUCCUCCACCUCUCUGAUCUAAAUCCUGUUUUUGGCCAUGACUCACUCAGUUUUAAUGAUAACAAGGCAGAAAACGACCCAGCAGGUAUUUGUGUGUGCAAGUGAGUGCCUGUGUGUUUAAUUGCUGUUGACUGUGUGUUGUUGCCUAGCUGUUCCCCAUUGUUUCCUCUCACCCAGACCAGAAUGAGUCUGCAAUCAUCAUCAGCGAUAGAUAUCACACAGGAUUUCCUACAGUUCAGUUUAGCCCACUGUUUUCUAGGGAAAAAGCCCCAGCUGAGUGCGCUGGUCUUCCUGUUGGCUGGACUGGAAAUAAAGUGUGUGUGUGUGUGUGUGUGUGUGUGUGUGUGUGUGUGUGUGUGUGUGUGUGUGUGUGUGUGUGUGUGUGUGUGCCUGUGUGUGUGUGAGGACAAUUGCCAAGGCUUUCGAAUAUGGAGUGAUUUCACCCAAAAAAAAAAAAAGAAAAAAGUUAAGAGCUUCUGAACAACAGUUUCUGACCCCUGUUGCAACUAAAAGCAACUUAGUGCCUUUUUAUUGUCUUAUUGGCCAUUUUAACCCAAGAUAUGAAGUCUUCGGUAGGUUGGCUGUGGCCCAGUAGUAGAGGCGCUGACUCUACUGUCUCUGACUUGAAAGCUUGGGAGUUUCAAACCUGUCUGUAGGCCAGAGUGUCCUCGAGCAAGACACUAACCUCAAGCAUCUUUUGGUGGCUUUGCUGGUAGUGUAUAAAUGGGCUGGGUGCUCUGUAGUCAGUGUGUAAAGAUGGUGUGAAUGGAUAAACAUAAGAGUGAUUUAAGGGGUCAGAAGACUAAUGAAAAUCCUGUCAACUGUAGAGCCUAUCUUUCUGGACAGAGUAAAUAAGAGCAGGAGGAUGAACCCCAAAAUUUAAGGUGGUCUGUGGUCUGUGCACUGCAGACGCUGUAAUACUUCUGCCUUAGUGUGUCUCGGUCUGAUUGCAUUUCCAUGAAGAAAUUAUCAUAAAUGUUCUUGCUUGAGCUGUGUCACCCCUACACUUGUUGCUACAAACAAGUGGCUGCCUGAAGAGAGUAGGUGAGUUGUGUUUAGUCUCUUUGCAAAAGAAAUUAGGCAAAGUAUCUAGUAACUAGAGAAGCAACUGUUUGGCGACAUUAAUCUCUGGACGGGGUGUCUAACUCGGUGUUACAGUGUGUUUGACCCUAAAUAAAUUUUACGCUGGAAUAUCCCUUUAAAGUCUUCUUAGUGGUCUUUCAAUUGUGAUUAUGAAGAUUUUAGCCAAACUCAUGUUACCUGUGUCAUUUUCAAGACUUUUCUUCUGCAGAGCUCCAGUAGCUCAUUAGCAAUUCACCUCUGAGUUGUGGGCGGAGACAGCGCUGCUCUGCACACUCCUCUUCAUUCUAGCUUGUAGUCGAAUAUUGCCCGUGUAGUAGAAGUGGCAGUAUCAUAGGAGCUAUUCAACUCUCAGACACUGAUGUCUUUGGGGACAUGAUGAAAGUUAAUAUCAUAAUUAGCUUUCUUACGAGCAUUGCGAUCCGCUGACGCAUACGCUUGUUCUGCAAUCAUUAUCUCUAUUUUAGAGUCUGGCCUGCAUAGCGGGACUCCGGGGACAGAGCUUGCAGUUGUGACAUUGGAAAUCUCACUGUAUCUGAACCUGCCAUGUGGGUCUGCCAGAGGUUCACAGGGAUUUGAAUGCAGUAAUACUCAGAAAUGCAAUUUCGCUUUUACUUUUCUCAUGAUAUGUCCUGUAGCAUCAGAAAAAUGCCACAUGAACAUGCAGACAACAAGAAAAACAUGAUUUUCAUCAGAGUGGGUCUUUAAAGUUCCUGUGAGUAUUUUAUAGUCACUGAAAUCAGCUGAAAUCGUGUAAGCCUCUUUAUGAUAUCCAAGAGCAAACUAGACCAUCAGUGACAAGAAUGAUGAUUUUAUAUAUAUAUUGUAAUUUCUAAUGCUUGAAAACAGAGAGAGGGGUAGGUGUCAGCUGUUACAUUGUCAGCAUAAGAUCCUCCUGACAAAUAAUAUAUUUGACCAGCCAAAGCCAGCGGGGUAACAGGAGGCACAACUCGUGCGUAGAUGAUAAGGUAGUGACUGACUUCUUUGUCCACAGGGGGGUGCCAAAUUUGACGCAAACCGAAAGUUCCUCCCGAGAGCUUUUGGCAAAUUAAGGAUGCGUGUCAUAGAAUGAGCACUGUGAUGUUGUCUGUUAUCUUGUAUCAUGGGUGAAAAGAUUGAUAGAAAACAGACUCAUGCCCUCACAAGACCACAGUAGAAGUGGAAAAAGCAGUGCCUAGUUUCUGAGUCAUGCCAAUAUGGAGCCUCGUAUUAAAAGUAUUACAAAGAUCCAAUUUCAACUUUGGCCUUGCAAUAAAAAAAAAGUUUUUCCUCCUUACUCGCCUGAAUAUCACAGCUCCAAUUUUGCAAGAAGGGAGUGUGGGAAGAAAUUUCUCCUAGAUUUUCAUGAGUGGCUGACCAGUUUUUCACUUCCUGCCUUUGUGACCUCAAAGUUGACCCCAGUGAGUCCUGUUUUACGUAAUAUUAUUGCUUUAUUAAACCUUUUAGAGAAAAUCAUUCUACACGUAUCCAAAGGUAUCAUCUUGACCGUCUUUUGUCAGAAGUCUCCCACUUUAGUCACACUCAAAGAGUCAUCAUCCUCCUUUGUUUGUGUGUUUCCUCCUCAAUCAGGCUCUUUUCUCAUUAUAACCCGGAUAAGCCCAGAGGGUGUUUGAGGUCCCAGGAGGAUGUGACGGUAAUUUGGCGACAGGAAAAGCCGUCAUUAUCUCAUUUUAAUCAAUUAGUGAGCAGAGGUUAAAGCAGGAAGAAGCCCAUUAUACCUCUGAGGUUCAUUUCAAGCAUCCAAGUCAACACCGCUGAAGAGAUCUUUUUGAAAAAUCAUACCCAAGUUUAAACUUUGCUGUAUUUAAAUGAAGAACUUUUUUGGGUGGAUCAUCUUUAACUUUUCAAUAACAUUGAGAAAUCUUAAUUCUUACAUUGAUUAGUUUCUAAAUUCAUGUCUGAUAACACUGAAAUUAUAAAUCCCGAUUGAAAGAUGUUAAAUAGAAGCCUAUUUCAAUGGAUUUAAAUAAAUUUAAAUGUAUCAGCUUGACUGAGUGGUUGUGUAGAUGACCAUUAAACAUGUUAAAUAUGGAGCACCUGCCUCUUUUCCCUCAUCUCCCUGCUCUCCUCUCUCCAGCCGUGGCGGCCUGACUGUUUGCCCCCACGCAGCACAACAGGUUGAAGAUUUAACCAUAAACCCCCCAUAAAUCUUAGUGGGCUCAGCUACCAAACUUAGUAACACGCAUUGUAGGUUUGCUCAUUAAUCUGAACUGUACAUGAUGAAAUGAAAGUGAGAGCUGUUAGGAGAGAGGGACCAUGCUCAUGCUAAACUGUAAUCAAAAUAAAAGAGAGGGUGCUCUCUGUUAAUCAUAUAGGACAAAAAUGCGCAAUUGCACAUGAAAUUCACUUUCAAGUGCAAUUGCGCCAUUUUUGUUGCCCUGCUUUUUGUGCCCUGCUCAGUACUUUUCCACUGCAGAGAUCUGGACUAAACAAAGUUUUAGGUACUCUGUUCAACUACCUAAAGUUCUCUGCCUCUGGGGUAGAAUUUUCCAAAAAGACAGGGACUUUGGGUUAGGUCUUGCAGGGCUGAGUGUUUCUGAUUUUUCGCUCACUCACAGCGUUAAAGGGAUAUUCUAAAGUAAAAUUAAGUUAGAGUCAAACACACUGUUACACCAAGUUAGACACCCCAUCAAGAGCUGAAUGUUCCCGAAUGCUUGCUUCUGUAGUUAUACCAGCUUUAGUAACGACCACAGGAAAGCAAUACAGAGAGCCACGCACUCAACCAAAAAGCCACUCUAUUGCCACAAAUAAUGCUCAGAACAGCACCUAACUACAUCAACAGUACAUAUAAGGUCCCAGCCAUAGUACUAGCCAUCAAACAUCUUUUUACCUUUGCCUGAUUUCUUUAACAAACUCACCCACUCUCUUCCAGCACCGCGUGCUUGUGUGGAGACCUCUGGGCGAGUCCAUCGACUGCAGCUCAAGGAAGAACAUUUAUGAUCAUCACUUAAUCAUUUCCUUGAAGUAAUAAUCAUCAAAUUAACCAUUUUGUGCUGCAGAAGCGGUAGUUCUUCUGCCUUAGUGUCUCAGUCUGAUUGCAUUUCCAUGAAGUAAUAAUCAUAAAUGUUCUGCUGUGUCCCCCUGCUGGUAUAACUAGAGAAGCAAGCAGUCUGCAACAUUCAUCUCUUGACGGGGUGUCUAACUCGGUGUUAUGGUGUGUUUGACCCUAACUUAAUUUUACGCCGGAAUAUCCCUUUAAUACAAGCAGAAAGUUUGUCUCUCAGAUUAAGUCACAACAUCAUGGGCUCCUGUAAAAGUAGCUCCUGGGACUUCAAGCUCUGGGUUGUUUUGGUGGAAAUGAAGCUUUUCAUGUAUUUGGCCAACAGUCAAGUUCAUAAUUUUUUAACAGCACAAUUUGCAAUUCAAACUGUGGACAACAAAUAAAGACUGUGUGUGUGUGUGUCUUUUGAGGCUACAGCAAAGUGCCCGGGUGUGUGAUGUAUACGGUUGGCUGGCCUCCCAACCCUUUAUCCUCCUGCCAUCAUGCAUCUCAUUUUUCUACUCUGCUUGUCCUUCGUUUGUCUUCCCCUGCUUUCAAUCUGCCAUCUUCAUUUAUUCAUUUGAAUUCCCUGUGUGGAUAUUUGUGAGCAGACACGCUGACUUUAUACACUCUGUCUAAGACAAUAUUCACUUUGUCUGGCUGAAGACAGGGGAGCUCUUGAAAAUGCCAAUGUACACAUCAGCGUCCUUAUUUGAUCAGAUUGCAUUAGUUCUCAGAGUGAAGGCUUCUGUUUGUUUUCACUUACAGCCUGUGAAUUAAUGAGUUUGUUUUCUCAGUUGGCGUUGCCCACAUGCACACUGAAAGACGGGUGUUGCUUAUUCUGAGGCGGAGGGGGUAAUCUUUCGUUGGAGGCUCCAGUGCUGCAGGAAUGUAGAGCGUCUCUCACCCUUUCAUCUUUCAACUCUCUUUCUUUCUUCCUCAAUUCUGUUUCAUCUAUCUUUCCGUUUUGGAGCCAUCACUCCAUCACCCCCCCUCCUCCAUGUAUUAGCAUGCUCAUUCCAAUUUUCCUCUCUGAGUUUAGUUUAAGUGCUCCCAGGCCUCAGGACUGAUCCACUAAACACAGCAAAAGAGAAAGGGAGGAAACAAAGGAGAGAAAGUUGAAGGUUCAGUCACCUCGCCAACUGGCUUGUCAUACAUAUGUUGUUUUACAGAGCUGUAUAUAAACUCCAGCUCUGACUUAUAUUGUAAAGAAUGGGGAGUUUCAGAGGAUUUAGUACUUUAGUAAUGGUUGACAUGUGUUUAAAUCUUUAGAGUUUGUGGAAGUUCUUAUCAUAUGGUCAAGGGGGUACUAAGCCUGCAGGCAAACCAGCUCAAAUGUAAAGUUUAUAGUGCAUGAACAACAGUCCAAACAGUUGUAAUGAAAAAAAGAGAAAAAGUUCAAAAGUGAGAGACAGUCUGGAAAUGAAAUCAAGGUCCAGGUGAAAGUUGUAAAUCUGUAUCAAAUUUAGCUGGGAUACAAUAUUUUCAGUGACACAUUUCAUACACACGUCUAUAGAAGUGUUUUAUUGUAUGGACUAAAGACACAGAGUGUAGAAACUGGAAUAUUUGAAGGUAUAUCAGGCUGUCAGGUUCUCGACUGAAAUGCUCCCUUGCUCACCCCUCCUAUUUGAGGACAAGCUUCCUUCAACUUCUGUGAGUAUGAUCCUCAAUUUUUCAGUUUUUUUUUUCAUCAAAAAAAGCUCCAUCAUCACCAACAACGUUUUUUUAUGUUUUUGCUUCUUUGUUGUUUUCUUCUUCUAAUGCAAUUUGUAUGACCACUUACUGAAUACAGAAACAUAUGUUUGUCUGCUCUGUCCUACAGUGCAAAACAGCAGCCUCCUCAUGACCUACAAAGUGAAAUGAAAUUAAUAGCAACAGAAUCAUUGUGAAUAAAGUGUUGGGGCUUGAUUUAGGCAGUGACAUUUCCGUAGGUUAGCGAACCUAUGCUAAAGAUGUACAUUUUCUAUUGAGUUUUUUUUUUUUUUUUUUAAAUUGUGACAGAGCAAAUUGGCUUUAAACAGGAUUUGGUUAUUAUGCUUUUGUGGGAAUGCUUAUACUGAGGUUAACAACAAGACACUAGAUCACUUAUGGGAACUGUUAAUCAGGCUAGAGUUAGGUAAUAAAUAAAAAUUGGGUAAUGCAGACGUUUUUGUCAUUUUGAGUUAGAGUUAAUGACUUUGUGACUUCAACAUUAGCUUGUCAUUCUGCAUCCUGCAAAAAGUUGUUGUAUAAAAAAGUCAGUCUUUAUUUAGUUUAUUUGCUUCCACAACUGAUGCACUCUUUGGGGACACAUUUUGUGAUAGCGGUUAGUGGCGCUUAUAGGAAAUGUAGUCAUUAUCCAGGAAAAAUACUUAUGAGUCCAUAAAUCAAUCAAAAAAUCAAUUUUUUAUUUAUAUAGCGCCAAAUCACAACAUUUAUUAGUCCAAAAGGGCAAGGACACCAUGAGAACUCCUCACAGAGGUUUAACUGGUACCUGCAAGUACAAGUGUUCUUACCAAUUACCCAAACAAUCAAUUUUGUAGUUUAUUGCAAUUGCAUUGUUACUGUUCGAGAGAGAAAGUUUACUCAGCCCCUUGUGGUUUUUGAAAUAAUAAAAAAAAGCUCAUGAGUCUUCAUCCAGGAAAUGUAUGACUGAAACAUCUGCAAUGCUUCUCAUAGACCCCAACUUCAGCAGUAUUGAUUUUAAAAGUUUUAGCAUUUUAUAUGGAAAUUGCUUUGAGUUGAAGUCAUCCCUCUUUGAAACUUGUGGCUGUCCUUGUUUCAGUGUUUUGGUUUCAAGGGAAAAUCACAGCCUGAACUACUAACUUAAAACUACUGAAGUUAAUGAUUGGACUGCGAGAAAUCCAGGUGGUUUAAGUCUUCCAGAUGACAUUUUUGUUGUCAUGAUACAAUAUUUGUGUGGUCAACGAUAUUACAUUUUCAGUAUGUAUAUCUCAAAAAUUUGAACAGCAGAACAGAAAGUGGCUUUGUCUGGUCUGUAACGAAAAAAAAAUCGGCCAUAUUUAUUUUGGAGGUUGUGGAGCCACAGCAGAGAGGUUUUCGUUGUGGUAUGUGGACCUGCUGACAGAGGGAACACAUUACAUGUUUCUGACACCGGCUACAUGAUGUGAGGGGUGAAGAGUAAGUGUGUGUGUGAAUGAGAGAAAAUAAAAGGCACCGUUAGUUUGUUCGUUAUGAAUGUGUGGUUUUGUGUGCAGGGGUUUCUAUUCUGUCAAAGAAUUUGUGUUGGUCUGCAUGACUGUGUGUAUAAAAUGCUACUGAAGCAAACAUCUGUGUGUACUUAUCCAUUCAGAAGGUGUGUGUGUGUGAGAGAGAGAGUUUGAGGUUAACUGGAGAGAGGGGAGAGGGCACUUACAUCUGAGGUGUGUAGACAUCUAUGUGUCUGAAGGUGUCAUUUGUGUCAUGUCAACAGCAUGUCUCCUGUGACAGCUCUCAGAUUGCGGUUCGGCUAGAUCACAGACAGCACACAGAAGGAGGAAUCAGAGAUAGUGGGAGCGGGAACUGACUGUGUCAAGCCUUUUCCUGCUCUCUGUCGCUCACACAUGACAUAGAGCCAGAGCGGAGAACACAGAUGAGGUAGCUGUGCUGAGGAGAGAAACAGUAAUCUGGGUUGUUUUAGGGAUAGAGAGGGGACAGAUUGAGUUAAAGUGAAGUGAAUUAGCAUAAUGAGAAUGAGGCUGGGGGGUUUGAGUAUCACUUAUCUGGUUGAAUAAAAUUGAUGAUGGCAAAACUUUUUUGAUUUUUUUGCUUGCAGCCACCAAUGAUAAUCCAAGUAAAGUGCUUUUUGGAGUUAGUGCAAAUCAGUGCUUGGUAACUGUGUUAACUCCAGUGAGGAACUGUGCUGAAUUUGGCGCCCCCUCUGGAUAAAGUAAUUCCGCUUAUCCCUUCGAAUCCUCACCUGUUCAUUUGUCUUAAGUCUUUCCUAAUCUCUCUGUCUCUUAAUGAACAAAUGACUGACUCAUCAAGAAUAUCUGCUCUGAGAAUAAAAAAGGGGUUGUCUUUCCUUGUGCCUCCCCUUAUUACAUUUACAUUUAUUACAUUACAAAAUAAAUGGUAAAUCAUUUUGCUAAAUGUCUCGUUUGCUUUUGUAGGUCAUAAAAAGGCCUCACAGUUGAUUUCACAGACUGCCACAAAUACAUUGAAGUCCAGUGGGAAACACUGCAAGGGCAUCAAUGCUGGGUUUGCACUGUGCUGUCAUUAUGUGGGGCUCUUUUGGACAACCAGACAGUUUUCUUAUUUUUCAUGGAGGCCCCUCAUGAGUUUGUCUUGAUUAGUUGAUGAAAGGACCUUAUGGGCUCCUUACUGGGACCCUAAUGUGCAAAUGGAGCUCACUUGGGAUCCAUCCAGUUUUCAUGUUUGUUUUCUAAACCCAUCGUUCACUGUACUUUCUUCUUAGUUGCCUGUGCCACUUAAAUCCAGGUUACCAACCCAUGCCUGACACAAGUAAGACCUGAUCAUAAGAUAAACCUUUAUUCAAAUUUGCAGUUUGCAUGUGACUCAGUUAAACAUGUUGGCUGGGAAGGAAGGGGGUUGGGAGCAUAUUGACCACAACAUGGAUCCAGUCUCUGUGAUAUCAACCAUCAACCAAGCUUUUGGCCUAGGAGUCAAGUCAGCUGCACCCCCAGUUGUGCCUCAUUCUGAAAAUCAUGUGGCCUUAAUAAUUUCAAAACAAAUAUGUUUUGAAAAAUAUCAAUUUCUAAUAUAGAGAGUCGGGCCAAGACUAUGUCUCUGACUGUAAAUAUUGUCCUUUCUGCUGAAAAAUGGGCAAUUCAACAUUGGUGUAAGUGGGGUCUCCUUGACUUUUAGACCCAGCUGUUUUUUUUGUAACUCUUUAACAUUGGUUUCCUUUUAUUGGUUUUCAUUCUUUUACACUAAGGAUAACAAUUGAUGUAGUAGUAUGUUUACAAUCACAAUCUGUAUGGAGAUUGCCUGACUGCCUAUACGCGAUGAAUCUAAGGACCCAUUAUAAGUCCUAGAAUGGUCAGAUACUCCCCAAACAGCUUAGCUUUGCUGCAGAGACAUGUCAAGAUAAGCCCUACAUUGAAACCACUCAAAGGUCACAGGCCCCUGGAUAGCUCAACAGCCUGAACCACGACUGAACUGUGAACUAAAACAUGUGCCCCUAAUGCUGGCAAGAACCAGAGGGCUGAAAGACGAAUGGAAGAAGGGAAUAACCAUGAAAGAGAAGAAACAUCAGUGAAUUUCAAAGAAAAGAAAAGGACAGAGGAUAAGAGGAGGAAAGCAAUGAAUAAAAGAUCAGGAGGGGAGGAAACAAAUGAUGGAGCCAUGAAAGAGUGAAUGUAAAGGAAAUGAGAGAGGAGAAGCCAAAAUGAGGUGGACGUGGAAAUUCCAGAGUAAGGCAGAUAAAAAGAGGUCAUGCUACCAUAGUGGAGAGAGAUAAAUGGACGGAAGAAAGAAAGAGAGGGGCUGAGAAUAAAAAAAAAAAAAAAAACAGUGGAGAGAGAUUUUGGAGAUGGAAGGAUAGGUGGAUGAAAGGGAAGAGUUCGAUGACACUGGCCCCUUUGAGACUGCAAAGGUUGAGGGUUCAGGUCCCAACAAUGUGGCUUUGACCAUCUGUAGAUUACUGAGCACCCCACUCACAAAGAGAUGCACACAUCUCUGCUAACUCCUGUGCGCAUACUGGUAGUAUCCUGUAUCUCUCUUUCACUAUCCAUCCACAGAGGCAAAGUCAAAGUAAAGAUGUGCAUGUGGGAGGACUCUCUGCACUUAGCGGCAGGCCAAAACCAAUCCCAGUGUUGACAGCAAUGGCUGUUGUAUUAACAUGACCACUACAAAUCUCAGCAGUGGACAUUCACCAGGGGGUUGAAAUCCUGAAAAAACUAUUUAUCUAAACUUUCCACACUCUUCCACACCCCGAAAACUGAAUUCACACCCCUCCCUGUCAGACCUCAGGGGUCUGACCCAAAUCUCUGCUGUGGUACAAAUCUCAACUGUCCUGUUUUGGCAUUUUUUAUAUGAUUUCCAUUGUUUUCCAGCUGUGGGAUUUAGAUGAUUUGAAGCCUCUCUGAAAUAACACAGAAGGAAUGUUUUUGUUUGUGACCAAGUUAGCAAAUCUCAGGAGACAUGUUGACAUCCAUCUGGUAGUUUCAGUCUUAUAAUACAAGCCUGAUCUUUUACUCUCUUAUGUUAAUGCAACCAGUUGUUAGUAAGCAAUCAUUAUCAGAGUUGCUGUUUUGAAUGAAAUGUUACACAACCCCUGCAUGGUUUGUUUUAGUCAAGCCAAUUGAAUCAUUAUGUGUGAUAUCCUGAUUGUCCUGUGGUCUCCCAAACAUAUGUAUGUGUGACAUGUCAUCAGUUUAAAUCCAAGUUAUCGUCAUUUGUUUUAUCACUGGUUUAGUUAGUGACACAGGAAAAAAAAAAAGAAAUUUCACACCAGUUUGUUUUGGGAAUGUAAAGAUUUCCAAAACAAACAAAAAAACAAAACAAAACAAAACAAAACAAAAAAAAAAACAGAAGAAGCUACAUCUGAGCUGCUUUGUCUGAAGAAUAGCGAACCUAACAGCUAACAUGCCAAUGUUUAGGUUCAGUGAUUACCUAGUUCAUCAUCUUUGUAUAAUAUGGUAAGAUCUUUUAUUAAGCCAUCACACCAGACAAAACUGAAGCUAUUGGGAGUAUUUGGGAGUUUGGGAGUUUGAAGUCUUCAACUGAAGUAUUGGCAUUUAAAUGUUGACUUCAUGAUAGCAUAGGUUAAAGCACCAAAGUAAGGGCCUGUGUCCACAGACAGCAUCCAGAGCACAUACUACCUCUGCUUAUAUUCGCUACGUCAUGUAAGUGGUCCCAUGGCAUUUUCUCUUGACUGUCAAGUAUGUCUUUUAAUGCUCAGUGUCCGUCAUAUGUUCUACGAUUGACAAUAAAACAGACAAAUAACAAAACCUUUGAUAGAAAUAGUGUUGUAGCAGUAGCAUCAUUUCUACACCUGCAAAUAGUUUCAUUUUAAAAGGGAGUGUGGUCAGUUUUGCAUUGACAUCUUCUGUCAUUGUUGUUGUUCACAAAGCUAACAUCAAAAGUCCUGUUCUUUCUUGAAUUUGAGAUAUUAAUAAUGGAAACAUACCACUUGUGAGUUCAAUAGUCUUUCAAAAGCUAAACUUUUGUUGACUGAGAGCAUAGAGAGUGCAACAAUGAAAAACACUGAGGGCCCUUCAGCUUUUAGGGCACUGCUAGAACUACAAAACAAUGUUAGUGGACAAAGGCCCUAAUGCUAGUCAUUUUAAAGGAGACCAGAAUGUCUGAACCAAAUAUGAUAAUCACCAAUGAAGUAGUUGUAGGAUCUGGUAAUAAAAAAUGUAAAAAAAAACCAAAACAAAACAACAACAAAAACAAAACAAAACAAAACAAACAAACAAAAAAAAAAAAACACUGGAGCUGAAAGCAUGAGGGGAUCAUGAAAGGUCAUUGGUGUAAAUGUCAGUUAAAGGUCAAUGGAAACAUAGUAAUAGUUUCCAGGAUGUGGUUAUUAUUUAAAAAGGCUUGUCAGAUCUUGUCUAAGCGCUGACAUGAAACUUUUAUUGUUCAGAAAUGAAGUAAAGCUAGAGGAAAACCAUUACAGUUCUGUCAGCAUGAAAUAUUUGACCAGAAAGAGGUCAAUUCUGGGGCCCAUUUGAUAAAAUUGUGACAUACAAAAUGAAAUUUUAAAAUCUAAUUUGCUUAUUGAUUUGAUUCACUUGUCCAAACCAAAUGCAUGAAAAACAGUCAGUGCUCACAAAUCACUUAAAUGGAAACUUUUUUUUAUUUGUGCUUGCUUCAGCGCCUCUGGCCAACAAACUUUCUGGAUGAUGAUACUGCUCCACAUUUGCAACCUGGUGAAAACCUUGUUCUGAAAUGAAAGUCGAUAUAAAUGACAUCCAUGUCUGCUGCACACGUCAACCUAAAGCUUUUAAUACUUUCAACAAAUCACUCUAACAAUAACACCUAGUGAAAACUUGGUGCUCACUUGGACUAAUGUUGAACUUGGCCUCCUCCUGUACGUCACGGUUGGCCAAGUGCAUGCUGGGUCGUGGUGUUAAAAUGACAGAUGCCUUGCCAGUUUUUUUUUUUUUUUUUACACCAAGUGUUAUUGUUCCAACUUGAGACAGAAACAAUCCCUCAGAACCUUCUCCGUAUGAGAUAGAUAAACAUCCUCAGCCCUGCUUGCGUAUUUUUUUACUGGAGACAUUUAAGAAUUAUUUGACAUUACCCAAAGAGCAGCUGGGUCUCCCUGCAGAGAGCAGCAGGCGCGUAAGAAAGCAGUAAGAACAGAACAAACAUGCUGAGAUGGUUACACACACUCAUGCACGCACUCACACACAUGCACACACAAACACUUGCCAAACCAUACAAUGACAAAGGGGGUUCUUCUUGUCUUUUCAUGUCAGUCCAGUGUCCUACUAUUCGGCACGUUGGCUCAGAGCCAAUGCAAAGUGAUAGAAAAAAAGGUCAGGGGUGAUGGGAACCCUCUUAAAUGCAGAAUAGGAGACAUUACAUGUAACACACACUGAGGUGCUGGACCCCCCCACCUUCACAACAAACGCCCUCUCUCCGGCUGUAAUCAUUUGAUUCCACUAGAGCUGCUGACAGGAAGAGCUGAACACAAGGGCCCACUGUGGACUGAUGGAUCUAUUAGACAGCAGCUGACAAACAUGAGGCGAUCCAUGAGGACAGGCCGUGUUUAGUUUGUGCAUGAGCACCUACUGGGCGCAUCGUUGUGUUUGUAUAUAAACUGACAAAGACUGCAGCCUAAUUUGUAGUGUGGAGGGUUGUCACAUACAUUUGCUUGCUGCAGACCAGAGUGUUACUUCUAUACCUAGACCCCUUUUACACAUGAACAGCAUUCCUGGGAAAAAAAAAAAUAUAUAUAUAUAUAUAUGUAUAUAUAUAUCCCCAUAUUUUCCAGAAGGUUGCAUUUGUGAAAUCAAUCUACACUGACUCAAUGUAGACUUUUCUCCGCUGGCUCCUGAGAUAAGUCUGCAUAGAGCUUGGGUAUAUUGAUGUUGAAAUGCAGUACCUAACACUGACUGUAACUUCAACGAUGUAGAGUCAGUAUGGUUAUGAAGUCUUGUAUCCUCACAGGAACCUGUUCCACUUAUUUUCUUCUGACAUUUUCUAGAUGAAUUUGCAGGGACAUCAAGGCCAUAAUAGUGCAUGAGGAGAUUUUAACAAUAGUGACUGUUUAAGGUGCUAAACAUUCAUUAAGAUGUUUCUGCAGUAAAAACUUGAAAGCAGAAUACCCUAAAAUAAACAGCUGAAGCAAGCAGUACAAAUUAAAAAGAAGGGAAACUGCACUGAAUUACCUCAACUUCCAGCAGAAAUUUACAGGGGGGAAGGCCACUUGCAUUCACACAUACAGCCUAUCAGGAUGAAUUAAAGUAUGGGGAUAUUUAGGAAUUUCGGCUCUUGUUGCAUACUUUCUUUGUCUGUUGAGGUUUUAUGUACUGCUCAGCUUCCUAGCAACACACCCAUGCUUCAUCUUCUGACUCAAAGCCCAGCCUGUGAACACUGGAGCAUGUGCAGACUGCCUUGGGCAGUUUCGGUCUAAAUGAGCCGUGUACAUGACACAAAAAAAAUCUAUCUGCAACUGAGUUAUCAAGGUAUGUUAGUCUGACUAUGAGAAGUUUGAUUUCAGUGUGGUUUCAGUCAGACUAGCGUGUUUAUAUGAAUUUUUGGGGAAUGUAAGUGCCUCUUUGUGCAAAAUGGAGGGAAGACUAAGAAAAGCAAAAGCAGCAUCUUUCAAAUAUACACUUUAAAACUGAUUUUCCAUGAUUUAAUGUCAAUGCAAAAACAAUGUAAGAUUCUGUGCCUCUUUGAGGAACACCAAUACAGCCAACAUUAAACAGUUUAACUAUUCUUUUGUUUGUUUUAUUCAGGUCAGUUCUGAAAUUUCAAAAUAAAAGCAUGUUUUUACAUUAAAGUAAACAGAGAGAUGAAAAUGCCAUAUGUCAGAAGAAAAUCAUCACAAGAAAUCAUAUUAUAAGGGAAUUUCUUCUCUGAGGAAGUUUCUCUCUGAGUUUCUGAGCUGGUUAGCUGUUCAAAGAUUGUCCAUGGCUUUCACUUAAAGGAGAAGAAAUAAAAUGCUUGUGUGCCUGCAAGUUGCUGCUUUUAAUUUGUUCACGACGCCUGCAGAGAGUUGGCAUUUCUGUUUGAGCUGAAACACACAAAGGCCAACUGAGAGUUUAAAAGUGGGUAGGCAGCUGGAGAGUGAGUAAGAGUGGGAUGAGAAAGAAAUUUAAAAAAGAAAUGAGUUAAAAAUACAGUAGUGAUGCAAGAAAAAGUGUUGGUUUGUCCUCUGAGGGGAAAAUUUGGUAAUGUGUGUGUGAGAUGGAUGAAGUGAAACAGGAGGGGGAAUUUAGGAGGGAGGAUGACAGAUAUCUGAAGCAGAGGGAGGAAGGUGAGAGUAAGAUGGAGAAGUACAGAUGGGGGUAAGGACUAGGGAGGAAAAGAGUUUGUAAAGAGCAGUUCAGUUUGUCAUGGAUCAUUUCGCAUAAAAGAGAUAAAAAGAGAGAAAUGUAUGUGUGGUACAGAUGAGUUAUGGAGAAGGACUACAUAAAGAAGGGGGGAAGAAAAGAUCAAAGUGGACAAAAGACAGAGAUGGAACAAGAAAGUGACUGGCUGUCAGGAAAGGGGGGUCUAUUAGGGGAAGAGGAAACUGGAGAGAUGAUGAAAUAAGGGAGGAAGGGGAGGCAGAGGAGGCUGAGGGCUGAUGAGGUAACACCCUGUGCUGUGUUUUGAUUGGCCCAGCAGGAAAGAUCUGGUAACGGGACCUCUGUUAGCCAUCCUGAAACAGCUGGAAGAGAAGAAGCUUGGAUUUAUCAGUAUGUGUGUGAGUGUGAGUACACUUAUUCAGAGUUUAUCUCAGUUCUCACGGCUUUAUCACGCGAUUAUGAGUGUAAAAAUGUGAGCUGGCUGUAUAUAAUGACAUCACCAGUGAGGAGCAGGAACAGGUUGGCAGGAAAUCCCCGGAUUUACUCUGUCAUGACUUAUCAGGUCUGUGGUAUCUCUGCCAGCAUAAAUCCCUUUGAGAUUGAACAAUGAAGUACAGGGAGUCAUCUGUCCUAUACGGCAGAAAGCAUUUUGGUAACAUAGACUGAGCCUUUAUCAGGGAGCAGGUCCUCUGAAAUUAGUAAUUGUUGCUAUAACCUGGCUCAAAUAAUCUCUUCUUGUCUUACAAGAUUAAUCUUUUGUUGUGCAUUGUCCCUGUUUUAAAUAAAUAAAUUCAAUCAAUUCAAUGGAGGCUGCCAUCUUGGACAAUUUAGUUGCUCAAAUCAGCAACAUAUUGUACAUGUUUUUUGUAUUUACAUAAAAUGCACCAGUUUGAGGACAAUAAGGAAGAAGAGAGUGCCACAUGUGUAAAACAAUUCUGUUUAACUUGACAAAUGGAUCAUACUCAUUAUGCAUCAUCAUGGCUUUCUUGUCCUUGAAGGCUACUGGGAGCCCUGACAAGUCGAUCACAGAGUACAGUGGGAAAUUCAUGAUUAUUACUUCAUGGAAAUACAAUCAGACCAAGACGCUAAGUGUAAGGAUGCCUAGCCCAUGUUCACACUUUAAAAAAUGGAAGGUCCACAUGAAUGAUCAUUUUGACAAGCUUUACUGGUUACAGAUCUGGGUUACAGCUUCAUCAUGCCACAAGUGUAACACAAGUGUCACCUAAGCGUAACAAAGAUUGGUCUGAGACUGUUCAAGUAUAUAUAGUCGUCCAAGUUUCCAAACAUUCCGCUUGCAUCUUGUUGACCGAGUAGGGUAAUAACAUGGGUACAAGGUCCUUGUUGAGGAUGGUUGUCUGAGGCCCAUGGCUCCAGAAAUCUAGCACCAAAGUUUCUGAGGUAUUUGAGUGACACAGCUCCACCACCCUAAAGGCUGACAUGACUGGUUAAAGAAAAUCACCCUAACACUUAAGGCAGAAGAACUACCACGUCUGCAGUGCACAUACAAGAUACACAAGAACUCUGUUUGCAUUUCCAUUAAGUAAUAAUCAUAAAUUUACCGCUGCACUCAGUGAUCGACUCGUCAGGGCUCCCCCACAAACAAGCGACUAUUGUAAGAGAGUGGGUAAGUUGUGUUUAGUCUCUUUGCUAAAGAAAUCAGGCAAAGCUAAAAAGAUGUUUUAUGGCUAGUACUAUGGCUGGGACCCUAUAUGUACUGUUGAUGAUGCUAGUUGCUGUUCUGAGCAUUAUUUGUGGCUGUAGAGUGGCUUUUUGGUUGAGGUUUGUGUGUGUAUUGCUAUUGUGCAGUCAUUACUAAAGUUGGCAUAACUAGAGAAGCAAGCAGUUGGCAACAUUCAUCUCCUGAGAGGGUGACGAACUCAGUGCUAUGGUGUGUUUGAGGAUAACUUAAACUUACACCAGAAUAUCCCUUGAAUUCAGUUUUUUUUUUUUUUUUUUGUUACUCAUUAAAGAAAUGCAAGUCUCCCCCUCAGAAACCACAUCUGUUUGAUUCACAGUAUUAUAAGCUCAAUUUGAAUUUCUUUAAAAUACAGAAAAAUGAAAUGAAUGCAAAAAGCAGAUGAUUUGUCCAGCCCUUCUAUAAAUCUUGUUCCUCAAGGAGCAGUAACAAAGGGGGUGAGAGGAAAAAUGAGACCUGCGAGAGAAGGAGAAGGAGGAAUGGGAGUGGAGGUGGUGAGGAAGGAGGAGAAGCGCUGUGAGAUGACUUUUUGAGCAUGCAGCAGAUUCCAGACAUACUUGGCACACUGCAACAAUAUACACCCCAAUCUAACGAUACCCUGGGAAGCUGGUCACUGGUGUAAUGAGGCUAAUGGCCCUUUAUUUGCUUGUAAGUGUGUGUUUGUGUGUCAGAGCUCAUAAAAAGCUGUUUUUAAGAGCAAUAUUUGGAGAUUUUAGUUUUGUCAGCUGAGGUGGGACUGAAGUCGAGACUUAUUGAUUCAUGAUGGCGUCUAUGUGUGGGGGCCUUGGAUAGUAAUGGUAUGCACUGGGGGAUCUAAUAUGCUUCAGAUGCGAAGCCUACUUCAACAGCCAAUGCUAAUAUAGACACAACUGAGUGUGUGCCUGCCUGCAUACAUCCCUGAGUGUGUGUGUGCAGCUUAAUGCAGCUUACACUCUGCCUGUGCUCAAUUUGUACAUUAGAGAUGUCAGCAUGAGAUAUGGAGGUGAACUUUUUCACUCUCUACCUCAGUCUCUCACCUCCUGAACCCUCUUUCACGCUCAUUUACAGCCCUGUCAUUGCCAAUCUAUUUCUGAACUUCCUGUUGUACUUUUGCUUUUUAUCAAAAACUCAAGUAUGCAGCAAUGAAUUAAUUCUGCCCUCAGUCGUAUCCCUGGAUAUUUUCUUUGUAUGUUAAAUCAGAAGUUUGAUUACAUUGCUUCGGACCAAGGAUGAUGAAAGAAGGGUGCAAGCUCCCAGAUCAAACAAAAAUAUGCAAAUACCCAAAUGCUCUCUCAACAGCAGCAGGAAAUUAAACUUCAUAGUCCACAUGUGGGGCUUGCCGAGUUGACUGACAGCAGGGCGUUUCUUAUCCUUACUGUGCAGAACAUUGACAACACUGACAAACCUCAGAAAAGAUUAUUGCAAAGACAUCUUUGAAGUGGUUGACACUGCAUCAUGGGAUAGCUGAGGUUUGACACGUACAGUUGAAACCAGAUGCUCAUUCGCGUGUCGCAUUGGUUUGGCUGGGCUGCUGUUUGUUGGAGCAGCAUUUGGCUGGCAGUCUGUAGGGAAACAAGACACAUUAGACACAGAUGUAAACGUUUCCCUAUGGAGGCUUAAAGGACUUUUGUGGAUGUAUAGGGCCUUAAGCAAAGACUGCAUGAACAAUGAAAGAAGCCAUCAGAACAUCACCCUGUGGUUUUUCUUAGGUUUUACAUUCUGUAUCAGGAUAUUGGUCUUUUGUGCUGUGUGUGACCUUACUGGGCUUGAGGUUAGUGUUUGAGAAGAGUAAGUACAACUGUCUAACCUGUAAUGGCCCUAAAAAUCUACAUUUGGAGAAAUGUGCUGCAGAUUUAGUGGCAACAGAAGAAAACUCAAAAGUACAUGCAAGAGUCUAAAACAAACAAAGCAAUGGAAAAGUGUUGCAAACAAAAGAAGUUCCUUUUCUCUUAUAAAAUGUCCCACUUAGUGCACCCUCUGGGUAUUGAGCAAUUUUGUUGUUGUGUCAUAAUUUGCUGUUUCCUUGUUUUUCUGAGUUUGCAUUUUUCAUGUAUUUGCAGUGUAUUUGCUGUUAAUUAGUUGCAAGGUUUGGACUUUUUGUGUUGUGACAAUUGUUUGAAAAUUGGUCAGCUCUAUUGCCUAUCCCACCUAAGCCCAAUAUCCUCAACCAAAUAUGGUCAACUCUUACUCCAGAGAACCAACAUGGUGAUGGCCAGAGUACAAAAGUAUUGGCAGCAAAACAACACUUGACAAGCCAUUGGGUGAUACUGAGUUGGCUGCUUCUAUUUAUUUUGCAGCCAAUACUUGGGACACUCGGGUGACAUUGUGUUUGCUUGCCAAUGAGCUACUUCGCCUUCAUGUCUCCAAAAGCAUGAGAUUAUAAGUAUGAUGAUAGCUGAAUGGAAUUUGUGGAUUUACUAGAGCAUAAAAGUACAAGAGCUUGAGGAGACUGGGGACUCAGUGCUUGUUAGACAAAAUCUCUGGUGGAAGGAACAGUGGCUAGUGAGCAACAAGAAAUGGGUAACUUGAAAAAAAGGUUAUUACAAUCUGUUGUCUUCCCUGCAAGAAAAAAAACUGUCUCUAAAGCUGUGUCUGCAACACACAAAUAUAUGUUUGAACUUUAAAUAAGCUUAAAGCUGGACACAGACAUUAGCCACUUAUAAUAAUUUUGCAACAGCACUUUAAUGAUGUUUCACAGUCAUUUAACCUUUAUGUGUACACACCCAACAACACAACAGUGUUAUUUAUGUGUCCCAUUGAGUAAUUUCAGACUGUGUUUCAGAAGUGCAAGAGCUCCAACUUGUUAACACUCUGCAUACACACUCAGACAUGCCAAUAAACUCAGUGUUGUUCUGCCCUGCUGGCUAUGAUGUUAGAAAUUCCGAUCACCUUCCCUUUAUCGUGCCUCUGACAGCAAACCCACCUAUGACCCCCAAUUUGCUACGAUCCGGAAUGGUGGCAUUUUCACCAUCUGCCAAUUCAUACCAGAUCCGUUUGUGAGGUGAAUUUCCUGGCAGAGUACGGACAGCAGGAAUUGCGAGAACUCACAAGAACCUGCAGAUUCAUGUGCAAUCGUGUGAUAACACGAUUGUCUCUAGCCUUAUAGGCAAACCAUAUAAGCAAUAGAUUGUGUCAUUCCAGAGGAAGAUAUCUACUUCUAGACUUCAGCAUCAGCAUCCUCUCAUCCAUGGUGUCAUCGGAGUGAAUUGAUUUCUAUAAACCUUUCACUUGUUUGUCCCUGCCUGUUUGUAUGGUGUGAAAUACGAUCUGCCUGAAACACGAAGUGUUGUGUUUUGAAAAGAAGCCAGAUGUCAGAUGAUAUGCUGCAACAGAGGUGUGAUUAUCCCCUCUUAAAUUGCCUAAAGUAUGAUCCUAUUGGUACUUGUCAAUGAAUGCUAAUCAGAGAAAAUGCUAAUGUGGAAGUGGCUGCUUGAGGCUGACCUGAAACCUGAAGAUACCCCAUUAGGUAGUAAAAUGACUUGUUUACAUUUGAAUUAUACGUAUUUAUGAAGUGGGGUGGAGCUGGUUAAACUGACAGGUGGGUGUGUUCAUGUGCAUAUGUGAAAAUGCAAGGGAGGGAAAGCAGCAGUAAUAACCUAGAAAAGAACAGGGCCAACAUCGGUGACUACACAAUUUACAUGAAAAACAAUGAUAAAAGAAACAAUGACACACACACAAAACAUGGCACAGUGACCAGAACUAAGCAGACAAUUUGGAGUCCCAAAGUGUCUCCCCUGCAGUUCUUCCAUGCAGUUAAAUAAUUUUGCUAUAUCAGGCUAUAAACAUUUGAAACUGCGGCCUUUUGAUAGUAAGCCAAAUGGAAAUCUACUCCUUUUAGAAAGCAGCCUCAAGUGGCUAGUGAAGGAACUUCGAGAGAGUGCUGUUUGCUGUAAGAGAUGACAGAAAUAUCUAGUAGCAAAGUGGGAUGAGACAUGAAGACAGAUCAACUGGCAUGUGGCGUGAAACUGAAGAAACCUUUAAAAGUGACCUCAAGAAGGCAAAAAAAACAACACCAGGGAGGAAGUUAAAUGUGAUGGACUGAAGAGACAGCGUGUGAUGGAAAGGGGAGUGAUGUUAAAAUGAUAGAUGGAGAAGAAGUGAGGAUAGAUAGACAGCAGAGAAGGGAAAGAGGGGGUGAAGUUGUGGAGAGGUGAGACAGUGGUGUGGCUUCCACAGUGAGGCGAUGAGCUGCCGGAGUGAUAACAAGCUGCAGAUGGAAGCUGUUCGCUCACCUUUCCCCUCUGUUGGGGUGUGUGUGUUUCAGUGUGUGUGUGACCUGACUUGUGGUAUUUAUGCUCGACAUUUUUGUUGUAAUCUUUGGCAGAUUUGUGUAUACUUCUGAGUGAUUUAUGAGACAUGUAGGUGGAGACAUCAGGAGUCGAGUGUGUUUGUGAGUUUGUGUUUACAGCAUGAAGGGGUGAAACAAGGUACACAAAGCAAACAGAUCUUAGGUUUGACAAGGAUAAUUGUUCUGUUUCGAGGAUGAAAGUUCAGGAAACUGGGUCUGUGACGACAUCCUCCACAGUAAAGACAAAUGAUCCAAGAGCCUUUCAAAGCAUUUCAGACUCACCUUCAGCUGACAAACACUCACAGAGAUGAGAGGGUUUUAUGUACUUGAAAAGCUACUUAUCAUUGUCUGAAUGAAACAAAGAACAUGCUUUUUUUGUUCUGACUGGAUAGGUUUACACACUAAAUCACACACAGAGGAACACCAACAAUUACUGUACCUGUGGAAGAGCUGUGACUUUUAAAGCAAUGCUCACAGAUUGACAAUUCGUGCUAUUAUGUCUGAUGUCCAAAAUGUAAUGCUCUGUUUAGACCAGGGCUGCCCAACCUUUUUUAAAUCAAGAUCUACUUUAAAAGUAUCUUGUCUGUUGGGAUCUACUAGUUCACACAGUCAUCCAUAGUGCUUGCCGACAGCCUAUCAGUGACAUAUUUAUUUACAAUGCACACAAGAAAUCAACACAUUCAGGUGACAAUCAAGUCAUUCUAUCUUAGUGUGACUCACCAAAAAGUGCAUCAGCAGCCUCGAUGAGGGCUUUCGUAAAACUUUGUUGUCCUUGAACAACUUCUUGUGUUUGGCAAGAACAUGAGUAACUCACUAAGAUGCCAUUGUUGCAGCCUUAAGGUCCUUACAUACCGGCGAAUUUGUGGAGCCAAGCGAAAAAGCGAGACGAAAAUUGCGAACAUUCGCCGGUCCGAAAAAUCGCUUUCGCCUAUACACACCGGCCGCGAAGCGAAUAUGCGUAUAUUUUUUGCAAAGCGAAUUAAUAAAGUCGCUUUGCGGCACGGACAUGACACAUGACAUCUGUCUCCUAAGGAAGACAAGAGAGUGUCAUCUUGUGAGAAAACUACUUCAUUAGUAAUUCGAAAGAGUUUUGGAUGCACCUCAGCUGUCUUUCUCUGCGUUUUCAUAAUCUCAAACUUCUCCCUCUCCUCCAGCCGUAUGGGUCUGUGACGUCAUCAACAACAUGACUUUUGAUUGGCCAGUGGUCUAGCAGGUCCAGAUAUUCGCCUGCGAAUAUCCGAAAAAUUCGACACAGGAGCGAAAAAAUAAAAGCGGCUUUUCGCCCCGCGGAAAAAUCGCCGCCGGUGUGGAAGCUUGCGUUGACUUUAUGCUGUUUUAAAAAAAGGCGAAUAAUUCGCUUGGCGAAUUCUCGCCCGGUGUGUAAGGACCUUUACUCUUGGUGUUUGGUCUGGUAGAAACAGACUGCUGCAUGGCAAGCUCACUCUUCAAUUCCCGCACUUUCUGAGAGCUUAGCGGUGUUUUAGCAGGAAAAUCUGUCUCAUAACAUUUGUGUACUGUCUUGAAAUAUUGUUCCAAAUUGCCCGUCUUUGGUAUGGCCACACUGGCUUUGCAGAUGAGACAGAUGGGACUUCAGUUUAAGUAGACAAGAAAAUAAUCAUCUUCCCACUCUUGGUGAAAAUUGUAAGCUUUAGGUCUUUUUGUGUCUACCGUCUUCCUUCGUUUUAGCUGCUAACUACCAUACCAGUGAGGGUCUUUCAGCAUGCGUGUGACCUGACCUGACAGCAGUGACCUAGUGAGAGGGGGUAUGGCAGUGGUGCAGCACAGCCACAACAUAAAUACUAUUAAAGCGUGGAUUUAUUACAAGAGUUUUAUUUACCGUUGUCAAGGCUACUUCUCGCGAUUGACUAAGAAUUAGUCAGCGAUCUACCAGUCGAUCAGAAUCGACUGUUUUAGCACCCCUGGUUUAGACAUUCCACUUUCAUUGUAUAGUAAGCUUUUAUUUUAUUAAAAAAAGUAUGCAAUCUUAUUGGACCAGGAACACAGGCUGGCAAGUCAUGUAUUGUCAAUCACUGAUACAGUUAUUAUCAGUUACAGUAGAAGCUGCCUCUGUACCUAACACUUCUCUAUCAUCUGAACACUGCAUGUCCUCAGACUUGCAGCACUCUGCAAAGACAGGAGUUAUCCAUAUGCGUAAGCAAUAAUAAAUCAUGUUUACAUAUUCAUACCAUCAUAUCAUCAUGCUUUCAGACUCAGCAUAAUUCCACUAUUCAUAAAGCAUCAUGAGUGCCUUGCGCUUGCAUUCAUGUGCUGCAUAUAUCAUAGGUGUGCUCUAGUGCUAAUAAAAAAAGCACUAAAUAGACCAAAUAAUCCUCACAAACAGCUUCCUCUCACAUAUGACUUGUAUUGAAAAGCACAUGAAAAAAAAAAACCUUUCUAACCUGACAACCUCUGCAAUCUCUUAUGUCAAAACAAAGAGGUGGUGUGAACAUUAGAUGCCACCAUCAUACUGCCAUCCGUAUCUGCAGCAUGUCUCAGCACACACCUCAAGCCAUUCUUCAUCACUCACUCUGCAGAUGGAGGUCAUCUCUGGAAAAAGCUGAACUUUCAGUGACAGUCAGUCAAUGUCUGACAGCUUGUUGAGCUGUCUGCAUGUUCUGCUGAUAAGCUGUCAGGAAGGCCAUUCAGUUCUGCUGAAAUAUCUACUUGUUUGUGCUGCUGACAGAGAAAAAAACAUUAACUCUGAAAAACACAACAAUGAAUAAACUCAAACAGAACAAAGAGGAAGUAAAACAUAUGGAGAGCAUGUGAUGUGAUAGAACCAAUCUCCAUGAUCUACAGCCAUCUUCUCCUCUUUCUCCUCAUCAUAUUUUUCUGCUUACAGAAGCCAAUCCCAAUAAAUCCAUCUCCCAUCACUGCACCCUCUGUCUCUCUUGUGGUUAACUCUGCCUGUCUCUCAUCCUGCUCAUUAUUUUCAGACUCUUACCAGCUGCUAAAAGCCACAACCUAACCCCCUGCCUCCCCCUUUUACUUUAUCUCUCUCUGUCUUCAACUCCCUCAGACUCCCUUCAGCACAUCCCUCAGGUCUUCUCGCUCGGGUGUCUGCUCAUUAGUUUCUCACCAGCAGCUUUUAUAUCAACUUUUAUUAGAAAAAUUUGACUCAUAACUGUCAGCAGAGAAAUGUUGUGUUAAGUUUUGACGGGCUUCUUUCUACAUAUGUUCUCCUUCUCUCCCUGUAUCACAGUAAGUUGGCUCUAUCUGGGUUUUUUGGGGGUUAAUCCAAAUAGAGAACUAUUCUUAGGCCCAGUUCAGCAUGUGAGUUCAGUGAGAAACUGAGGUGUCUUAUAAAAACAGAUCUUUGUGUGUGUGUUUGCGUGUCUGCAAGGACAUGGUGAUGGACAAGGUGUCACUCAUACACGGGUCUGUGGUGCUUCAAUCCAUCAAUGCCCUCACUGAGUGGUGACUGACUGAGCCUUCUUUCUCACUGUGUGUUUGUGUGCGUGUGUGUAUUUAGUGCAAAACUUCGAGGACUAACAAGUGUGACAUUUGAGCGAUGAGAGGUAGACAGAAAGCCGAUUAAGACUCCUCCAAGUGUUUGGCAUACCGAGGACGUCUUCUCACACAUGCAUAUUUUUCUCCUUGUCUAAAAAAAGUUGAGGGGGUGACAGAGGUGAUGUAGGAGAGGAAUCAGGUUAAUAAAGGUAGAAGAAGCACAAACAAGAGUGAAAAAGUGAGAGAAGAGGAGGUGUCUCAUACCCACUUGAGAAGUGAGUGAGACACCUGACUUCUACCUGAACUUCAAUCCUGUUGCUCCCGCAGAGAGGUUGCAUCAACCUUUUGACUUUGAAGUUGUUGCCAGAUCAGAGAGAGGAGCCAGGUGCAGACUGCUGUGUUCAGCAUGCUCUUUCACUAUUACAUGUUUACUUAAAUUACAGUCUGUUUCAGGUGUUUGUGAUCUCCUACAGCCAUGCACUUUAGAGUUAUUCUCAUUUUAGCAUCACUGAAUACAAACCCUGAGGGUGGUGGUAGAAGUACUUCUUGAUGUUUGUGUGUGUUCUUAGAGAUAAAGCAGGUUGAUAGUGUUCAUUUCUUGAUGCAUUUAUUGAAUUUACAUGUUUCACUGGCAUUGGCUGACUUCAGGACACUGUGGUGUACAAGCAGCAGUGAAGGAAUUACAUUACUACCUUGAGUGGGAGCCAGACAUGAUAACGUUUCUAUCUUAAUACUUUCCUCUAUUUUUAAUAUUAUUAAAUAUAUAUAAAUAUUAUUGAUAUAUAUUAACUCUACAAAGAAGAAUUUUGGUGGGUGACUAGGCUUAAGUUAGCAACAGCUCAAUAUGCAGCCUCAAAAGCCUUGCUGCAGAUCAUCGGAUUGAUAUUUAUUCUCAGUUUUUAGAUCAGAUUCAAGAACUUUAGAGUUUUUCAAUCCUUGAAUCUGAUUUGAAACCCCUAGAACACUGGUGCAGAAGUAAACACAAGAGACAAGAGACGUCUUCCUGACAGAAUCUUCAGAUUUGCAUUACUACCCACUACACAUAACCUCUGAUGUGAAACAGUUUCAGUUGGUGGUUGGCUUGUUCUAUAGGUCUGGACCAUUUGCUUUUGGAAACACAGGUUUUAGUCUUUUUGAUGCAGCUUGUUCUGUUGGUGUGGUUUUAUUUUUGAAACUCAUACACUGUUGCUUUAAAGGAAAGUUGGACUUAUUCAGCUUUAUCUCUCGUCUUAAAUCCAUUACUCUGUGUAGACAUGUCACCUCUGGUUGGAUUUUCUUGAAACUGUGAAAUCUUACCUUCAUUUUCCCUUCUUUCCAUCUCCUUAUCCCACAUCUUGUGCACCCAUCUCUUGAGUGUAAUUUUACCAAGUUUGACUGCUAAUCUUCUCCUCUUCUCCUCCCCCUGCAGACCUGCUGUCCACCAACAGGUCGUCCAUCUUCAGCGGUCAUCACGACCAGCUCUCACUCACCGCUGUCUUCCUCGAUGAAUACCGUGACCGCCUCUUCCUAGGAGGGAAAGAUGUCCUGUAUUCUCUUCUGCUGGGACCCACCAGCAGUGAGUCCAAAAAGGUGAGGACUAUAAAGUAUCCUGCCUAGCUCUGGUGAUGGAUGCCACAUUCAUCAUUGAAUCGAGAUUGCAGGGACUCUUUGUGGGGUUUCAGUUUACAUAAAAUGAUGAACCGAUUGGAGACAUUCCCAUGAAAUAAAGAGUACUUUUACAUUUUCCUUUAAGCAGAACAUCUGUGGAAGUGCUUUUGAGUGAUAUAUAAGAGUGGUGACUCAAACCUGGAGAGACUUUUUUUUUCAAUGCUAUCGUAUAUUACUGAAACAGAAGCAGUAAUGGAAAUAUUUGUCAAAGCUUAGAGAGAGCUCAGUUAGCGGUAUGUAAGAUUAAAACUCAUACAUCACUUUUUUUCAUGACUCAAUUGAUGAUCCCUUUAAAUUCACGAGCUAUCUUUGGUCAGACUGCACCUCUGUCUCUUGACAAUCACAAUUUAUGUCUUGUGUUUUUUUUUUGUUUUUUUUUUUUGCCAAAGCAUGUUGCUGAUCUCCUGCCCUUCCUGUGGAGAACACCUGUAACAGAGCAGCUCAUCAUAAAUCAAACCCUAUCUCUCCAUCUACGUUGCCUUUAAACCGCACUCUCAUUUGUCAGUAAGGCUGUCAAACAAAGGGGAUGUGCUGUGACAGCUGCUUAGGUCAAUAAAAAGGCACGAGAGAGAUUUAUGAACCGCAAGGCGAGGAUAUUUUUGGUGUCUUAUGGGCAGUCAUGUUUGUGGACCUGUUGACCUGAAUCAUCAUCAAAAACUCACAAUGUACAAAUAGAGUGAGCGCUAAAAAAAACUGCCACAAUUUGAGCGCUGUUUCCUCUUUAUUCUUUAUAAAAAGCUGAUCUUAUAUAUUUAAAAAGUGGAAGUUAUUUCUUAUUGAUGUGGUACUUCUAAAAUGUGAAAUAUUAGAGGGAUAAUUUGGAGUGAUCUUGUGGUUAUGCAGAUUUAGGCCCUGAGAGGGUGAGCAGGGCCCCAAAAUGAAGCAUCAGGAUCCUGCUCACCCUCUCAGGAUUUUACUCUGCAUAACUACUAUAUUUACUACAUAAUCAUACAUAAUGAUGCCAACAAAAAACACAAAAAUCAGAGAAUUUAAAUGAUUUACAGAUUAUUUAUUCAGAUCACAGUUCGUCAUAUUUGUUUGCUUCCAUGGCAACAAGGUUUUAUUAGUCAUCUUGGGGGAAGAAUUAGCAUUAAACUUAAUAUUUCAGUUAAUGGUCAAGCUAAAACAUUACUGAUCAUAAAUGUUAUAAAUUAAAACAGAGAGAACAUCUCAGUUGAAGGUCAUAUUAGACACCUCUGCAGUUAUAUUGGUGUUUACAGAUCCCUCCUUAUCCAGCUCUCUUUCAGUGGGCUCCUUUAAACAUACAUGAGGUAAACGUCACAACUUCCAAGAUCAUUUCUGUUUUCACCACUGCUUGUGAUUUAAGUUGUUUUAUGGCUCUACAGCUGUUGCCUGGAUUGCAGGACAGGCAGUUUGAUCCCUUUUUAGCUAUGAGAGAUAGUUGGGUCAAGUUGCUUCUCAGGCUGCUGAGAAUCAAUCAUGUCGUUGUUAGGGUGUAACCAAUCAGAAUUGAGCGUUAAUCACAGCUCAUAUUAGAAUAUUACUGUAAACUCUUCAGAGCAUCAAUAGACAAAAGAAUACACUUUGCUGGGAUUUGUAGUUAUUUCACUUUAGAGUUAUUUCUUUUCAGUUUUGUAGACGGUAUUUUGUAUUGAGAGGCUUUAACACUGAGGAGCUUGUUAAAUACUAAAUGGCACUAUGGAACUUGGGCUCUCUUUUCUUUAACUGUAGAGGAAUAUUUUUGUGAAAAUAUACAGCCUCUGUCUUAUCACUCCUCAAUAUUUUUUAACCAGUGAUUCACUGUGUGCUACAAAAGCUGUUUCCUGUUUGGCACAGAACAAAAUAACUCAAAUAGAAAACCUCUUAAAGCUUAAACAUUAGCUGAAAGCAGCAGUGUGUGCAUGUAAAUCUCUGAUAUGGGUCAAACUGAAUGGCUGCUCAGGGAAUUUCUGUACACAGAGAGCCAGUUGUCGCCCACCUCAUCCACCCUUUGCUUCCUCUCUUAGCCUCCUCUCACUGCUCUUUGUCUCAGGCUUAUAAUAACACAUGAAGCUUGCUGAUACUCUCAUUGCUGAAGGGUAUUUGGUGCCUAAAAUCAGGGUUUCUUUCAGAGCCAGCCGAUGUGAAUUCUAUCAGUGAUGCCAGUUCAAAUUAACAAAGGUUUCCAACACGGCAUACGCCUGCCAAACACUCAAUUUGACUGGCAUUUAAAAGAAAGCAGCAGAAUGUAUACGAACUGUUUCUACCUCCAAAAUAAGAGAUUAUCACUCUAUGAAAACAUGUGGAUGUUUAACCUGUGUUGCUAUGACAACCAGCAUUAACGCUGAAACCUGAGGGGCCCCCAAAGUGGCCAGGAACUGAUUUACCUAGCUUUACAGUUGCACUAAAAAGAUAGUUUAGCUUAAAUCAAAGGUGUAAAUGUGUAUCAACAUUAUAAAGUCAUUAUACAACAAUUGAUCUGUACGUAUUUAUUUUUUCAUUAAUUAUAGUAUAAAAUUUAUUUUUUAGUUUGAGGUUUUAAAGGUGCUGGUAGACCUCUGGUAGACCGCCAUGGCCUCUGACUUCUCUCAAUAAAAGCUAACCUUGUCUUUUCCUUCCACCUCCAAACUUAUUUAUGAGACGAAAACUGGUUUCCUCAGCUUACUAUUGGAAGGAUAGUGAAUCAGUGCACUUUUCAUGAAAUUCAGGAUUCGAAAAAAGGAAAUUUGGUUUCAGACUAAGGGUUUUCAAAGUCAUCACAGGGGGGUUUCCACAAAAUCUCGAAGCAACUUAAUCGGUCUGGGGGAAAUGUAUAACAAACAUAAGCUUCCUUGAACAAACAAUAUUUCGACAAAGGGAAACUAAACCAUUGCUGAUAAGCGUAUGACUAGAAGCUUAACUGUCCUGGGCAAAGAAACGAAACCAAACAAAAGACAAACACUGUGCAAUCUGAGCACAACUUAUUUUGAAGUCAGGCUGAAUUUCAACCCAUUGGUGCAAUGAACAGUGAGGAACAAAUGAUCAUGUCCUGAUCAGCAGCUCCCAACUAGUUAGAUACAUUUCUGUUUAAAACGUUGGGUGGCUGACUGCUCUGACUUGCACAAUGAAAGUAAAACAGCCUAGGCCUUUUUUUCCUGAUGUGCCUGUACAAAAUGGCUGACAGCUUUUGGAAGUAACCGUGGCAACACACUGCAUGAUGUGGAUACACAGAUACACACCAAUCAGAGAUACCAUCACCCAUGUAUUUUGGACUUGAAGUUUGUUGUUUCACAAUAACAGAGAGGGUUUGAAUUAUGCCUAUUAACAUAAAAUCCAACAAUGAUGCAAAAACAGACCCUCAGCUUAGCCUUGUGGGUCCAUUAUAGAAUUAUUAUGGCAUCUACAGCAUUAGCCUUUGCAUAAACAGGAUGAUAAACUACAUUUUAAAUCAUCUACGGUGCACAGCAGAAGUAGAGAGUGCAAACAGAUUGCGCUGUUGUGCCCCUGUACACACAUACGUAGAUGCAUUGACUAUUAUAGCUUCAUCCAUGGAGAGAAUUUUAAAAAGUAAUCAUUCUUGCUGUGCAGUGUGAUUGAGAGAGACCCGUGGUCCACCCACAGGACCUGAAAAGAGUUUAUGAAGGAAAUUGAUUGAUAGCUGUCAAAGCUUUAUCUAGGUUAAACUCUUCCAUCGAGUGCUGAAGUGGUGCUUGACACCUGGACCACACAGUGUGAGCACAUAAAUUGUGAGUCCACACUUGUCAGUGGUGCAUUGCAAAAGAUUCACUGGAGUGUGAUUUCACCUCCACCAGAAUAUUUGUAAAAUCUCAGAGAACCCUGAGAGAAAACUCCAAGUGUUGAGUAAAUCUCACAGUGACGUUUAUAUGAUGCUUGUGCAGACUCACAAAAACUCCAACAACAAGGGAAAAGUUAGGAGGAACCUCUGAGGGCAGGAGAUCUGCUGGUUUAUAUGUGCACAGAGGCUCUAGCUCUAGCCCUAUCAGCACAGCCAUGACCCUUUACUGUCUUCUUACACUGUCUGGCCCUCAUCUCCCUUUGGUUUUUCUAUCGGUAAACCCCCCCCCCCCAAAAAAAAAUCGCUCAAGAAAAAGAAAGAGCCUCAGUUUCUUCUGAUGGUGAGAUCAUGAGUCAGCGCAGUGCUCACUACACCUGGGGCCUCAUGUAUCAACGCUUGCGGCGCAAGAAAACCUUGCGUACGCCAAAAUCGGCGCACACGUCCAGAUUUAUCAUCGCGAAACGAGCGUCGGUUCCAGCGCUAAUCAACGCAAAGUCAGGAGGUGGUGUAGAAAUUGGCGUUGAGCUGGAUAUUUGCGUUGACUGUGAUUCGCACUUUGGCGACGCUGUGUGGCGGUGUUUGGUGACUCACUAUGUGACAAGCGUGCACCACAUCCCCGUGGCCGGGCAGCACGUCGCCCCACAUGACGAACCAGCAGCAGACGGAGGGAUGCGAGCUGAUCCCUGCCGGGCCGCCGUCCUCACGCGGGAGAAUCUCAUCGCCACAGUGUGAAUGGGUAAGAAGUGAAUACACAGUUCAAUGAGCCAAAUUAAUUUAUUUUCUCCACCAGACGCUCGAGGAAAUUUACGAGCCGGUCCAGCCGCUCGUUGAUCCCCGCGAUCCCCCUGAUGAUUUCUUCCUGCGAUUGCAGGACCCCCUCCGCGAGGACCCUUCCACUGCGUCCGGGUGGUCCAGCGGAAGCGCCGCGGCUGGUGGACGCUCCACCGCUUGUCGACGCACUGGUGCUGAUGCUGGUGCUGGGGCCGGGGGCCGGGGUGGCCCGAAUGCCGCUGGUCCUGGCCGACGACUCCGAGCCGGCGGACGGGCUGCCGCGGGCCGGGGUUCCGCAAGCCGGCGACACGGCCGACACGUUGAUUUCUGUGUCACAAUAAAAAUAUUUGUUCAUUUCAAUUCCUGCUUCUGUGUAUCUGUUGCGUUUACAUCUCUCUCCACGGUAUCAUAGGUAAUGUAAUCCAGUAUUUCGAGGUCAGUUAUGCACAUUACAGUUGUUUAUUGCAUAAAAAGUUAUCGAAAAAUAAAGUUAAGGGCGAAGUAUAAAUCACGUCUAAAAAUAGACUGAAUCCCGACGUUGAAAUGAAGUAUAAACUUAGACUAGACGUCUAAUAUACGUCUUUUGCUCAGUGGGAUGACAAAGCAUGUGGACAUUUGUGUGACACGCCACUUACCCUAUAAUAAUAAUCGCCACCACCCGCUGCUCAAACGGUGUGAGGGUCUCCUCCCCCGGACCCCCACCUGUCUGGCCGGUACUCCUCCGGAGGGCAGCUGUACGCCGCUUGACCUCCACCUUGAGGUCCGACCACUUUUUUUUAAUCUCCGCUGGGGUGCGUGUCUCGGAGCCCACCGCAUUCACCCUCUCGCAAACUUUCUCCCACUCCAAGCGUUUUUGUUUUGCACUGAUGCCACUGGACAGGCUGCCAAACAAAACACGCUGUCGCUCCUCCACCUCCGCCACCAGCACCUCCACCUCGCACGCCGUAAAUGUAGUUUUUCUUGUCAUUUUGUCUGCGUGCGAGGACAGGGAGACCCUAUUUAAAUAAAUCUGCAUAUUUAUAGGAGGGCGUAACGGGGACGGGCCCAGUCACUCCGACAUCUGCGCUCAAUUCCACGCUGAUUGGGAUUUAUCAAGGAAACACACGUGGAUUUCGGCGCCCGCACACAUUGAUACAUACGGAUUUUUUUCAGCGUGACGGACCUUGCGUGCGCUCGUUUCUGGUAUGAGUUCCACGCAAGUGUUGAUACAUGAGGCCCCUGGUCUUGAUCAGCGCUUAAUAAACUAACCCAUAUGUAGGUGUCCAUAUGAGGGUUAGCGCCAUUUUGAGGGGUGUCCGAAACCUCAGUGAUCAAUUCCAGUGCCCAAUAUAGGGGACUCAAAAUUUCCCAUAAAGCAUUGCAAAAUGUAGUGACCAUCCGAUGGUCACUCACCGGUGGUGGGCAUCUCAUCAUGCAUUGCAUCUUGCUAUGUAGUGUCCGAAAUCUCCGGUGAUUGAGUUCACUACAUAGUCAACUAUAUAGUAAAACCCCAUAUGGGGGUUAGGGGUUACGGAUUGUGUGAUUAAAUUUCGGACCCAGCCAAAGAGUAGCAAGUGUGGGUUCUCCUUAGGAAUGAACCUUCAACCAUGUGUUAGAAAUUUGUUUAUAAACUGCAUGUGAUCAGUUUGAACCCUGCAGUGCCAUAAUCUGGCACAUGGCACUAGUCCAAUUGUCCUGAAGUUUAUUAUGAUAAUAAAAAACAGUGAGGUUAUUUCAUUCCUAACAGACAUUAGACAGUAAAUAAACAUCAGGUUAAUUCAUCUAUCAGUCUACAUGUGUAUCAGGUUAGCACUUAUGUCUGUUAUCAUAGAAUCUACUGUUUAACACUUUCUGCUCAAAGUCCCUCUGACAGAGUGGUGAAUGUGGAAAUUGCAUGAGGGGAAAUUUUAAGCUGAAGGCUUCGGGUUAAAAAUGUCAGCUGGCAUUAAAUCACUGCGCCCAGAUAACUUCAUAUUUAAUUGAAACUGUUCUUACAGCUUCAGUGAUAAUAACAUAAGAAAAACAGAAAGAUACUGAUUAACUUUAAUGUAAAUAAAACAGUGAAGGAAUAAUGUUUAUUUGAUGACUGCACAGUUGCAGGUGUGAAACUUUCCUUGUUUGAUUUUGUUUUAGCAAGAACACUGGUUUUCUUUGUUUACUGUUUUUCCAUCACCCACAUCAUGUAUUGUACGUUGCUGUGGUUUCUUAGUGAUACUGAAAGGCCUCUGGCCCAGACUGGGUUUAUACUGGAGUGUCUUUUCAGUCUCAGAACACAAGAAGGUUAGAAGUGUUGAUGAAAGAAGAUGUUUCAGAGUUAAAUCACCUCCCCGGGGACUAUAUGUUUUCAUCCUCUGUUAGUUUCAAAAUGAAGAGUGCAAAGGUUCUUACAAUGUUUAUGUCUAACAUAUCAAUCAGGCAACUCUAGACUUGCUCCAUCCUGAUUAAGUCAGAAUGAAACUCAUGACAUCCCAUGAUUCCCGUCGCUGCUCUGCCAAAUUUUACCUUGGCUCAGUAACACUGAGCUGACAGGAAGACAGAUGGUUCUGUGCAGAGAUUUACAACUGAGCUCACCAAAACUGGAAAAGAGUCCACUUUUAUCAGAAUGAAGCGGCAUGAUGUUGCCGCAUCUCGUAGCUUGUAUCCUAAAUGUUUCACUGCGUUUAAAAACCAGUUUUGCAUAUAAAACAUCUUCAUAGGUAGUCUUUGCUAUCACAUUCAAUGUUUCCUGUGACAAUCCAGCAAAGAUGAGGUACAUUUAAUGUGUGGUUGUGUGUAGCCUCUCUGCUUUGGUGGUAUUAUUUUAAUUUCAAACUAAACCAUACCUCCUCUUAGGGGUAUUGCUCUGUUGCAUGUUACUGGGAAAGAAACAAAGACAUCACCUAAAACUUUAAUCUUUUUAUCAUUCGGAAUAACCUUGGCAGUAUUGUGUUCAUAGUUGAAGGUAUUAUUCAGUCCCAAGGCUUAUCAAAUUUGGGUAUGGUAAUUUGGUAUGACCAAAUUAUUUUGAAGUCCAGAGGUUAGCCAGUGUUUUAGGACCGUCUUUCCUGCUUUGUCUCAAGUCUUGCCCAGUUUCUCUACUGGUUAAAAUAGACCCUUCUUAAAAGAUCAAACACUGGUGGAGGGUGGAUUGAAAAAUAAAGACCACUUUAAAGAGGAAGGAUUACAGUGAUGAAGUGUCAGAAAGCUUUCAAACCCAGGAAGAACCACAAUGAUGGAUGGAGGUCGGCCAUUUUUCCAAAAGCAUGCAGAGAGACUUUUGAACAACGGAUGUGAUGUCUUCAAGACAUGCAUUUAAUUUGUAUUAACAGUUAAAGUGACUUUUAUUAUGUUAAGACUUUUAUUUUGAAGGGAAUUUCUUGAGUUAGAUAGCGACAUAAUAUCCUGUUAGAAAGAUCAGGAAAUUCAAAGAAGCCACAUGGCAGAUAACCUCAUUCAUCCAGCCACAUCCAGAGAAAAGGACUGAAAUCAAUGUCGUAAGUUAUUUCAUUUGAUUAUGUACAUUUUUAAGUUAAUAUAUUAAGGACUAUUUGGUUAAAAAAAAUGAAUAAUAAGUUAAGAUUAAAAAUAUUUUUUGAAGGUUAACUAUUUACAAGAGGAGAGUUAGUUCAUGGCUUUUGUAUAUAUACAGUAUUAUGUAAAAGAAUGAUUCAAGAUUGUUUAUGUAUUUUAUUACAGUUUUCACUCCAUGUCAAUGUGAAGGAGUCAUCAGUAAAAAUCUUAAAUUACAACGGCGGCUCAUCCCUUCUUUUGAGUGGAGUUUAGCUCAGUGUUUAGUCUGCGGCUCUUACGCUCUGAUGAGAACACUAUAGUGAAAAGACAGAAGAAGAUCAGUAUCAACAAAACAUCGAAAUGGCUUCUAGAAGUGCAAAAACCUCAGUCACAGGUAUAAGAUCAACACACUCUUCAGCCAGCACAGCAGGACGUGCGAGAGCUAAGGCUGAAGCAGCUAAAAUAAGAGCAGCAUAUGCAGCAGAGAAAUUAAAGUUGAAGAUGGAGCCAGCUAAUAAGGAUUUGGAGGCACGUGCUACAGAGGUUGAAAAAAUAAGGAUAGAUGGAGAACUAGAAGUGUUACAGCUACAAUGUGAAGCAGAAGCUACAGCAGUGGAAGCACAGAUUUUGGAAAUGGCAGAAGCUACGAAGGUGGUAGAGGAAGCUGAAGUAAUAGAGGAAGAAAAUAGAAUGCAACGCACCCGUGACUACAUCCAUUCUCAAAACACCCUGAAUGAAAGUGCAGACUCUUACUUAUCGGUUCCUGGCCCAUCCUAUAGGGAGCCAGAGUGCUCUGUCUCUUCCCCUCUCUCACCUGCUGCGCAACCACCUUGCGAGGAGCCGUAUGAGGGCUUAUUAAUGGAGCAACCACCUGCAGUGGACAUCUUACACCCAUCAUCUUGUAACGUCAAAACCGAAUUAAAAGUGGAAAAAGACGACAAACCCUCUCUACCAGCCAAACACCAAGUCAAGUCAGCACACCAAUGGCCGACCUACAACACAGAUGGAAACAAAGAAACAUACUUACCUCAUCACACUAAUAAACUCUUUCAACCCCACACCCCUGAACCAAUGAGCAUGCACUGGUCACCCUAUAUUCCCAAACAACCUCCUCCGGUUAUGCCAGCUCCUGCAGCAGAACCAUUGGCUCAAUACUUGGUCAGACGCGACCUCACGACCUCGGGGUUGUACCAAUUUGACGACAAGCCCGAAAAUUACCGUGCAUGGUACAUGUCAUUUAAUAAUACAAUCAGUGGCAUCAAUCUGAGUGCAGCCCAGCAACUCGACCUCAUGACGAAGUGGCUAGGGAAGGAGUCAAGGGAAUAUGUGAGGCGCAUACGGUCAGUGUAUGUUAACAAUCCUUACGAAGCCCUACGCAAAGCAUGGGAACGCCUCCGUGACUGUUACGCAGCCCCAGAGAUUAUGGAAAGGUCACUCUUUCAGCGAUUGGAUAGUUUUCCAAGGCUGACUAACAGAGACCAUGUCAAGUUACGUGAGCUUGGUGACUUGCUGACUGAGAUUCUAGGUGCAAAAGAAGAUGGCUAUCUAACAGGGCUGUCAUACCUGGACACUUCAAGAGGCAUUGCACCAAUAUCAGAAAAAUUACCUUUCUCACUCCAAGAGAAGUGGUUGACCUCCGGAUCAAAGUACAAAGAAGAGAACAAUGGUCGGUUCCCUCCCUUCGAUUACUUCUGUAGGUUUGUGUGUCAUGAAGCUAAAAAGAGGAAUGACCCCAGCUUCAUGCAUCAAGGAAGUGCUGCAAAUCCUAUCAAACCAGAGAGAUCUGCUUCGAGGAAAUACAGUAAUGACGGAACUUUCUCAGUUCACAAAACCAAUGUUUCUUCAAUCAAAACCAACAAACCUACGAGUGACGACCUGACUAAGACCUGCCCAAUGCAUAACAAACCACACUCUCUUCAGAAUUGUAGGGCGUUCAGGAACAAACCAAUCGAAGAGCGGAAGGUCUUCCUCAAGGAGAGAGGUAUAUGUUUUAAAUGCUGCGCUUCAACCUCACACCUCGCCAAGGACUGCAAGUCCUCAGUUAAGUGCUCCGAAUGUGAUCGCACGUACCAUGUGACAGUAAUGCAUCCUGGACCUCCACCUCAAACUCCACAGGCUCUUUCACCGCCACAAGAGGAUGGCGGGGAGGGAGAAGCAGAUGUUAACCAGGCUGUCAUCAAUUCAAGCUGCACAGAAGUUUGUGGCGAAGGCCAAUGGAAUCGCUCCUGUGCAAAGAUUUGUCUCACAAAGAUUUAUCCAAAGGACGCUAGGCACAAGGCUGUGAACGCCUAUGUGAUAAUGGACGACCAGAGCAAUCGCUCACUGGCCAAACCAGAGUUCUUCAGUCUCUUCGGUCUGGAAGGUAAAUCAUCACCAUAUCAGCUAAGAACAUGUUCUGGUUUAGUUGAAAUGUCAGGGAGACGGGCUGAAGGUUUCCAAGUUGAAUCUCUGGACGGCCGGGUGGCUCUUCCUCUUCCAACGCUCAUCGAGUGUAGUGAAAUCCCGAAUAAUCGUUCAGAGAUUCCAACCCCAAGUGCUGUGCUACACCAACCCCAUCUCCAGCACAUCGCCGAGCACCUACCGGAACUGGAUCCAAACGCAGAAAUUCUACUGCUUCUAGGGAGAGAUGUGUUGAGGGUGCACAAAGUUAGACAGCAAGUGAAUGGCCCGCACAAUGCCCCAUUCGCUCAACGCUUAGACCUUGGCUGGGUGAUUGUGGGGGAGGUGUGCCUGGGAGGUGCUCAUAAGCCAACAGUGAGCAGCUUCAAGACUAACGUGCUGGAUAGCGGACGUCAUACGCUUUUCCAACCCUGCACCAGUUACAUGCAUGUCAAGGGAAUGCAAGAUAGCUUCAACCAAGUAACCACAGCUACAGAGACACUAGGAAAAACUGUGUUUAACACAACAGAACGCGACAACAAACUUGCUCCAUCAAUCGAGGAUACAAUCUUCUUGAAGAAAAUGGAUGCUAGCAUGUACAGGAAUGAUGAGAAAACCUGGGUCGCCCCACUUCCUUUCAGAGAGGCACGCCAGCGUCUCCCCAACAACCGCGAGCAGGCUGCCAGCAGGCUCUCUUCUCUCGAGAAAAUGUUGAGAAGAAAGCCAGAGAUACAAGAACAGUAUUUGGCAUUCAUGGCCAAGAUCUUCCAAAACAGGCAUGCUGAGGUGGCACCACAGCUGAAGGACGAUGAGGAAUGUUGGUAUCUUCCUACCUUUGGAGUGUACCAUCCUCGCAAACCCAAUCAGAUCCGGGUAGUAUUUGACUCCAGCGCUAAAUACUGUGGUGUUUCCCUUAAUGAUGUAUUGUUAACUGGCCCAGAUCUGAACAACGCCCUGAUCGGAGUUCUACUCCGCUUCCGGAAAGAGAAGGUAGCAGUGAUGGCAGACAUCCAACAGAUGUUCCACUGCUUCGAAGUAAGUGAAGAACAUCGCAACUUUCUUCGUUUCCUCUGGUACCAGGACAACAAUGUCACCAAGAAAGUCAUCGAGUACCGGAUGAGAGUACAUGUUUUUGGUAACAGCCCUUCGCCAGCUGUGGCAAUUUAUGGGUUGAGAAGAGCCAUCAAGGAAGGUGCUCAGCGGUAUGGAGCCGACACAGUCGACUUUGUGCAAAGGCACUUUUACGUCGACGAUGGCUUGAUCUCCACAUCAACUGACCAUGAAGCGAUCGACUUAAUGAAGAGAACGCAGGCCUCUUUGGGGGAAUCAAACCUACGUCUCCACAAAUUCGCCUCGAACAGCCAGACUGUCUUGAAGGCGUUUCCUCCUGAGGACUGUGCCACAACUGUCAAGGACCUGGAUCUCGCCGGAGAGCUACCAGUCACACAACGCAGCUUGGGCCUUCUCUGGGAGAUAUCCACUGAUACUUUCACUUUCCUUGUGUCAACAGAAACCAAGCCAUUCACUCGGCGCGGGGUUCUUUCAACAGUAAACAGUGUCUUUGACCCCCUUGGUCUGUUGGCACCUGUAACCACCCAGGGAAGGUCUCUCCUAAGAGAACUGUCCUCCGAGCUCUCAGACUGGGACGCUCCUCUCCCAGAAGAAAAACGUGACAAGUGGGACACCUGGAGAGAAUCACUCCAAGAGCUCAAGCAGCUUCAUGUGCCACGUACUUUCUCAAACAUGUCCCUUCUCAAGGCUGAGCACACUGAGCUAUGUGUGUUUUCAGAUGCUUCAACAAGAGCAAUCGGAGCUGUUGCGUACUUGAAGACCUUUCAAGAGGAUGGACAAAUUGAGGUUGGAUUUGUCAUGGGCAAAGCGAGGCUAGCUCCCCAAUCGGACCCUACCAUUCCACGCUUGGAAUUGUGCGCGGCUGUGUUAGCCGUGGAGAUGGCAGAUCUCAUACAGGAUGAGUUGGACAUCAAGCUUGACGCCAUACAUUUCUAUAGCGACAGUAAGGUAGUCCUUGGUUAUAUUCAUAACUCAACCAGGCGUUUUUACGUCUAUGUUCACAACAGGGUGCAGCUUAUACGCCACUCUUCAAAGCCAGAGCAAUGGCAUUACGUUCAGUCUGGGGAAAACCCUGCUGACCACGCAUCAAGGGGUUUACCUGCAUCUCGCCUAGCACAGACCACCUGGUUCUCUGGGCCGUCCUUCCUGAGAUCACCACCCGCAGGAAGAGCACAAACAAGUGAAAGAUUUGACCUAGUAGAACCUGAAAACGACAAUGAAAUCCGCCCAGAGGUAAAAACCUACAAAACUUACCUGAAGGAGGAAAUACUCACCCCAGAUCGCUUCCAACGCUUUUCCAGCCUCCGCUCACUCCUCAGAGGUGUCGCUUUUCUCAUUCACAUCGCCAGAUCCUUCAAACAGACGAACAAAAACCGUGAGUGUUCUGGGUGGCACAGGUGUAAAGUUUCGCGCACCCCAGAGGAAUUAGAUCAAGCGAUGCACAUUGUCCUGCAAGCUUCACAAAGGUCAGCCUUUGCCAAGGAACUUGCAGCUCUCCAGGCACAAAAACCAAUCCCAAGAGACAGCUCUCUCCAACAGCUCAGUCCGACCAUCAAGAAUGACUUGAUCCACGUUGGAGGCCGGCUGGAACACUCUAACUUGGAAACCGGCGAAAGACAUCCCAUAAUUCUGCCCAAGGACAGCCAUGUAUCCCUCCUGCUGAUACGUCAUCAUCAUGAACAAACAAAGCAUCAGGGUCGCCACAUGACUGAAGGAGCUGUAAGGGCAGCGGGGCUGUGGAUCUUGGGUGGCAAGAGACUCAUAAACUCAGUGCUUCAUGACUGUGUGACGUGCAGGAAGCUCAGACGGAAGUUUGAGGAACAACAUAUGGGAGACCUACCUGCUGAACGCCUCCAGGUAUGCCCUCCAUUUACAUAUGUGGGUCUCGAUGUCUUUGGUCCUUGGUUAGUUGCAGCCAGGCGAACCCGUGGAGGACAGACAGAAAACAAGAGAUGGGCUAUCAUGUUCUCCUGCAUGAGCUCAAGAGCAGUUCAUGUCGAGUUGAUUGAAUCGAUGGAUGCAUCAAGUUGCAUAAAUGCGCUCAGGCGUUUCUUCGCCAUUAGAGGCCCAGCCAAGAAGUUGUGGUCAGACUGUGGCACUAACUUCAUCGGCGCAAGUAAAGAACUCAGGAUGGAUAGCAGCCAGCAGGACCUAGGUGUUCAAAGAUACCUAAGUGAACAAGGAUGUGUCUGGGAAUUCAACCCACCUCACGCUUCCCAUAUGGGAGGCUGUUGGGAAAGAAUGAUCGGCGCUGCGAGACGAAUCUUGGAUUCCAUCAUGCUUCAACUGAACACUCGCCUUACUCACGAAGUCCUCUCUACUUUAAUGGCGGAAGUCACUGCCAUCAUGAAUGCGCGGCCACUUGUACCUGUUUCCACAGACCCGGACAAUCCUCUGAUCCUUUCUCCAUCGAUGAUUCUCACUCAAAAGUCUGGAGUCCCACCACCUCCAGGUGACUUCUCUGAGAAGGAUCUGUUCACAAAACAAUGGAGACAAGUCCAAGCUCUCGCGAACCAGUUUUGGACACGCUGGCGACGCGAGUACCUACCUUGCUUGCAACGCAGACAGAAAUGGACAUCACUUCGCAGAGACCUGCAAGUUGGAGAUGUAGUCUUACUAAGAGACAAACAGGCUGCACGAAAUUCUUGGCCUAUGGCUAGGGUUAUUACCACGUUCCCUGGUAAGGAUGGACGUGUCAGGAAAGUUGAGGUUAAGACAACUGAUCAUGGUGCUGUAAAGACAUUCUGUAGACCAAUUACAGAAGUGGUUCUACUUCUCCCAGAAGACAAGUAAUGUUCCUGUUUUGAAUUCUUUGUGUGGGAAGUUAGUGACCUCUUAGAGAUCAGGCGGGGAGUGUGAUGUCUUCAAGACAUGCAUUUAAUUUGUAUUAACAGUUAAAGUGACUUUUAUUAUGUUAAGACUUUUAUUUUGAAGGGAAUUUCUUGAGUUAGAUAGCGACAUAAUAUCCUGUUAGAAAGAUCAGGAAAUUCAAAGAAGCCACAUGGCAGAUAACCUCAUUCAUCCAGCCACAUCCAGAGAAAAGGACUGAAAUCAAUGUCGUAAGUUAUUUCAUUUGAUUAUGUACAUUUUUAAGUUAAUAUAUUAAGGACUAUUUGGUUAAAAAAAAUGAAUAAUAAGUUAAGAUUAAAAAUAUUUUUUGAAGGUUAACUAUUUACAAGAGGAGAGUUAGUUCAUGGCUUUUGUAUAUAUACAGUAUUAUGUAAAAGAAUGAUUCAAGAUUGUUUAUGUAUUUUAUUACAGUUUUCACUCCAUGUCAAUGUGAAGGAGUCAUCAGUAAAAAUCUUAAAUUACAACGGCGGCUCAUCCCUUCUUUUGAGUGGAGUUUAGCUCAGUGUUUAGUCUGCGGCUCUUACGCUCUGAUGAGAACACUAUAACGGAUGAAACAUUUCUGACUCCGAUUGUUGCCAGCCAGGCUGCAGGCUGGGCCUGAUUUCACAGUAUAUCAUUAUCAGACAGGCACGCUAUCAGGCCUAUUAGAGGUCAGACUAAGAGUAUGAGCCAGGCAUGCUUUCAUAUCAGCCCAGCCUGCUGACAAAGAAACCUGCUGAGCCAAGUUUUGGACCGAUCUUAAUGUAUACAAUCACUCUGAAGCGUGAAACAAAUGUUUCUUUCUGAUAGAUUCCCAGUAAUGAAAGCCAGACUUAAGACAAAGGCAGGCUGGUGUCGAACAAACCUUCCAAUCGGAUCGUGUGAUAGUGGAGAGGUCAAUCAAAAGCAGAGCUGCAAGUCCAUUUAACACUUAAAAUGCUCGUUUCCAUUUUGUUUGGAUAUUUCUGUGGCUUUCACCAGUUUACAAAGAAUUACAUGAAAAUAUUCAAUAUGAUAACUGGUCUAAAAAAAAGACCAGUUAUCAUAUUUUACAAUUGUAGUUCUGUAUCAAACUAUGAUGUCUUCAUUUAAUAGCCUUAUUACUGCACAUAUAGGAAUGGUAUAAAGCUUCUUAUAUAACUCUUGGCGACAAAGAGCAACAGUUUGUUCUCCAAGGUCUCAAAAAUCACCUUUAAGAAAUUUUCAGAAAGCACAACAAAACCAUUGCAAAAGUUCCAAAAUAAAAAAGUGCUGUUUUAUUCAGCCAAGAGGGUCCAUCAAAUCAAGAACAACCUCAUAUCGCCAUUGGUUAUUCAACACACAGACAUGUAGACAUACAGAGUAAAAUUCUCAUAUUUGGGGGAAAGAGGUAACUUGUAUCAAAGUUUCACCCUAGGUUCCCUCUAUGUUGUGUUUACAAGGGAUGCAAAUGCAAUUAUUUACUAGCUUCAAGGGAUAUGCCGGCGUAAAAUUAAGUUAGUGUCAAACACACCUUAACACCUAGUUAGGUGCUGUUCUAAGCGUCAUUUCUGGCUAUAGAGUGGCAUUUGGGUUAAUGUUUGCGCGUGGAGCCAUAGACUGCUGUGUAUUGCUAUUGUUCAGUCGUUACUAAAGUUGAUAUAACUAGAGAAGCAAGCAGUCAGCAACAUUCAUCUCUCGAGGGGGUGUCUAACUUGGUGUUAUGGUGUGUUUGACAGACUUAAUUUUACCCCGGAGCAUCUCUUUAAUUUGUGUAUAGUUGAACCCCUGUGUUCUGUCUUUCCUUGCAUAAUCCUCAUGAACAAGGCUCAAGGAAAGCUUUCCUUCAUGCCACAACAGUCUGUUUUUAUCAACAUGGUAGUGGUGGACUACACUGACAAAAUGCUGACACAGUCCAACCUCCUGCCUUACUUACCUCAAAAUGUGUUAUGUUUCAUCAUUGUUGGGAUUGAACAAAAAAAAGUAGUAUUGUACAGCUCCUGAUAAUCCCUCACAUCACCUCAGUUAAAAUCAUCCUCCAUUUUUCAUCUCCAUUUGUCCUUUUAGCCAAGAGAGCUUUGGCUGAGGUUUGUCUGCAGGUUUUAGAUGCCAAAGAAAAUGCAGAUUGUAAUUGAACAGAUAUUGAAAUCUGUGUACAUGGUUAAUGAGACUCUUUGUCAUAACAAGGGUCCAAACCACAGAUGUUCUUACUUUUAUAAUGACUUCACGUUAGAUUUAUUUCUGUGCAUCACCAGAAGGAUGCCCUAAAUACUGUCUCAAAAACUUUUAUCAUCCAUCAAAAUCUAGAACAGUGCAGGCUCUCUGAUGUCACAUCUUUUCAGAGAGAGCAUUCAGAGAAACUGAAUCCUUGUGCAGCCGUUUCCACUCACUUUGUUUGAUGUGAUUAGCUUGUACUCAUGAGGGAGAUCAGAUCUGUCUCUUACUUUUACUGCUGAAGCUGAACCUGAGUAUGAUGAGCAUAAGAGGGGAUGUGGUUUAGAUUUUGAGGUAAAGAGGCAGAACAUUUUCACUUAUCUUGUCAACUACAUUUUCACUCUUUCAAUACUUUAACAUCAUCGCUAUAGGAUACUCAUAAAACCCAGCAGCUACCGCGGUGGUCUGUUGACACACACAUAACCUGAUACACACACUACACUUGAUCAGAGGUUUGUAAUGAAAGUCAGGCUGUUUGUCCUGCUCUCUGGUUCCUAUUCCCCCUGUUAGUCAAAACAAAAGCCAGUUUCAUAGUGGACCAGACAAAGACCUAUUGUCUCUCAGAAACCCUUUGGUUGUCUGCAAAAUACUGAACACGUCAUUGUCUCCAAACUUAAAAAGAUCUGGUCUUUCCACCUCAGUAAAAACUCCUCCUCCUUUUCUGAAAUGAGCGAGAAAACUUGUUCCAUUGUUUCAAGUCCAAAGUCUAUUAUUACGUGCUUAUCUGGGGUUCACCUCCAAGAACUAGAGGAGGACUUAGGGACUUUUCUUUCAUGCAAUCUUGGAUUUGAGCAGUGAGAAACUGAGUCAGGAAGAGAUUUACAUCUGCUCAUGUUCUUACUUUGUUAAAGCCCCAAAUCGUCUUGUUAAGACACUCCAAGGUAUCAGCUUUUCUGCUGAGUUUAACCAAUUUUUAGGCAAAAACCUGAGCAUUUACACUGAGGGACAUGAAGUAAUGAUUCUCAGGAGCUUGGUAGAGGGCAAAUUAUUCAUAGCACAUAGGAAAAGCAAAAACUUCAUCAUUAGUCAACCUCCAUCAGUUACAGUGGGAUAAUAUGGCAAAUCAAGCUUACAGACCUCAGUAGCAAAUACUGUGAGGCUAGUUCCUCUGGCCUGCAUGAUGCAAACAGUGUAUGUCUGUUUCACAAAGGCAAAUUUCUCCCCAAAUGUAUUAAAAAAAUAAGAAAUACAUAACUGUCGUGGCUUUGGCUGAUAACUUUGGUUCAGUUCAUAAUGAUUAAAUUAUGCGUUGUGUGCAUUUCUAUCGUGGAAACACAAUAGGGUCAAAAAUAUUUUUUUUUCUUGUGUCCAAAGCAUUUGAUAAAUGACAUUUAAACAAAUAUACCUCCACUCUGGGUAACCCACAGGUUAUUUUUCACACAGACUAUUUAUUACAGAGUUGGUAGUUCCAAUGACAAGUGGUCUGUUUUUUUUUUCUUUAAAUAUAUUUCUCUGAGGGAACACCACAAACAGAUUCCUUUAACCUCCAUUGUUCCAGAAGCAGAUUUAUAAAAUAAAUAUUACUUCACAAUGUGGAAAAAUAAAAUGCUUGGUUAGAUAUGGGUACAUGAGACUUUCUGUUGUCCUUAAUUUGGGUGAAUCAAAUGUUUAUAUGCUCUGUCAAAGUGGAAUGAUAGAUGGGUUGGUCAUGGCUCAAUCAAGGCCUCAGCUGUAGCCAAACUUAAGUCAUUGGUUGAAUUCAAGUGAUUGAAUAGUCAUUGUUUCAACAUAUGUAGAGGAUCUGAUUUGCGAAAUUUGGCUCCAGUUGCUUUAAAGUCACCUUUUUGUGCACACUGAUACAGGAUAUGUUACAACUUUAGUUUAGUCUUUAAAAAACUGAACUUUAAAUUCUGACUAACCAACUUGUGUCCUGGCAGCAUUAUUUAUCAACUCACACUUUUUUAAAUCUGUUCUCUCAUCUUUCUCUGUUUCUCUUCUCUUGUAGAUCCACUGGCCACCAUUACCUGGAAACAGGGAGGAUUGCAUCCAAACUGGGAAGGAUCCACAAGUAAGAAAUUAUAGUUCAUAACUUCUUUUAAAGCUCAUGUGAGGAACUUUCAAUGUUUGCCAAUUUUGGCCCAUUGUGGGCAGAACAGCCUCUUCUUAUUUAUUUGAAAGUCUCCUGUUCUCUUCCAUUUUCUCCCCAUUAGUAUGUUCAGAAAGUUUUGAACUGGGCUUCAUUAACCUCGAGUUGUUUUCCAUUGCCCAUCUACAAGAGAUCAUCUCAUUUAGACAUCAGCCCACACCAGAAGAUGGUCUUUUUCUCUGGUUUGUCUUUUUUUUUUAAGUGUUUGUUCCAUGCCUUUUCUGUGUAAUUAGCUCUGGAGUUAAUGUCCUAACUAUCACUGGUUUUGCUCUUUUCACUUUCUGGCCAGCCAUUUGAUUUGAUCUGCUAAACCUUGGCAUCUGCAUUUGGAUUCCCUCUUUAGUACUGCUGUAAUUUAGACUUGGACACUCUCAAAUGGGGUUUAAAAAAUCAACCCACUGGACCUAAAACUGAGGUGACCACAUCGACCUUUCCAACAAGCAGCUCUUUUUAUAUUUGGCCAAAUAUGCUCCAAGUGAAGAGUAGAGAAACAGCUCUCAUUGGGACAUUUGUCUUGCAAACCCUGGCUUGUCAAGUCAGUUUAAAGGCUUUCUGGGACUUUGGCUACUUCUGUAGCCAACUCCUGUUGCCAUGUCAAUUCUUCUCUAAGUUGUUGUUGAAAGUCCUCCAAUUCUUGCUUGCAUUUUACAGAUUUUAAUUAGACAGAAUGUGCAUUCCUAGAGCGACAAGAGCAGACUUUCAAAGCAGUCCUCUAAUAGAGCUUGUUGAAAGGGAAAGUGUAGGACUUCUUCUAACAGUGUUACUUGCACUUCGUUUGUUAUCCUGCAGCAGAUUGCUCUUUUCAAAAAUGUCAAAAUCAUUGAAUAAUUAAAGAGAAUCUUGAAAGUUUCUGAAGUUACUACUUGAAAACCAAAAGGUUUGCAGGGAAAAAGAGAAUUUUCUGCCGUUCAAAAGGGAGUUCAGGGUCUGUGAGAGUUAAUGAAAGGCAGAACUGCGUCAUGAAAGGAGUAACAACUGAAAAUACAAAGGGAGGAACAGGUUUAAUUAAGGAAAACAGAAAACCCAAAAGAGGAAAGAGUAAAAAAGAAGAAAGGGGAGGACAAAGGGAGAUUGGAGAGGAGAAAAUCAGAAUCAUUUGUGUGAUAAAAUGAAAGAGAAAAACGAAGUAAUAAUGGCAGCAGUAAUUUCAAACAUCAUAAUAAUAGUAGCCUCCAAACUUGCAUACACUAACGAGUCCACAAAGUACAGAAUGGAAAGUGUCAGCACCUUUUGCUCUGUUUACCUUCCCACACACCAGCUGACUCAGCGUUUGUGGCUAGGAGGUGUAAAAAAAAAACUUCACAGCAUCAGUGAGAUGAAAGAGAAAGGAGAGGAUUAAAAUGAGAAGAGAGGAUGAAGAUUAUAAUGAUUAAGAGAGCAUGGGAAAGAAACAGGCCAAGCUUGGGCCUGAGUAGGAAACACGUUAUUAUAUGUAGCCGAACUAUAAAACUGACCACUCAUACUGAAUGUUGGGCUUAAAUGCAGGAAAACUAAUACACAUUCAAAGUAUUUUAGGCUAAGGCCAGUCCUGUAGCGCAUCAGUAACUGUGCAACAACUCGGGUUUGUUUUUACCAAUAUCUGUGAUACCUACAGGUAAAAAAUAAAGCCAAUUGAUCUCAGAUUUCAUUGCUUAACUCUGUUAGUAUUCUUGCAUUAAGUACCAGUAGGGUCAUAUAACUCAUAGUGGCAUUUUUGAGGCCACCCUUACCCUUGAUCAGGUAGGAUAGACCCAGAAAUGUGAUCAGUCGCCCAUGCGGGUUAAUCCGAGAAAUAUAUACUGAUGCCCCAACAGGACAAAUUUAAGGUUACUGUCUGUUGUCCACAAGAGAUACUUUUCCUGCUGUCCCAGAGGAUAGCCCUGUAAGUUUGGCCGUGGCCGGUGGGGGAUAAACCUAGAAAUUUAGGCUGCUGUUCCCACAGGAUAAACCCAGAUGUGUGGGCUGUGUCCCUCAGAGGAAAACCCCCACAAUACCAACUAUAAUAUUUUCACCAGCCUGAAAAUGAUGCUGCAGUGUAAACUUCUCAGUCGAGUGACAUGAAACUGAAAGACUGACGUUGAUCAUCCACAGUUUUUUUUUUUUUUUUGGCACAAUCAUGAAGUUGAUUUUGGGUUUUAGUAUCAAAUAUUUGGCAAUUGUUGAAUCAACUCAAGAUAAUCUUCACACAUUUACAUCUUCUUUGUGAUAAACUGUUGUGCUCCAGUUGCAGAAAAAGCUCUCUAGCUUUGGUGGAGAUUCAGUUAUUUAAACUGAAACUGAUUUUUAAUGAAAACACAUGCACACCCACACACACAUCGACACACUUAGAAGUAAAGGGAAUAGUACGCUGUGGCUCUCUGGUGUUGUUGCGAGAGGACUGACUACCACCUCCAUCUGGACUGGGUUAGAAUGUGUGUGUUUAUGUGUGUCUAGGUACAUAUUCCCUGUUUUUGAAGUGACAGGUGGGUCUUGGGUGUCUUAUAUCAGCUUUAUUAGGUGUUUCCUCUUCUUGCAGCUCACAUGGCGUGUGUGUGUGUGUGUGUGUGUGUGUGUGUGUGUGUGUGUGUGUGUGUGUGUGUGUGUGUGUGUGUGUGUGUGUGUGUGCUGUCUAUACCGUAGAUGAAAAGAGGAGUGACACAGCAUUAUUAAACAGCUCCUAAAACAAUUUGUGAAUGAGUAACUCUACCUUCCUUGUGCCAAAGGAGUCAUAAAGAGUGCGCAUGUGAGAUAGUGUGAGUGACAAAUUGAGGUGUUUGUGUAUAUGUUAAACAACACAAACGUUUUUUUUUCUGCAUUCCUGCACGUCUUUCUAGGUUUCUGAGUUUUUCGGUGUCAGGCGAGAUGGAUUGCUGUUGUAUCCUGUGGCAUCUACAAAGCAGGAGGCACACAUAAACAUACACUCAAAUAUUGACACUCGCACAUAUGGACACAUGUUCCAUCUCAAAAGUUUUGCUGUCUGUGUCUGCUAAACAUAACUGUUUGACUAAAAAAGUCCCGGGGGUUAAAGGUGAAAGGUCAUCGUAGAGUUUUUGGGACUAGUCUUAUAGUUUAAGUGUGUAUUUAAUGGUACAAAAUGAAAGAAAGACACCAACAGAUAAGUUUGCAAAUAGGAAAAUAUUUUCAAACACAAAAGAAUUUAAGGAUAAAGGCAUGAGAAACAACAUUAAAAGAGUGAUCAAUAUUGUUCAGUUUAUCUGUAACCCCCCUCUAACUAGUGUCUAAAACAUGUUUUUACUGAUAGCUCAUCCUCUCAGAGUCACAGCCCCCAUCGGCCUUCAUUGUCAUUAAUUACAGCUCACACAAAAUAACAGGCUGAGGGGAGGCACUCAGUGACUUCAGCCAAGCAUGUGGUGUCUUGCUCUGCUGUUUACACACUCUUCUGAUUCAUCUAUCUGCAUCUAAAGCGCUAGCAUAAGUAAGCUCCCCAACCUCUAAUCAACUGAGAUUAUGACAUAAAUGCAUGUGUUGGUCAACAUUUUACAAAGAUAACAUAAGGUAGAAAAAACACAAAUUAAGAAAAAUACUCUUUUUAAUGGUUUAUAACAAAAAUAUGCAUCUCUGAGCUACACACAGGCCCCCAAAAGUACUCCCCCCCCCCCCCCCCCAUGGAUUUGUUUGCUCCACUUUUCAGAAAAUGUGAGUUCAAACAGUCUCUUCUGACAACUCCCCCAUUAGGGGAAAUAGGCAGACCUGAGUCGAAGCCUGCUUCACAGCUGCCAUUGUUUUUUGCCCACUGACGCCUUGCAGCAAUAUCCUGGCAAGAUGUGGAAGGUACGAGCGGAACACGUCAGUCGCUCUGUUUUUGGCUGCAGGAACCCUCACAAAAACCUUUGUACGCCCUGUGUCUGAAGAUCUUAGGACUCAGUGGAUCGAUUUUAUUUUUAAUAGACAUGUAAUCACAACAACAUCAAAGGCGUUGUAUGUGUGUGAUCACCACUUCACUCUGGACUGCUUUGACGCCGAGGAUGAUAGUCAGCUCUGUGUAUAUGAGAAUAUGAGAAUUAUACUACUAGCAGACAGGCGUUAAUCCAGGCUGGUCUGCCAUACAUGAAAGCUAGCAUUUGACUUUCCUCUGCUCUCUGGUGACCUUCAGUGGAUGAUAAAUGGUUAAUGCCAUGGUAUCCUAAAAAUGUGAAACCAAGGAUUACCACUGUUGACUAUUGGGAUUUUUACCUAUGGUAUCUGCAAACAGCAUGUUUUCCUGCCAUCUACUUAAAAAUAGAUCCCAGUCCAUGAUCACUCAUGUUCUCUCCUGGCCUCAGCAUAAAUAAAAAUGUUUAUCCAUUAAACUAAAAGACCUUGAAUUUCAUGGGUCUAAAUGUACUUAACUGUUGAGUCUAGUAACACACAUGAGUGUCUGAAUUUUGGAUCCAAAAGAAGCUCAUGGCUCAUUAUGGCUUCAUGGCUCUUUGGUUUUUGUUUAAUAUUAAUGAGAAAAAGAUGCUUCCAAGUCCAGAAACAAAGUGGGGUCUGUUUCUGCCCUUCUUCUGCCCUUUACUUUCCAAGAUGACGGGAGGUGUUGGUUGCAGCCUUGCUGUCUUGCGACCCCAUGAAGGUGACUGUGGUUUUAUAUCAUAAAAUGGCUAUUUGAUUUGUUGCAUCAUGGGACUGAUCAGGAGAUAUUUGGAAAAACCCUCUCAUGCACUUUGGCGAAGGCUCCUUGACUUGCUGGAUGUUUUCAGCACGGACUAGAAAUCAAUCACGAGGACUUAGAAAACUGUUUCUUUGAGGAUCAAACAGCUACUGAGACCAAAGACUUGGAGAGGCCCGUACAUCCAGCAGUCCCACUUUGAACUGCUUUCACUAUGUUUGUGUGUGUCUGUGAUUGUGUUUAUAUAUGGGGUCCUGUUCACUGUAGCUUUGUGCAAGUGUGUAUUUAUGUGUAUGUGUUGCUUCUCAUUUCCUGUUAGUAUUACAGAAUCUGUCUCCUUUCCACCGAACAUUGGCUGUUUAUUCUGGAAACAACUCUCCAUGUCCAAACUCACCGCUCCCUGCUCGGGUCACUCAUUACUGAACUUGUUUGGCACACUUCGUAUUUAACUUUUCUCAUUUUAGAUUCAGAUUAAUUGUAAUUUCCAGUUUACUCAUGGGGAGGAGUGUGAGAACUACGCAAAUUUCUCCAAGUGCUAGCACAAGUGCCACCAAACUUCAAGUCUCAAAUCUUUGGUGUCCUGGCCUUGGUCCAGUCUGAGUACCCUGAAGAAUAUGGGUCCAGCAGCCGGAAAGUGUAGUCACUAUCAUUAAUAUCGCUUACUCUCAGCAGGAGUGCAUUUCACUUCAAACUAUUAACUGUACAGUCUCAAAUGACCGUGUGUAAUCUUUUUGUUAUACAAAAAAAAAAAAACCCCACAACUGAAUUAGAAUCUGAGUCAUCCUGCUGGUGUGUCUGGAGAUUUACAUGAUCAUACAGUGGCAUUCAUCGUGUACUGUUUAACACACCUCCCCGAGGAGACAUGUUUUGGCUGUGAUAGAGUCCCUGCAGGUGUCUAAAAACUCCAAAUCACCUCAAACUAACCCCCUUUAAUUAGAACUUUAACUCACAAAACAUGUUAGAUCCAGUGGGGAGACAAUAAACUCUCAAGGUGGGCUAACUUUAGCAUCUCUCUUACUUUUCUGGUGUGUCCUAUUCUGGUGUCUGUUAAAGUUGUACCACAGACUGUAUAUAGAAUGGAUACUGUCUGCCUCCUCGCUGGGUGAAGCCGGCACCCUCUGGUGAUGGGCUGCAGUAUAGAUCAUAAAUCCUGCCACCUAUGGAGCUGUGGACAAAGUUUAGAAAUUUAUUACGCAGAAUAUACAUUUUUCUCCCCCCUGGUUGCGAUGUUGACAUGUAGUUACUGUGAGACUGGUUUGUGCUCAAGUCCUCUUUUUUCUGUACAGCUUCAUUUUUAAAAGCUAUUAGGGGGUUCAUGUUUUCUAUGAUUGACACUUGAUACAGCCUGUGGGGGUAUGAAGUUUAUGUAGCUCAUUCGGAGGAUAAACUGUUUGAACUGAGCGUCAUCUCAGCAACUCUCCCACUGAAUGCGUAUAACACUACUGCGCAAGUGGUGGUUCCAGGAGGUGGAAAAAAUCCUGGAAAUACUGAGAGCAGUUUGGCUUAAAAUUUGUAUAAUGAUGGAAGGCAGAGCCAAGUUGUCCAUAGUAUAUGCAGUCUAUGGAUCGAACCUGUCCUCUGUGGGUCUUUUAUACAUAGCAGCACCUCUUACACUGCUCUUGAAUUUGUAGUAAAAUGUUUAGAAGCUAAAUGCAUGGUUUGUGGUGUCUCUUUCCAAAUCCUUGCUAAACAAGACAGCAUCUGAUUAAAGGUAAUAAAUGAAUGAGUUUGAGACCUCAUUUCCACCUUCUCAGUACUAGUGAACUCGAUUUCCUAAUCUUAGCUGGUUAGACCACUAACUCUUACAGUAAAAAACUGGUUUCUUCCAAAUGAAGACAUAAACAUUUUAAAAAGUUGUCUUGCUUACGUAUGUUGAGCAGAUAAUGCUUGCUCUUGUUUCUGUCGCAGCACUCCAGGGACAGCACUAAUGACAUGUAAUGCUUGAAGCUUCUUAGGUCCCAGGAAAUGUCAGUAAGCUUUAUUCAACUGUGAUUUUUUUUCAGCUUGUCCUGGAAAAACUAACUUUGAGUCUUACAGGGAAAAAAAAACAACUCUUAAUCAUUAUUGCAUAUUUCUGUAGGAUAAUUUAAUAUAACACAGCACUGCCAAAUGCUGAUUCUGUGCGAUACUUAAAGUUAACAAAUAAGACUUUGAUUAAUAUGAUUUGUGGCUUGCAGUAAUGUUAACACUUAUAUUUCACAACACCAUUUUGUCAUAAAGCCUAUUCUCCCUGACAUUUGUCUCCACUCCCAUUCUCUGGAGUCAUCUUUUCACUUUUUCAUCCCAAGGUUUUUCUCUUAAAACUUGCUGGAAAAACACACAGACAGAGCCAAUUUUUCAUCAUCCAAUGAGUGGAACAAGCUUCUAUUCAGGCUGCAGGACAGGAUACCAUUCCUCAGUCUCUGGUUUAAUUGUUUGACUAGUGCUGAUGUUGUGGGAAGUGACUUUGCUGCAGUUGUUUCACACAUUUAUCAUCUGUAUAACGGAGGAACAUUUCCCCAUGCUUAGAAACACUGUGCCCUGCUUCAGUAUGGCCACACUUCAUGGGAAAAAUCUUGGUAUUGCAAAAUGUGAGGCCUGCAGGACGCUGCCAGAGGUCUUGGCAAAGAUGUUGUUUGUAUAUGUUAACAAUAUUCAUUUCUCAGAAAAACAUAGUCGUACUUUUCAUGCUUAAACCCCUACACAUGUUCUACUAAACCCCAAAGACACCAAACAGUGGUUUCUGUGGGCUGCUUCGAACUUCUUAUAGUGUAAAUUAGCAGCUGGGAAAAAGUACCAGUGGUCAAUUGUCCAUCCCUUGAACAUUGCUAACUCUUGUUUUCACCAAAUAGCUUUGACCCUGGCUUAUUCAUGCAAUGAAUACAUCCCUACAUUUCAAAACCUGGCCAAAUGUUAAGACUACUCCCAGAGGUCCCCCAGUGAGACAAAACCAGAUUUAGAAAGCAAACCGCUCCAUUUUCUGUUUGACACCACUCCCUUUAUCGACACUUAAUCUCAGUAAGACCACACAGAUACAUUAAACCUCAGGCCCAAGGGUGGGAGAGCAGAGGCAUAUUUCUUCUUUUCAACAUUUCAUUUCACUCUUUGCUCUCCUCGGCCACACAGAUGUGUAAAAAGACUCCCAGAGUAGUAGAAUGGAAACACAGGGGAGACAGAUUUAUAUUAAUCCAAAGCUUAUUUGUUGGCUGUCUCAGACCUUUUUGUUUAAAUAGAGUGUUUAGUGCCUUUUUUUUUUUACUGUACUACUGUAGUGUAAGAUUCCAGCAAACUUGAGACAGAGUUAAUUAUCAUCAGCCACAAGGAGACUGAUCCAGCACUAAUUUGAGACUGACAAUUUUGGCUCCAUGCAGAAACUAUGAUGCUCUUUACAGUCUAGGAAAGAGCAGACUGUAUUGGUGUAAACUGUCUUGCACUGCAGUGACAUAAUUUACAUCAGCUCAUUAACAAACAUCAAUUUGUCCCAUCAGAUACUUAAAAUCACAACCCCAACUGACAAAAAGUAGUGACACUGUUGUCAUGAGCAGCUCAAAAGAACAUGGCAAAUAAAAGGAGAGGCACAGAGAUAAUACUUUUACGAACAGAUUUAUUUACAAAAGCAUAAAUAAUAUAGCAGAAAAGGUGGGAUGUGAGGGUCAGUGUCACCCCAGUGUUGUAAGUUAGUGGGUGGGUAGAAGGUGUAGUGUGCAGGUGCUAGUGGAAAAGAAGAGAAAGAAGUGAAACAAGGUGCAUGAAGAGAGUCCUCCCGAAAGAACCAAGGUGGUAGCUUUUAUAAUGGGCACACUGGUCAGUCUGAUUAAACAGCUGCACCCCCGAUCACAGGCUGCUAUGAUUCAACGCAACAAAACAGGCCAUUGGGCCAUCACAUUGUGUACACUAUGAAUAAAAGCAAUAUUAAAUGAUUUAAAAGUUAUUCAUACCCAUUUAUUUAUUUGAGGAAACUGCAACAUCAACAUAUCAGAUGUCAAAAUGGAAGAAAAAGUCAACAAAAGACGUCCUGUGAUGCCUAAAAAAACACCUUGAGGAACUUUUUCCAGCUAAUUAAGUUGGUUUGCCACAUGCAAACGUCAAACAAGAGAUGAUGGGCUGAGGUUCCCCACUCAUUGACUGUAAGGGUUAGUAUCUUUGAAAAAAAAAAGAAAAAAAAAAAAACAGAAAAAAGUGCCAAAUUGAGGAUUUUAUCAUCUAUAGCUCAAAUUUUUUGUAAAUUUUUCAGAGAAUCUUUAGAAACCUCAAGGACAGUUAGGACAAGGCUAAAUGCUGAUGGCUGGAUCUUUGGGCCCUGUAAAACCAGAAAUUACUGUGGCGCUGAAGUCACAGGAUUUGUGUAAAAUCCCCUUUUAAAAACACUCUUUGUAAACACAGUUCAUCACUUCAUUCUCAAACACAGGUUAUAACUGUACCAUGCAAAGAGGAAACUAUAUACAAACAGUGGUGACUCUGGAACUGAAAGUAAUAAAUCCAAAAUUUAUUUCAAAAUGAAAAAAAAAGCAUAUAUAAUUUUCUCACUGGUUUUGGAGGAGAAUUGUCUGUAAGGACAUUGGCACACUUUGUAUGCAUCCACAUCUUUGGUGCACAUGACUGGGCUGAUAUGUGUUAGACCUUUUCCAACCUGAGAGAAUGACACCCAGCAAAUCCCUUCCUUCUCAGCUGACAUCCUUCUUUGUCGGCUGCUGUUGUAGACAGGAAAAAGGAAGUAUUGGUGCCCUCUGUUUCCUCUGCUCUUUUGUUGAGUGCACAAACGUCUUUCCUCAGUGUUCUUUCUGUGUUUCAGUCUCUGUGACUAUUUUUUACUGUCUUCGUGUCUUUGUUUCCAUUCCAUACGUCUGAGCCCCAGUUAGGGGUGUUUCAGAGUUUACACAAUACACACAUAGUGCUGUCGUCAGGUCAGACUUUGCUUGUGUCUUUAAUUCACUUACAUUUUACAUGGAUAUGACCCCUGACAUUCUCUGUUUGGCUCUCAGUCAUCUCCAAACUUUUACACAUCUUGUUCUUUUGACCUGAACGUGAUGAAACUUGUUUUACAACAUCACUUUGUUCUGGCUGAAAUCCAAAAACAAGAGAUACAAGUACUGGGCUAUCAGUUUCAUCUAAUAAAGGUCUGAUUUUCUUGGCUCUGAUCAGAAACAUCUGGGAUCAAUGAGGAUUGUAAAGAUAUUAUUUUGGUUCUUUUUAUGCUGUGAAAAUCAACGUAUCUGUAUUUAUGAAAUUUGAUGUGUGUUGUAUGUUUAUGUUUAGAUGUGGGUAGAAAUUGAUUUCUGUGUUUCAAUAGAAAUUAAUGCAUGGCUCAUUAUUGAUCAAGGCCAAAUUUACCUUGCAACACUACAGGCUGUACCUUACCUCAGCACUUGUAUUUUACUUAAGAUGUAAGGUUCAAAUCUAUGUUUGCAUCUUUUUUUUUUGCAGACAGAGUGUGCCAACUUUGUUCGCCUCCUGCAGCCCUUCAACCGCACCCACCUCCUAGCCUGUGGUACUGGAGCCUUCCAGCCCAUGUGUGCUUUCAUCUAUGUGGGACACAGAGGGGAGGUAAGCCCUGUUUGAGUGAGACAGUGUGUGCAAGGAAAGACCGUGUAGUGGGCGUACAAAAUAUCUUCAGAGAGUAAAUGUCUCUGCACAUUGCUCGUAUAGAAAAACACACAUACAGACACAGACACACAAACACAUAAUUCAUUUGGGUUUCUAUAACCACGGCAAUAAAUCACAGGUAGUUACAUUUGAUGGGAAACUCUGAUAUACAGCUGUCACAGUUAUCUGAGACUCAUAUUUUUCUGCAUGCGCUCUGAACUGUCUAUACUUCCUCGAGGAAAUGUUUGGAAACCAUGAAUGAAAUUGAAUUUUAAAGCAAUUAGUAAAGCUGGUCAGUUUUAAAGUAUAGCUGACCCUUGUAUCCAAUGGCUUUCAGUUGAGUACCCACCCUACAUGAUUGCAGACUUUGGAAAUGACAAAUAUAUCAGUUCUUAUUCUGAUAGUAGGGUUUGCAUGAAGUAAGGCCUUGUUCUUUACAUUUUCAUUGAUGCUCAGCUGACUCUGAAGUUGAUUCUUUAAAGCAUAAUUAUAAAUGACUGCAAGCACACUUUUAUUUAGCCUCUUGACAUUAGCAUAGUUUUAUGGAGUCUGUCAACAUGUAUUUCAGUGGCAGCAGAUCAUGGAGUCAUUUUUCCAUUUUAUGUGAGGAAGUGCUGUAUUCAUACUCAUUUUUUCACUGGUAUCUCUCGUCACAACAUCUGACUCUAAGGAUUACACUGAAUUUCCUUCUUUGCUGUUGGGUACCUUUGGACAAAUGUUUAUGAGUUUUACUUGUGCUAUAUGGAUCCAUAGUUUAUAGAACUGGGCAUAUGUUGGUUAUAAAAGCCAGCUCUUGUAUAUGAACAGUACUUUGAAGAGCUUUUUGGGAGCCAAAAAAUAUGUUUUUGUUUUUUGUUUUUUUUUCUGAGUGCAUGGUUACUGAAGAAAUCAGUCAAUAAGGACAGGUAAAAGACUUCAGUAAGUUACAAGAAUUCAUUUUCCAGCCACUAAAAGGUCUGAACAAGACAUUAAGAAAUGGUAGUAAGGAGUCAGGAAGCCACAGUAUCAUAAUACAUACAAACAGUACAGAUGAGAUGAUAAGGAAUCAACUGAGGCCCCCCGAAGAGUCCUGUGGGGGAAAGCAGGCUAAUGGAACAAAUAUGGCCAAUGCCAAAGUAUUUUCUUUUUAUCAAAACACAGCCUUUCUCUGUGCUCACAUCUCCGGGUUCAAGGUUAAGCCUCAGCAGGCAGCUCUGCCGUGAGUCUUUCUGUGGAGCUACUCAGCCGCAGCGUCAGACCCUCAAUACAUCUUUUCAACCGCACAGGCCGGCUCCCCACACAGCCACUCAGCUCUGUGGGACCCUCUGCAGAGCCUCACACUUGGAGCCAUUUGAAAGACACAAAUCAAUGAAUGGAGCUAUUAAGGCAAGCUCGUAGCUUACUGUUUCGCGGCACUUUUCCAAAUGGCAGCCCGGUGUGCUGCCCUGCUGGGCACAGCACGAGGGGGUCAAAGUGGGCAUGAGGGAGAGGGAAGCUGGAUGUUGGUAAAAGUAGAGAAAGGGGAAAUGAGACAGCGGGGUGGGAGAGUGCCAACCCUUCAGCGGAAAGAGUGUGUGGUUGGUGGAUUGUGUACAUUUAAGUACAGAGGGUUCAUUGCUACUUCUAUUUUUUCCUUUUACCAUUAGGUGCCCGUCACUGUGUGAGUUCUUCUGUGUCGUUUUCCAACUCACCCUCAAUCUGUCAUCCUCAGUGUGGUUUUUGGACUACAAGGUUUUAUGGCACAUCAUAAAAAACAGUGUAUGUCCUCCUCUGCUUAUACUGAAUUACUUUAAGCUCUGCAAGUUGGCAGUUGCCUUAAAAGGUGGUUCAUGAAACCCGUUUUCUGAAAAGUAGGUCGCCUGUUUGAGACCUGUUGGAAAGGCAGAAGUUGAAUUCCAGGAACCAUUUAGUAAAUUCACUUAAUGAAGUGCUGGCAAGUUAUCCAACAUAAUAUUUGUGCUGUAAUACGGUGAUUGUGUGGAAAAGAUCAAAUGCAAGUAACACUAAUUUCAGGGGAGCAAAGGACUAAGAACUACAAAACCAAUAAUGAGCAAAGAAGAGAUGUUUUAUAAAAUGUAAAUCAAAGAAAUCUUUGACCUUGGAAUAGGAAUGAAAAGAAACAGUAGAUUAUCUAAAUACAGCAAUAAAUAUAUGAAAUAUGAAAAGGAAAAUGCAUUAUUCAUUAAGAAAAGUUAGUAGCUACUUAUCAUACCAUGUAUGGGUUAUUUAUCCCAACUUCCUGCUCUGUCUCAGGGCCAAAUUAACAGAGCCCGUUGCACUAACACAUCCACAAAGUUUGCAGAUUUGUACAUUUCGCACUGUUUUUUUGCAUCUGAUUAUGGAGAUGGGGUGUCAGCAUUUCUUCCUCAGAUGCACAGAGCUGCACUGUGCACCCUAAUCCUGACAGGGCUUGUUUCUGUCCAUGUAGAAAUGAGACAUUUUCUUCACACUCAGCAGUUUUAAGAUGAUGUGGGGUCUGCUCCUGACACAUCUGACAUAAAUCUCACAGUUUAUGUCCAUCUUUCUUUUUGGGGAUGAGCUAGCAUAGAGCUGCCUGUGUGUCAAGGCUGUCACAGGAUGAUGAUCUGAUUUAGUUCAAUUACUGUAAACAUUGCAUCAAAGGAAUAUUAACAUUAAUAAACUUGAAAAAAAAGUAUUUGGAUGAUUGAAAAAGAUAUUUUCAAUCAUCAUUGAAAAAGAUAUUUUCAAUCAUCCAGAGGUGGGAUUCUCAGGAUUAUGAGAAAGAUUAGGGGUAACAUGUCUUAUAAAUACUACCAACUCUCAGCAGACAUUAGAUAUUUCACCCCAACUACAUGGCUGUUGGCGUUGGUGAUUUUGAAUCAGUGAGCUUUUACAAUGAGGCUUAUUUGCUAAAAAUAUAUAUAUUUUGCCCAAAUUAAAUGCACAAUACCUCAUUUAAAUGUUUGCAGAAAACACCAGAGCACAGUGAUGCUAUUUGCGCUGCACAGUUUGUGAUGAAUUUAAUCCUGUGCAUGUGCUUUGUGAAUGCAACAGUGUCGUUUGUCUCAUCUGCUCAUCUGCACAGGUCUAGCAGGUGCAUGAGUCACACAGUUUCCUUGAGAAUCAGGUUUUUGUGUUUAAAGCUUUUGUGAAUAAUAUUUUGCAGGUUGUGAAAUGAGCUGAAAUUGAUACUGAUGCCGGUUCAUGAGCUACAAAAGCAAGCAAGACCAUCUGCAUAAAGAUUAGAUUUAAUCCAGAUGGUUUAAUUUGGGAGCAGAAACUGUGCCAGGGUAAAUGAAGAGAUUAAACCUCAUGCAGCUGAAACAACAAUUUUUUAAAUCAUCAGGGAAAAAAUCUUUAUGAGCAAUGCAUUUGAAUGUCUCAGAAAAAGCAGAAUGAGUCUAAAAGCAUGACUUACACAUGUGCAUGAUAGAAUCAGGAUAGAAGGUAUACUGUAUGAUCAACAGGAGCACUGACACAACUCAAAGUUACCCACAGGAGCUGUAAAAGACAGGGACAAGAAAGGUUAAAGUAUCUGUAUCUACAGUAUGUGCCCAAUUGGGCAAGAAAUGACUCCCAAGCUGUGUGAGUGUAAAAAAACACCUCUGACUGAUGUUAGGAUACGUGUGUGUGUGUGUGUGUGUGUGUGUGCGUGCGUGCGUGCAUUUGUGCGUGUGUGUCCUCUCAGCUUGUCAGUGUCUGUCUGUCUGAAUGGAAGACCCCACAGGGAUCUUGUCCAUUUAUUUAACCAAUCGUUAACUGAAUAGGAGAACACACACUCAUCUGUUUGUGUGACCUCUCCAGGGCACUGAGGCCGUGAACCCUCGGACUGGACUCUGGGUGGGAUGACCUUUGACCCUGUGGGUGUUUCAUCUGAGUUCGAGUCAGACACACUCUGUCUCGGUUAUGUCCCGUUUUCAUCAUCUUUUGGGGAUAUUUUAGGCAAAGAUGUUGCAGGAAAAACAAAAUGGCCCAGUAUUGUUGAACAGCUGUGAUGAAGUGAAGAAACAAGCGUUCUUGUUAUUCCGACUCAUUGAAUUUCUCCUUAAUAGUGCAGAAACUGCUUUGUCCUUCAAUUCUGAUCAUAUUUUAUACUUUUGUCCGCACAUUUUAAAGAGAAACCACCUCUCACAGCACCUCAUUCACGAUUCAGAACAGCCAAAAAAAAAUUUAAAGUAGCUGUGAAAUCAAAUUUCAUCUAGCGCGGCUAAAGUAUGUCAUAGUUAAUGGAAUACGUCGCCAUUUCUUUAUUAAAUAUGUCGCCAUUUCUCAUUGAAUCUGUCACCAGCUCUGGUUUUGUUAUUUCUGUAAGUGCCAAAACUAGGUUUGUGUUAACCCUCCAUUCAUGGGGUCAUUAAUCUAAAAAUGAUAACAACCUAUUAUCUGUGUCUUCAGUCUUUGUGUGUCUGCCUCAUUCCCCACAUGCACACAGACUCACUCUAAUGUACAAACCUGGGGCCCCAGUGUUAGUGACACGGCUGCUUGUGCGGUGCCAUAGAUGUGAAAAUAAACCACCGUAAUUCAGUGACGACAUACAGAGGACCAGACCCCCCUCACAUACAUUCGCGCUCACACACACACACACACACACACACACACACACACACACACACACACACACACACACACACACACACACACACACACACACACACACACACACACACACACACACACACAGUUAAAUAAAACAAAUGACACAAACUUGAAUAUAUAAAUAUGUGGGGAUACAGACAGUAACACACACAAACAUGAUGAAAGACAUGCACAGUCAAACAUAAAUAUAUUAAAACAAAUGUGUAAAGAGAGACACAGACUUACAGUUAAGCAGACAUUUAUAUGCAACAUGAAUUACAACGGACAGACUGAAAAAGGGGAAUCAGAGCUGAACACACAUCAGCACAUACAGAGAAAUCACUGAACUCCUCAGCUGCAGGGGCGGCUCCAGAGGAGUGUCCAGGGGGAGGCAUGAGCUCCCCAAUAGUGAUUUAUUUACACAGUUAAAAAUAUACAGUAGUCCCUCUGUUUCAUCAGUUGGUAGUUAUCCUCAUCCUCAUCAACUUGUGGAUCGAAUUAAUUCACUCUAAAGGUUAAACUUGAGUCAAAACAUUUCCACUUUAACACUCCGAACAUUAAGAAAACAACAGCAGGACUUCUAUAAUAUAGUAGGGCCCUCAUGAUCUUAGGUUUCUAUCACCCAUUUCUAAUCAUAUUUCUAAUCAGCCCUGGGACCGAGAGUUCUGUGGAGGAGACAUUGUCUCAUUAAACAAACAUGCUUUUAUUUUGAUAUUUCUUUCUAUCUUGGCUUUCAGUUGCAUUAUUUACUGUUGCUCUUUCUCUGGUCUUAUUUUCUGGACUUUUAGGGGUUGACAAUUUACCACCAAUUAAAAGUUUUGAUCUUUUUGGUUUUGAAAGUAAUAGUAAAAAUUUCCUUUUUUUUUGUUUUCGUCAGAUUGUCAAUAGGAGGAGGUGAAAUCAUAAACAGUCUACCAAAUGUGCUGUAACUUCUCUCCACAGAUUGAUUUCACAUGUCAUGUGAAAAAUAGUCAACACAGGCUUUUAGUUUGAGUUUGUUCUCAUAUGUAAACUUCAUGCCACUCCAACACAGGUCAGUACACAAAUGAGGCCACCCAAGUCAAAGAGUCUGGAUCUGCCCCUGCUCAAUUGAGUGUGAUCAAGGACUGAAAAAGGAGGUCCCUGUCGAAGUAAAAGGCCACUUUGAUUUCAUAGGCCUUGUGGCCUUAACAGAAAAUUGCUGAAUCACUCAUUUCCUCUCACCAAGAUGGCAGAAGUCCAUGUCAACCACAUCAAGUUCACAUGGGACUAUUUCAAAGUCCAGGGGGCAAACAGCUCUUCAGCAGGGUCACCAGCGCAGUAUUAAUGUGGAUAAAAAAGGGAACUAAAAGAUUGAAAAUGUAAUAAAAAAAUAAUUGCUUGUAAAUCACCAAGUAAUUUUUCCCAUGUAUGUUUCCUUUGGAUAUCAGCCCUUUAAACUGGGAAUGAAUGAUGCCUCUUAUUUUAUUGCUCCUGACUUUUUAUGCAGUUACACUUCAGUUCCAGUCCAUUUACUUGGCAUUUAGAGUCUGUGAUUAUUACCACAGCUUUCUUCACUCUCAGCUUUUCCAUUUUCCUCUUUUUAUGUGGGAUUUUUAGUUAAGUUUUGGUGAAAAGAAAAGAAAGAGGUGAUUGAAUUAGAGGGAGCUUCCCAUCCUUUCAGAUAGAGCCCAGCCAUCAAUUUUAAUGAACAGUUAGGAAAAGACCAAGCCAACAGCAUCCCAGUGAGGUAUGUCUGCUGGCCAUGCUGCCUGCAAGAUGCUCAAAGUGAGUCCAGACCCGAGAUCUUAACAGUAACACUAAGACAACAAAAAGCUCCUUUUGAGCAUUAGAGAUUGAACCGAGAAGCCUUGGUAGAUGUUUCAAAUCAUCAAAAUGAUAAAGAGCAGUCCUUGUUAAAAGCUGUGGACUUUUGUCCGCAGAAAAGUAGAUAUCUCUUUUGUUUGACUUUCUCACUGGGUUGUAUGAUAUAAUCAGAAGUGAGAGUCCCCCUUGUCCUCCCGUUUGCCUGUGCUGCAUGCACUAUACUCUUUGUCUCUUGUACUAAUGAGUUCACUCCGUUAUAAGUUUACUCUGGAAGCUUUUCUAUGGUUUGGCAUCGUUGUAAAAUUCUUGUGGUCAUCCUCAGCAUGUACACCAUCUACUAUUACUUCUGGUACACUUUAUUUCUUGAGGUAAAUUUAAACAAAAUGACACUUCUGAGCUGUAUCCAGCCCUUGCUUAAGAAAUUCAGCGCUGUCCAGAAAAGACAAAGUAGGUAAGUCCUUUCUCCUAUUCAAACUACUUUGUCCUGUUUUUUAGUUACACCUGCUACAAACUGCUAAAACAAUACCAUCUUGAGCCUUCAAACACUUGCUUCCUCCCUGUGUGACCAAGAGUACAGCACAAGAGUAAUGCAUAGAUUCAUAGGAGGCAUCCUCUGAUCUUGUGAGAUGAAGCUGAGGCAAAAGUGCUGAGAACUGCAGUUUCCUGAGAGCCAGCAUGAGGCUGGCUGCACCAUGACACUACUCCAAAAAACAUUUUUGGAGCAGGAAAAAAAUACAUUUAAUGCCUAGAUCAAAAUAUGAUUUUGAUACGAAUAUCUCUCAUGGUAUCUCUUUGGUCUCUCAUGGCACCCACCGUACAGGGAGUGAAUGAUUAGUUAGACAUUCAUUUCCAUGAUAUUAUGGUUACAAACUUGGAGAAUCAGAAGCACAGGUGACUCGACUUACAGGAAGCCACACUGUAGCUAUUUGUGAGGGGGCUUGAGGUCUGCCUCUAGUAGGUUGGGUCAGCAUUACCAGUAUUGCCAUAGGGUUCAAACAUCUGAUUCAAAAACCUAUGUGUGACGACACCAGCACCAUGUCCAUGUAUUAUACAGGCUAUAGACAUAACUAGUUAGACUGACAGGCAGAUGUGUAGUGUUUACCGGGGGGCCAAAAGCCUGCCUCUGCUCCAUCUAUUCAUGCCUGUUUACAGGAUGACUGAAAGUUGCUUAAUUGUAACAUAUGUCUUGAAGGAGCCUGAUUAUAUUCUCAAAACUGUUUCCUGACGUUGCUUCAAAGUGUAAAAGGCUCAAGUCAAGAGUCAUGAGGGAGGAGCAUGAGAGAAAUUCUGCCCACUGGAAUAGACAGCUGUAGAAUAAGAAAUACAUUGCUCCUCAUUUUCCAAUUAACAUUCUAAUCAGCUCUUCAGAUUUAUUCUGAUCAAACUGUUCAAGUCUGAUAAGAGUCAUGUAAACCUAAUCACUGUUGUAAAACGGUGAGUUCAGAAAAAAGCAAAAGAAUCUCUUUAUUUUCAGGAACUAGAGCCAAAAACAAUCAUUACUGUUUUUUAAAGGCAUUUUUGGGAUGGGCUGUUCCUUUAAACAGAGGCUGCAUGUUUGCUGAGGUUAGAUUCCAGCCUACUGCCCUUUGGCUCUUUUCAUUUCCCACCCUCUCUCCCAUUUUCCUACUCUUGUCCACUGUUUGAUCCCCUCAUGGAAAAAAUGCCUAAAAGGCCAAAAACAAAUAUAAAAACAGUUUAAUCAGUAGUUAAAAUCGGCUUUAUUUGCCAAGUUCGUGUACACAAAUAUAGAAUCUGUAGCCACUUGUCUCAGUGGUUUUGUAGUCGGGGUCUUGAUGUGUUUGGCUUGGCACAGCUAAGAACAAAGUGGCCUGGAUGUCUCUCACUUUCUCUGUAUCGUAUCUCUAGUGUGUAUUUGCCUUGGCAGAGUGACUCUGAGAGUCUAAUCAGCUGCACAGGCAGCCUCACCAUUCCUCUGGAUCAUGGUGAGAUAACGCAGACGCACACAUGCACUCACAAACAACCCUAACCUGCAUGGUCUAUUAUACCUACAGUGUGUCAAUCUACCCGGAUAACACACUCACUCACACACACACACACACACACACACACACACACACACACACACACACACACACACACACACACACACACACACACACACACACACACACACACACACUAAUGGAGAACACAGAGAUGCAAUGAUGUUAACUUCAGUAACAGGGGAGGUGCUGAAAGACUUAGAAUGACAAAUGAGUGAGCGAAAGGUGGUCAGCGGAGAAGAACUAUAAAAGAGAGAGUGGAUGCAGUGAGUUGAAUUGGAAAAAGGAGGGCAAAUGUUUUAGUGGACCCAGCUGUACCAAUAAAAGAUUCACAAAGGAGUAAAUGUGUGUUUCAAGAAUGGCACCGUAAGUAUCUGUGAGAUAAAUCCAGAGGUGGCAAAAAUGCACACAUUCUCAAUCCAAGGAGAGUUUAAGUUCCUUUUGAAAAUACCAAAUUUACAUAUUCAACUUCUUUAAGGAGGUAAAAGUGAGAAAAUUCAGGUUCUCAAAGAUGCUGAAAGUAAAAACCUCUGUGGGACAUUUCCGCCAGCCGCUCUGAGCAACACAAACAAAGCCUCAAGUCACACUUGUGAGACUGAUUAGAUUUGAUAAAUCAGCUUUGUAAUGGUGAAUGUUUUGCAGCUCUUAAUCUGCUCUGAUGUCAUUUGCUGGUUCAUUUGAUACAUGCUGUCAUGAGUUCUCCCCAUCAGUCCACAUUGCAUUUACUCAACAUCUUCUCUACAAGGUUCUUUGGUCCAUUUUUUUUUUCAUAUCCUUUCUUUUUUGACCCAUAACAAAUACACGUACAAAAGGCCAACGUGGCAUGUCGUAUGAGGAAAACACUGAUAAUCUUUUGUGUACAACAGCUUUGUCUCUUUUUCUUAACAUCCCUCCAUCCUCUUGUGGGUUUUGUUUACCAGCUCCCUAGCAACACAUUUAUGCUUGUGAGGAGUAUGAUGAUGAGGAGCAUGUGCAGAAUGCAGUUUUAGUCCAAUAAAGCCAUAAACAUGAAAGAGGACAUCAAUUGUUAUCCAGGUGUUUUCUGUCCAACUACAGGAACUUGGAUCAAGGGCUAUUUCAGUUCAAAAUAUACAUUUUAAGUCUUGUUUUUUUGUGUUGCAAGUCUUGACUUUGUUGUGAAUGUGAAAGAGGUACUGUUGCUGUACACAGUGGGUGCACCACAUACACACACAUAGACAUGUACACACACACAAUACUGUUCCUCCCUGCUGACUCAAAAGCUACAGAUCACCACCUUCUUCCCUCUAUUCUGCCUCAGCUACUACCUCCAUAGAGGCAAAGGAGGCAGAAAAACUUUGCACUGACUAUGUCUUUGUUGUUCCUCAUUGCAGAAAUAGUGGGGUGUAUAUGACCCACCAAGAAAAUACAGUACACAAGGGCGAUUUCAAGUUGAUUGUGUCUCGUGAGGACUGAGGGGUAUGACAAAGAAUCAUCUUUCCUAUGUGUGACAGUUUCAUCACCUACAAGGAGGACAAUACAAUACAAUGAACAAAUACAAGGAGGAUAACACAAUAAUAUAUGAUGAAAACUAUGCAUAGAUGCACACCAAAAGUUACAUACCUGUUUCUGAAGUAUUAUGUAUAGAUAUUUGUGUUGGUGUCUAGAUAUGAAGAGAGCAAAACAAGAAAGCAUUUGUGGUUUAAUUCCUGCUUAUGCAAAGAAUUGUCUUUGCAUGAAAGCCAUCACAGCAUAAUUUGCCAAAAGUAACACUCCUCAAAUGCUGGAUUUAGGAUUUCAGCUCGAAUAUAUACAUGUGGGAUAGUUUUAAAAUGAAUCAGUAAAUAUCGUCUGGUGCAAAGACUCAAGUAAGAAUGAAGAAAGUAUAUUUUUGUAAAUCAUCUUGAUUAAUAUCACUGGAGGAAUGUAGAGGGAGAGAGGAUACAGGACUUUUCUCAAAUAUUCUUCAUCAAGUUUUAUUCAAUCUGAGUAUGUUCAAAGCCUUUUAAUACCUGUGGCCCUUCAUGAACAUUCACAGAGUAACAUCUGGAUCAAAUAUUGAAUCAACCGCCUCUACUUAUUUCCUCACACCUGCUGGAAAUGUGACCUGUAGUGUAUUUCUGACUGUAGCAAUUUGCACCAUGUGUGUUUCUUGGCACAUCUUAUUUUAUGUUUGUUUUUGCAUGACUGAGAAUGCAUUACUGCACGUGUAAGCCAUCAUGUACCUGUGAGUUUGCAUUGUCCAUUAUACUCUUCUGACAUUGUUUUUAUCGUGCUGACUUCAAUGUCAUCAUCUCCCCUGUGACCAGGGUUCAGUGGGAGACUCACCCUUACUGUAACAAUACUCCAUUGUGUAUUAGAGGAACAGAAAGUCAUGGACAUGGGUCAGUGUAGGGGCACUUAGAUCAUUCAUAUGGACUCAAACACGAGGUUUUACUGGAGGUCCUGUCAUCCUUCAUUCUCUUUUUAUCGCUUCAUUGGACAAUGUUUGAUCACACCCACCCUGCUCUGGACGAGACGGCCCAGUACUCUGAUGUGGCUGAAAUAGAAGGAGGAGGGCGAUUAAACAAAAAGCCUUUUGACCUUUUCUUGACCUAAAAACUCACACAAUCCAAGGAUGUGGCCUGUACUAUUGCGGUAAACUCAACAUGCAUGUAAAUACCAAUGAAAUGGCAAAUGUGUUUUCUAAAUUGUUGCCUGGCUUAAUUCUCUGUGUAAUGAAAUAAUGUGACCUAAAUCUGAUGUUGGAUGAGGAUCCAUCAAGUAUUUUUCUUUAACUUUGAGUACAUGUUAAUGUUUUUAUGACUAUUUUUUUUCUCCUUAAACAAUAUUAUCCAUUCAAGGACUACCCUUUUUAAAUGUUUUUCAUUUUAAACACAACUUAAAGACGUUAAAGUUACAAGUUGUUUCACAUUUUGCCAGUCUUAGAUCUGUAGAUGUGUCAUUUGGUAUGAAAACACAGACAUAGUCAUAGGAUUUUUUUCUUUAAAUGAACAGACGGAAACUGAGUUAGACGUCUGUAUUGUCUUUUUGUUGCUGCAGCUUCUAUCAACCUGACUGUGCGGUGAAAAGGCCAGCCGAGAUUUCUAAGUCAUCAAAAAUGAAAAAAUUUGACAGACGAAAAAUGCCGAAAUGAUUUCUGCAAAUCAUGAAAGAUUGGCACAUGUUGGCAGCAGCAAGACAAAGGAUGUACUUUUUGUUUUGUAGUUGAAAAUGAUCAAUACUUUUAUGAUAUUCUUCCAUUAGCAUGUUGCUAUUUAUUCAUCCACUCAUAAUUAGACACUCCUCAGGUCAUAAUUCAGAAAACUAAAAUGGAAGGAAAGAAAUGAGGGACAAAAUUAAACAGGAUGAGGAAAAAUAAAAAGUUUCAUGGGGCUCUUCCUGUAUCACUGUACAGAAUGGAGGAUCAACAGUGAGGCAAAAUGUACUUUACAAAGCCAGUUUUAAAACAGCUUGUCAGUGUUUAUUAUUCCCAACUAUGUAUGUGAGGAGAGGCUAGUCAACUGAAAGUCCAUUCAUUCAGUGAUACAACAGCUGCUUUAGUCACUGCUCUGAUGAACAUGAGUCUUAAAGGUAAAACAUGAGACUCCGUUUGGCCUUUAUUGGAGUUGGGGGGUUGUUGGGAGAGGAAGAAAAUGGAUCAAGAGGUUCAAACAUUGUGUAGGACAACUAAACCUGAGUCGACUGACAUUUCCAGUUAUUAAUCCUGGUGAAAAAACACGUCAGAGACUGUGUUUUAAGUUAAAUGAAUCUAGUAUCAGAUUAUAACACUUGGCAACAUUCAUUCACGUAAACAUCUGUGGCAAUGAUAUGUAUUUGCUUACCCAGCUUCAGAGCCUGCAAGAUAAUCUGGUGAGUGAGUGUGAUCCUUAAAAAUCUCACUGUUCUCUUCUGAACCGUCCAAAUCCUUUUUCUGUAAUAAAGUUUGGAAUGUAAGAGCAACUCCUGUUUGAUAACAGCCUUGUGCCCUUCAGUAUCCGGCUGGCUGCUCAAUUUAAGGCAAAGCUCUCAGGCUUGAUCUCCACUGGGACCUGAGUGGGAAAUUUGUCCGAGGUCUGGCAACUCAACUGAUCCAGCAUUUCCUUGUUUCUCAGACGGUGACUUAGUUCUCAGACAGACUCAAGAGUUCAGUGAAAGGACAAAUAAAUCUGUAACACAGGCUGGGACUGAAGUUCCUGUCCCUUUUUUAUGUGUAAACUCUGAAGCAGAGAAGUGAAAGAAUGGCUUUUAAGUUGGUCAAGUCAACUCUUUAUUUGACAGUCUGAGCUGGCUCACUGUAUGCCCAUACUUGGUGAGGUGUGUCUUGAUCAAAACAAUGAAUCUCAGAUGCUCCAGUGAGCUGACUUGGUUUUCAGUGUGGAGAGGAAAAAGGUUACCUAGAUGGAAAUCUUAAAAUCACCAAAUGUUGAUCUGGUUGAUUAUGUCAAAUAGACCAUUUCCUCAUAUAAAUUAUUGUUCUUUCUCUCACAGCACGUGUUUACAAUGGACCCUACCAAUGUAGAGAACGGACGAGGGAAGGUUCCACAUGACCCCAGCCUCCCCUUUGCAAGCACCUUCAGUGGUAUGUCCCAUAAAUGUUGGAUUCAUGCCGUUUUUAUAGCAGGAUCACCGUUGGUAUUGUUCCAGUGCGUGCUUAAUAACAGCCACAUCCACGGUUUAAUCCCUGACGGGGAUCUGCUUUUUGUGUAUAACCCUCCUUUUUCCUGUUUCCUCUCUGCCUCCUCUGUGAAUUGUCAAAAUAAAGGCACAAAUCCCAAAGUCAAAAAACCAAGGUGUAGGAUCCAAAGAUGUGGGUGUUCUAGUUGUGUCCCUUUGCACAAAGCCUCCAACAACAACUGGACAAGUUGAUCUGCUUUGACAAAGCUGUCAAAUUAGUGUAGACCUUUUUAAAGCAUUGUACUCUGUAUCUGCCACAUCUCACUACCUUAAAUGACAAACACAGAGAGCCUGUUCUUUUCCUCUCUUUACACAGAUCCCUGCUAUUUCCUUGAUGUAUGUAUCCCGAAUCGAUAAUAAGACCAGCCAACAGAGAACAUUUCUUUUGGCGCAGACACACACACGUAAACACAGUUAUGCUGACUAGGGUGUUUCCCUCUGAACGUCAUAGUACAUUUAUUCUGUGAAAUUAGACUGAUUUAUAGCAGUGACAGACGAUCCUGUAAGCCACUAUGAGAGUAUCUGCUUAUGCAAUCCUCUGUCCCACUAUCCCUCAAUCCGCGAUUUGCAGCUGAGUAUUUUCAGCAUCCAAAUUUUCCCCGGAAGACAUUGAAUUUGGCAAGAAUACAUUAAAUUGUCACCUUUUUGGACUUCAGCACACAAAGGAAAAUUGAACUUCUGCAAGAAUAUCCAUGUUGAUGUGUCUGUCCUUUCUCUUAUGUUGUGUUCACACCAAGAGCAAAUAAAACCAUCCACUCACUUAAUUCGUGCAUAUUUGGAUGCACAAAUGUUGUGUAUGUACUUGCUUAAAACAUGAGAAUAACUCGCUAACUCGCUAACUCGCUAAUUCAUACCAAACCCCAGUCUGCAACACUGCAUCCGAUUUUGCCUCUUUCAAAAGAUAUGCACGAUAAAAAUCUCCCCCUAAUCUCUUGCCAUGCUCUUGGUCAUAAUUUUUUUUAUUUUUUAAGUAAUUUUUAUUUUUAUUUUUUUGCCUUUAUUGAAUGGAUAGAUUGGAGAUAGAGAGAGAUGGUAGAGGACAUGCAGCACAUGGUUGGGACUGAACUUAAACCUGUGACCACUGCAGGGAGCGUAAUGCCCAUACGUGGGGCACGCUAACCCGCUCGUCCAUCUGCACGCCCCUUGGUCAUGAACUUUUGACCCUUGUUCUUGUGUUUUUGUUCAUCUUUUUCGUCUAAACAGUAUCAUCUAGCAGUAGCUUGGUCUCCUCUCUAACACUGAGCACAUGCAGAGGUAUGAAAGCUAAGAUGAUAACAUGGUUUAAAGCAUAAGGGUAUCAGAUUAAACUAAAUGUAUAUGUCUCAUUCAGGAAAUGUGUUUUAAUAUUUCAGCCAAUUAAGAUUAGAAAGAAUCAAUUUACAACCAUGAGAUCACAGAAACAGCCUGUGUCCAUGUGAGUCACCAUGUAAGAAGAGUUUAAAAAAGGCAUGGUUUAUUUGAAAAAAUAACAGGAGGACUAUUUCCCAAAAUAAUCCCACAUUAAUCUUCAUUAUUAGAAAAGGGAUGAGUGAUUUUGGUUUUGAGCGUUUCCUGAGCAGCUGAGGUUUCCGUCUCAUUUACAGACAGAUAAUCCUUUCUGAUUGUACUAAUGUAACGUGCUAGCAGUGCUGCAACACAGGAAAGGUUUCAUUUCCAUUGAACAGUGAUAUCAAUUCCUUGAGCUGAUGAAAUUCAAAAUGAGCCUGUGUUGAUGGUGCUGGUCUCUGCGGAGGAAGGACCGUACAGUGUGUGUUUAAGUUUGGGUUUCAGGUUCCUCUCUCUGUAUUCUACAGGAGAUUUGUUUGAUUUCCUCCUCUCUUCACUGGCAUUUGCCGAACCACGAAAUCUUUUUCCGUCACCUUUAAUUUCCUCUCUGUUUUCCCUCAUCGUGGCUUUUCUUUUCCCUAAUCACUUUACCUUUUUGCUGCUGCUGCCUCACAAUAUUUUAAUAACCUUACACAUUUUCUUUAACUUUUACACUCCUCUCUUUUUCCUGAGCACCUCUCUGGUUUUUAAACUUUUCAUGUCCACAGGUGGGGAGCUUUAUGCUGGACUGACAGCAGACUUUCUGGGCAGAGACUCUGUGAUCUUUAGAAGUAUGGGAGGCCGCUCUACCAUGAGGACAGAGACUGACCAGAAACUCCUCCAUGGUGACGUAUCACUCCUCUUUUUAUCUGUUUAAUUAAACAGUGAUAAGAUAUUGUAAAGGGGUGAUUUUUUCCUGCUUGAGGACAUACUGAACAAAAAAAGGUUGCACAGUCAGUCCAGGUUCAUGAAGUCAAUGAUACAGAGUGAAAAAGCCACCAUGUUUGCAAUAAAUUAUAAAAUAGAUCAUCAGGACUCGACCCUGAUUCUGACAUAGGUAAUGGGAGACUCGACUCACAUUUAACUGGAGUUCCUCCCUGGUGAUUCAGACACUGAGGACUUGCGACCAGAUUUAGACUUCAAGUUCUGCACCUCGACUACAACACUGCCUUGUUGUAUCACAGGUUAAAGAAAUCAAUAUGCUUGAACCAUCAAGGAUACAACACAUUUUUAAAAAGCAUGUAAUGUAUGUUAAACAGCCAAUCAGACUUUAGUGUUUUUUAAAGGUUGUGCUGUUUAUUCUAACUAAUUCAGCUGUGUUUUCAAGUUUGAUGCUCAAAGGUAAGUUAACAGUAUCUGUUUUCGGUAUGAGCAUCACCAACGAUGACUAUUAACAUGAGAAAUAAACAGUUGUGUUGUAUCUAAGCUUGUUGUGUUGCAAAGAAUUAGUCUUUGCUUAAUUACAGCACACAACAGAGAGUCAAACUCUUAAAGUUCCAGAGCCACUAAUUUCCUUGAAGACCUGUAACCAACCACAGUAGAGCAUGAAAACACCCAGGAAACAGUCACCAUUAUUAUUAACAUUUACAUGGACAUCUCUAAUUAAUAUGUCCAUGCUUGACACACAUUAAAGGUCAUAUUUAGAUGUUGAGGAGAAAAAGAGAAAGCAUGACUUCUUUUGAAAAAUGUAUUUAUUCGUAACAACAUUAUCAGUUGAUAAGUCUUGGUAGUGUGGCCAACUUUCUGUUCAUGUUGGGUUUAUGUUGAUACUGAUAUGAUAUUGUCUUUAUUGUAAAGUGUGAAGAAUUGGCACUCUCCAAAUAAAACCUGAUUUAUUAAUUUAUGCAUGCUCAUCUCUUCUUGUAGAUCCCAAGUUCAUUGCUGCCCACCUCAUCCCAGACAACGAUGACAGAGACGACAAUAAAGUCUAUUUCUUCUUCACCGAGAAGGCAUCAGAGGCUGGGGACAGAGAGGGGGCCAUUCAUACACGAGUGGGACGAGUGUGUGCGGUAGGUACACACAGUAUAUUACAAUACAAUAAAAUACAAGAUAAUAAAAUACAAUACAUGCACUUUUUUUGUUCCUAAAGGGGAAUUCAUUUGUCUGGAAUCUCAGAUAAACUACAGAUAAACAAAGUUAUUAUCUGACCUGCCCAGUGGUGGUAAGGCAGUGGCUCUGUAGGCUUAUUUGAUAUUGGCAUACAGCAGGUCCAGGGUUUUGUUAACAAACUGUGUUAAUCCAGUCAGGUGAGAGGAGAGUGACAUGGUUGAAGUCUUCUGAUAUUAUUAUUAGUGCCUCAGGGUGUUGAGUCUGUAUCCUGUCAACAGUACCGUGGCGAAGAUCACAUGGAACCUUUGGGGAGAUGUAUACAAGUAUUGUUAUAAUGCAGCUAAACUUGCUUGGAACAUAAUAUGGCCAAAGAGUCACUGCCAACAGUUCAAUAUCUGGACAACACAACUUCUUGACAGUUCUGUGUGAAGAGUUACACCAUUCUUCUUGCCAGUAGCUUGAGCAUCUCUGUCUGAUCUUAUGAGAGUGAAGCCAGGUAGAUCCACACUGGAGUCUGAGUUGUUUUGAUUCAUCCAGGUUUCAGUAAAACGCAGGAAACUGCACUCACGGCAUGCUUUCUCAGUCUUCACCAAGAUCUCCAGCUCAUUGCUUUUGUUGGGCUGAUGUUAUGUGAUUGAGUUAUUAUGAUAUUUCUAUUGUGGCUGCACAGGAAAAAAUCAUAAAACAGUGAUUUAUUUGCAGAAAAUCUGUGUAACUGAUGUCUACCCUUGCAAAUACAUGCACUGGGUCUAGUUUUUAUUUAAGUCUGAAGAGUAAUUUAUGGUUGCCCAAAGCAAGGAAAAUUUUAAAAUGGGAAACUUCACAGGAAUUUGUCUCACAUGCAGUGCACUUCCUGAAUGGAUAAUCCAGUUAAAAAAACAUAAACACUUAAAAAGAUAGAGAUUACCUCUAUUGGUAUGUGUGUAAGAAUGAGGGGUAAGAACAGGUGGACAGAAGUGUUGAACACAUCUUCAUGGUCUCACAGAUGAGACAUCUGCAGGGAUAUUUCAGUUAAGCAGAGGUGAUUUGUGAAAGCUGGGCAGUCCUUUUGGGAUUCAGCUUCUUCCCACACAAGUCCAAGAGGGUCAAUGAGGACACCAGAACAGAGUAAAGCGGAGCUAAUAAGAGACUUGAUUUGGACCCAUUUCCACAUGGUUACAUUUAUCUGUAGAGUGGAGCUCAUAAGACAGGAGGUUAGGGUAUGUAUAGGGAAACUAACAGUACCAAACCCUCUCAAAUACAAGACUUUGGGAACAAUUAAAUAUUUAUAAUCCCCUAAAGGGUUGUGAAAGUAUCAUGAUAGUCUCAAUCUUAUGAGUUCUUUCCCCUUCCAAAACACACACAGCUGUCAAAUUUUCGAACAGUGAUGUCCAUCUGCUCUGCAAAUUCUCUCACAUUAUUCACGCAUUGCUUUGUGUGCUGCAAAUGCAGGUAUUGCAUGAAAGAAUACACUCAGACACUGAAAUACUCACACUCUUGGAGACAGCUGCAGGAUUUCCUCAGAGACUGAUCCACGGUGCCAGAAAAGUUUGCACAAAGUAGAAAAUCCCACCUAAACCUUCAAACUUUAACUCUGUCAUAAUUACUCCCCAUCUGUCUCUCCCCACAGUGCAUUCAGCUUUUUUCCACUAGUGCCUCUCUGUAGUGCUUCUUGCCAAGAGGCAAAUUAUUACCGCUGUUACUCAUCACCUACAUCACUGCAUGCACACGAAAAUGUGACUACAAAACAAAUCAUUCGACUCUGAUGGAAAAAGAACAUAAAACACACAUGCUUUCACGCAGUGUGUAUCCAGCAUGAGCCCUGACACAUUCAAACUUUGCAGGAAACAGGGGUCUGUUAAAACACUCAGAAGAUGUGGGUUCAUUUCUUCAUAACUGCAUGUAGAGAAAGCUAUUAUUAUCUACAGUAGUAGUAGUUUUAUAAAGAAUGUAAUGUGAUCUUUAUUUGUACUCACCGGAUUAUAAAUAAUAACAAGCUCAGUGGUCCCUCUCUUCUUUAGAGCACUGGAUGAGAUGUGCAUGAUUUCUAAAAAGAAAGUCAAAUUGCAAUUCCUCAGAUGACUGGACAGUCUUCACCACAUCUGUCCAUCCUGAAUGGACACAAGCCCAGAGUAGUGGGGAAAUAUUUGGUUACCUUUUUUUCACAGUAGAGUUUUAAGAUGCACGUGUUAAUGUAGCAAUGCUCUGUAUUUACAGACAGUGCUUUACAAAGGUGUUUUCAACCGCAUGCAGUGAUUUCCACUACAGAGUCAGGUCUGUUUUUUACUCAGUGGAUCUGAAUAUCACAGCCAUCAAGUCCAGUCUCCAGCUCUGCUAUAUCUGCUUGUUCGACAUACUUUUGUUAUCUUAAUUUCACUUAAAAAUACAUAAUGAGACAGUUAAACUUCUUGGCACUCCAUCAAAUUUCUCCUCCUCAGGGAACUUAAAAGAAACUUCUUCUUCCUCUUCAAAAAUGACCUCUCUGCUGUACCUCUGUCAAACACCUUCAAAUGUAUUUUCCUUGGUGUUGAUUUUCAAAUCAAAUCCAGUGUGCUGCAGCUCAAAGCCAAAACAAUGGAACAGUUUUUGUAAUUGAUUAUGCUGGUUUCUAAUAGACUUAUUUGUCUUUUCUACCAGAAUGACGUUGGAGGCCAGAGAGUGCUGGUGAACAAAUGGAGCACUUUCAUUAAAGCCAGGCUGGUGUGCUCUGUACCAGGACCUCACGGCAUUGACACACACUUCAACCAGCUGGGUGAGAAAACACAUACUUUGACCAAAGGCCCCACAUGUUUAUGUCUUGACACAUUUUACUUUUUUAAGCAAUAUUCUUUUACACAGAGGAGUCAAAUGUUGUGUGCCUUUUGUGAAACAGAGGACAUCUUCCUGCUGAGGACAAAGGAUGAGAGAAACCCAGAUGUGUAUGCCAUCUUCAGCACCAUCAGGUGAAUAAAAUGCCUUAAAAGGUGUUACAGGUUGUGUAAAUGUAACUAUUUUAAAUGAGUAUCCUAAAGCUUGCAGUGUUUUGGAGUGAAAAUACCGUAUUUCAACUUAGCUUGAUGAAAAUGACUAAUAUAAUUGACUUUGUUGUGUACAGUCCAAGGAAGACUACAUUUAGAAAAUGCUGUUUGUGCCAGAAAAUGAAAAGAUUGAGGCCAAAAGAAAAACUAGAAAAAUAAAGAAAAACUUCAGAUUUUUUGACAUCAUUACUCAAUUUUUUGUCUUGAUGUUGUUGCUUGUUGAGUGUCAACUUGUGACUGGUGGUUUUUGUCAUAUUUUUUUACCAUUUUAACCUUUUCUGUCUCUUACCAAAUCUGUCCACAUGCCAUCCGUCCAGUUUAAAUAAUAAUGUGCAUUUUAAACAUUGAAGCCUUCCUUCUCUCGUUCAUAGUAACGUGUUCCAGGGAUUUGCUGUGUGUGUUUAUCGUAUGGCUGACAUCAGAGAAGCCUUCAAUGGACCUUUCGCUCAUAAGGAAGGACCUGACUAUCAGUGGGGAGCUUAUGAAGGCAGGGUCCCUUAUCCAAGACCGGGUGUGGUGAGUGAACUUUGACCUGUAGCCCUAAAUGUACACUAAAUUAAGAAUAAAAAGAAAAAACUUUUGUGUGUGUAGUAUGACCUUGAAAUGUCAAAUUAAAAAACAUGCCUGUUUUGUUCUGCCCAGAAAAUGAGACCAAUGAUUACCAAGUUUAUUGACAGAUAGAACAGGAAACUAGGGAGAGAGCAGGGACUCAAACCUGAGCAACCUGCUCAUGUGGGGUGUGCUGUGCUCAGACCGCUUGGCCCCAUAAAACAGCUUUUGUACUUUUUCUUUGGCAUUAACUCUAGUGAAUGAUGCAUUUCACUAUUGAAAGCCAAAAGGACAGGGUAUGAGUCUGAAAAGUCUAUUUCCAGGUGUACAGGUCUAGAGAACAUCUAAGGAGAAACACUUUGUCCUCAGGGGGCGCCAAAUCCAACUCAAACCAAAAGUUCCUCACAGCAUCUUUAGGUGUGACUUCAGCGUUCACCCAGUAUCGGACUUGAAAUGGGGAGGAACUGGUGUGAAAAAUGACCUGAAAGUUUGAAUACUUUGAUCUGAUAUGAGCUAGUUGUAGAAUUAUCCAUGCUUUGGACUGUGGUGAAAUCAAUGGUAAAUCAGAUAGUGUCAAGUUGGAACUGAAAAAUUGUCCAAAUACUGGAAUCAUUUUUCUGCAGCUCUGCAUCUUCUCCUUGGAAUGAUAAGAUAGUGGAAAACUGCUUUGUAGAAAUAUGCUCAAUCCUGCUGUAGAGUGUGUGAGUAAUUAUCAAGUAACAAAUGAGGUGUAGAAGUUUCCAUAUCAGCAAAGCAAACUACUGUAUGUGAUAGUGCAGUGGUGGUGACUGUACACAGUGCAGAGCCUCCUCCUGCUUUACAUCCUGGCUCUCUGAGGAGACCUGUCAUGUUCCCGAAACCAGAUCACUGUAAAAUAGACCUGUUUAACACACAAACCUACACGUGCAGGAAGCCUGAAAACACACUUUCAUGUCACACAUGUGGUUCCAGCUCAUUAGAAGAGUGAGAGAGAGAGAGUGAGAGAGAGAAAGAGAGAGAGAGUGCAUAUGGAGGCAGAAGGAAUAUGAAUAAUGUGAGAGGAGAGCAGACACCUCUGUGGUUUCACUGUGCUGACUCCCUGAUUAACAAAAAAUGUUUUGGCCUAGAAUUAGAGAAAAGGGAGGAAUGAUGGGAAAGAGAGAGUAAAAGAGAGAGAGAGAGAGAGAGAGAGAGAGAGAGAGAGAGAGAGGGAACUGGGGAAAUGUAGGCUCUACAAGGGAAGGAAGUUAGGCAGCAGGGAAGAAAAAGAUGUGAGCAGAAGGGAAGGCAGAUGAGGGAAGUUAAAUAUGGAUCAAAACUUGUUUGAUGAGCAAUGGCUCUGGAUCUUUGCUGGAUGUUUAGCUGAAGUUAAAAUAUUUAUCUGUUUCCUUGCAAAACAGUUUAAAAUCCACAAUAAUUCCUAGAUUUUCCUGUCUUGCUCACACAAAACAGAUCCUUGAAAUUCUUUUUCGUCAUCCUGGAUUUUAGGACAGAUUGAAGCUUUAUAUUGCAUACUCGUCACGUCCUUUCACUCACCUGUCAAAACUCGCCUCAGGAUGGAACAUUAAAGUUCAGUUUUAUGUUCUAGAAGAGUUCAUUUGAGAGGGAUUUAGUGGUUUUAUUCCCCCCUGGAUAUUUAUCCUGGACUGAAAUACUGCUGCAUAUUGUUUGAAUUUGUGUCAGAGUUCAUUCUGCAGCUGAAGAAAGGAUGAGGUAGUUUCUUUAUUUUACUUUUACCAGAGCUUUGAUGCUAAUCUUACCUGGACUUAAUUUUUCACUUUCAAUCAGACAUGAGCCGUCUGAUGAGUUUCCCUGCUGAUGUGCAUGCUGACAUCCAUUUUCAUCAAAAAGGUUCAUGUUUGAUGCCAAGAUGUCAGGUUGCCAACGCUCACAUUGUAUCAUUGCAUACCCUCACAUCCUUUAAUAUACCUGGACUGAUUCUCUUGGAUUGCUUUCUGAGUUUAAAACCCCAUUCUUGGUCUGUUUAAAACCAGCCAUAUGACAGUUUGCUGUCUCUGAGCCCCAGAGAGAUUUACAGAGGUAAAGCAGGUUGUCCGUUAAUCAGUGCUUUCCUUGGCCCCUGCGGUCCACAUGUCACAGAGCCUGUUUAUGAGGAAACAUUCAAUAGAUAAUGCACAACUAUUAUAGUAUUUUAACCAUAAUUUUUCUUUCUUUUUUUUUUUUUACUUAAAAUGCAAACUUUGAAUCCUGGUUCUGGGGUGGAAUCUUAAAAACAUGGUUGGCCAGGUUUCCCAGCUAGCAGCAGCUAUUUUAGAUAAGAUGAGAUGAGAUAGAUGAGAUGAGAUGAGAUGAGAUAGCAGCAUCAGUAUGUACAAAAAACAACAGAAUGAUCAAAGAUUUCAUAAAACUUAAGAUAAAUUAAGUAUUUAUAAGAUAUAAAGCUAUGGACAUUUGCACAUUACGGUUAAAACAACUUCUGCUAAAACUACUUCUGCUGCAGCUCCUUCUCGUCCUCUGUCCUCCUGUUACCCCUUCACCUCCCCAGAGAGGAGUUGGACAGUCUGAUGGCAUGAGGGACAAAGGAGUUUUUCAGUCUGUUGGUCCUGCAAUUGGGAAGGAGCAGUCUGUCACUGAACAGGCUCCUCUGAUUGAUGAUGACGGGGUGUAGAGGGUGAUUAGCAUCGUCCAUUAUGUCCAAUUGUUUGUCCCUUGUCCAGCUUCAUGCUCGUCUGAUUAGUUCUUGGAUGCAUUCAGCAGAGAUCUCAAGAUUUGUAUGUCCUUCAACAAGCUUUGUGUUUUAUUUCACCACUUCUAUCUAUAAAGUGCCCCCAUUAAGAUGUCAGUCCCCCUUUUGUUAUUUUAGGUGUUUAGGCUGAUUGAUAGAAAAAAGUCAUUGAAAUCAGACUUCAGGCUUCUCUCAGAUACAGACCAAACCGCAGACAGCACAAAGAGAAGAAGAGAUUUCAAACCUCUCCUACUCCUCACUACUGGAACGGUCUUUAUUUCAUGUUAAGGUUUUAAGCAAGAACUACCGUGUUAAACACUUCAUAAAUACAUACUCAAAGGCUUGGUAAUAAUCUAAAUCCAUCAAGUACUCAAAAUUUCUCCCCCCAUCUUGUCUUUUGGCACCAAGUUGAAGCUUUAAAGCAGAGGACCUGCUGCAAUGAAGUUUGGAUGAGUUGAUGACAGAUUUUGGAGUGAUUCCAGUUCAAGUUUUUUAUGCUGUGUGAACAGAUGAGAUUCAGUUCUGUAGGAAGUGUCAAACAGACUGUCAUUUCAAGGAUGUACAUCGCAUGUGUUUGUGCCAGAGGGUUUCCAGGGAAGGUACGCUUGAACUUCAUUUUGGAUUAUAUAAGAACAUUUCAAUGCAUGUGUUACUUAUGAUAAAUAAUCAUGCAGCAGACAAAUGUACAUCUAUGGAGAAGGGGUUGAAGUCAGCUAUAGUUUCAGACUUAGGAUUGGAUUUACUCUCACAUUCCACACCUUCUGGAGUAAAUUAUAAUUGCUGACAUUUGGUAAACCAUACCAAGAGGAAUGUUCCAUUAUACAGCAACAGCUUUUGCAUUUUGAGUCAGCACAGUCCAGAUUCCUCCCAUGAAAUUGAAUCCAGACCACUGAAGGGCUAUUGUGAAGAUCAGUUUCUGGUGUGAUAAGCAAAGUUACAAUAUUUUUACCAUAUGGAUAUACAGCCUGUAAUAGUAAUUCAGGCGCUGGGAUUUAUUUAAAUACCACAGUUUUAAUGACCGAGUGCUCUUUCAACAAUAGUGUUCUAAACUUAAUAUCAAUUCCAUCCUUGUUUUGAUCACAGUUUAUUAUGUUUGGCCAAGUUUUCAGCCUCAUGACUUUUACAUAUGCUUUCCUUUAAGUCAGUCCAUAGUUACUUUCUAAUCCGAACCAACACCCCCCUCAGGAAAUGAUGGUUUUCUCAGUUUGUAAACUGCUGACUGUCAAAUUACUGAUCUCUUCACUCUCAUAGACUGUGAUUUGCAUCCCUGAGUGAAAUUGUCAUACACCAUAAAGCAAGGACUAUUAUUAUUAUUGAGAUUUCAGAAAAAUUACUGCGAUUAUUUUUAAAUCAUCUCCUCUAAAUUAUUUUUUUUUGUGAAUAUUGUGGCUACUGACUUAUAAAAAAUACAGAAUCUAACAACUUUAUACCAGGUGGACGGUACAAACCUGUAAUUUGACAACAAUGAUAAUGUAAGCAAACAACACCAACUACUCUAAAUGUGGAUGGAUAAUCAACUUCAAGUUUGUCCUGAUCAGCAGAUGGAAACAGCUCUUUUAUAAGAGCAUGACACUGCUGCGCUGUGUGCAUGCACAGAACAAAUGUAAGAUGAGGAGUGGAGAGAGACUGGAAAUGUGCAAAUCAAAAUCUAAACCAAACUGCAUACUGCUCUCAAAGUAAAGAAAUACUAAAAGGGAGGUAAUUGAGAGAACAGUGUCAAAUCCCAGGUCACAUACAAACAUAUACAUGUAUGCCUUAUGUACACUUACUAAUGUGGUCAUGGUGUCUCUAUUCAUGUUGGUCUUCAUCCUUGAUCAAGCCCUACAUUUCCUACACUAAUCCUACUCUGUGUUUUUGAUGGGUAAAGAAUUUCAUAUUUAGUACUCUGUAAUUCCUAAGAUAUCCAAAGAGAUCUACGUGAGGAUACCAACUACUGAUAUAUGUCAUCAGAAACACUAUGAUUUUAUAAGCAGAACAGGACAAACAUGGAAUGACGUAAAAUUGAAAAAAUAACAAUAAUAAAAAAUUAUUGGACAAUGAGAUGCGUUGACCAUUUUAUCAACCUUCUAUCAUUAUUAUCAUCAUUAUCAUUAUUAUCAUCAUUAUCAUUAAAUGACUGUAGUAUGUACAUGCAUACUUGUGUGUGCAGGGCACUUAUGGUGUGAAUUUGUGGUUUCUUUCAAACAUAAAUGAACUUCAUUUUUAGCCUUAUCAUUGUCUUGUACAGUAUAAGCUAAUAUAUGUAAGUUUAACAUCUAAAGUUUGCUUUUAGGACUAAUCAAACUGAUUCUGACCUUAUUCUGAUAUUUUUUUCAAAGUUUAGCUUAUUUUUUAUUUGUAAUUGGAGAAUUUUUUCAGUUAAGACCAAACAGUAUAGAACUGAAAGUUGACAACAUUUCAUUUUGAAUUAUUUAAUCAUAAAUGGCUUUCAAUAAUGUAAAUCAGCCAGUUAUUUUGCAGCAGCAUUAAGUUUGGUGUCAGAGUGCAGAAGAGACAGUUUGUUGAUUUUGUUCCCACCUAAGGACAAAUACCGCACAAGAAACUUUAGUGAACUGUUAAUAGAUGACGUCCACUUUCCCUCUCUCCAUUCAUGCAAUUAUUGAUUGCUUAAAUGGCGAGAUGAAGAAAAUAGCUGUUACUUAUGAUGGCUUUGAGUCCAUUACUUCUUAAUAGCUCAUCUGUUUUUUGUUUUUUUUUCCAACAUUUUCACACAUCUUGUGCCAUAGAUGUGUGAAACAGUUCAUUUGAGCUUUUAUAAAACAGCUCUGCGUGACUAAAACCUUGGCUUAUUUGCUGAUCUGAAUCAUGGACUAACCAAAAGGCCUCAUGGUUUGUGUGUAAAUGGGUUUAUUGGGUAGUGUUCAAUCCUAUUAAUGGUUUGAGUUGUACAGUAUCUCAUCCAAGAGCAUGUACAACCAUUUUCUCUGUGACACAAAUUGGAGGGUUUUAAACUCAGUGCACAGUCCUCUACCCAUGGAGCAGUUUUAAACGUCUACAGCCAAAGCUCUACAACAACAAUUUUAAACUUUAAUAAAGCUCUUAAAGGCCCAAUAAAAGUGCUAAUGAGGGAUUUUAGACAGGAAAAUGCCACAAAUCUGUCUAAAAAGCAUGCCACCAGUGGAGUUAAACACUCAGAUCAUAGUGUCACUUGGUCUGAAAUUUGUUCCUCUCUUAUUCUCUUAGAGUAUCAUAUUAUUAACCAAGUUUCCAAUCAAAAUAAAUUGGUUAUAAUCGCUGUCUCUUUUCUUCGUCCCCCCUUUCUUUGAUACUCAAGUGUCCAAGUAAGAUCAUCAACCAGCCAGGCAGGGAGUUUAGCAGCACAAAGGACUUCCCAGAUUCAGUGCUGCAGUUUGCACGCAACCACCCCCUGAUGUGGCGACCGGUGCACCCGGCCCUGCGCCAACCCGUGCUUGUAAAGACCAACAUUCCUUACAAGCUGAAACAGAUCGUGGUGGACCGAGUCGAGGCAGAGGACGGGCAGUAUGAUGUCAUGUUCAUUGGCACAGGUGUGUGAUUUCAUACCUUUGCAUUUCUUUUUGCAUUGUUAUUGGGGAUAAUGCUGGGGCAGAGAAAUAUUUGGAUAUGUUGUUGAUGCUUAGUUCCCUUUGUGUGACCUUGUUGCUUACAGUAUGUGUUUUCCUGCUUUCAGACGUUGGAACAGUUUUGAAGGUCAUUUCUUUGCACAGUGGAAACAGUUUGGAGACAGAGGAAGUUACACUGGAGGAGCUACAAGUCUUUAAGGUAGAUUUAAUUCCACUGGUUUUCAUAUUGAUCCCCUCUGUUCUUUCUUCGUCCCCAAUCAUGGUUCCCUUAUAUUUCGCCAUUUACUGUUAGAGGUGGUGAUCAUUCAAAGCACUCAGUUGAACCAACUGGCUGCUCUCGGUACCCAGGGAAUCAGGCUUUUGUGGUGGCUGCUCCCAAACUAUAGAGAAGUCUAUUUAUAUUGAAUACACUCAGUGGCCUAUCAUUUAUUUGAUCAUGGAUAAAAUAAACUAUCAUUUAUUGUUAUUGAAUUUCCCUUCAAGGAUCAAUUAAGUUAUUCUUAUUCUCAUUCUUAUCUUAUUCUUAUUUACAAAUUACUACUUUAAAUGGACUCUAACUCCAGUUGAUCUUGUCUAUUUUUAACAAGUUGUUAUUCCAGAUUGUCUGGCAGAUCCGUUAUUAUUAAUCUGUAAAAGUCAAAUCUUGGAUCUGCAUUGUUUUUAUUCUCAUACAAUGGUUCUUUCGUCUGUGUGCAUUAUUUUUUAAUUGUGCUUUAUUAACAAAUUUGACUUGAUUUGCUAAUGGGUAAGUUGUUGUCAUUUUUACAGGUGCCAACCCCAAUUACAUCCAUGGACAUCUCCGUCAAAAGAGUAAGUAUCACAAGUGUGAGUUUUAUUUGAGAGCUUGUUAACUUGAGGAAUCUAUGAUUUUAAUCAUUUUUCACCUUUUAUUUGGGUUCUCCUUCACAACAGCAAGCCCUGUUUGUGGGCUCUCCUACAGGAGUGGCACAGGUAAAGCUGCAUCGCUGCGAGACUUACGGGAAAGCCUGUGCAGAGUGCUGCCUGGCUAGAGACCCUUACUGCGCCUGGGACGGAUCACUGUGUUCUCGAUAUAUGCCGAACAGCAAAAGGCGCUACCGCAGACAGGACAUCAGGCAUGGGAACCCUGUGCUGCAGUGUAUGGAUCAGAAUCUGAGUGGUAAGUAUGAGUCUCUGUUCAAACAUAAUUCGCUCAUUGUUGGGAAUAAAGUCAAAGACAGCUUACAUCUUCAGUGAACAACAGCCCAACUAUAGUGCCACAACUUGUUAGUUUUGCACUUUUGUUUUGAGGGGAUUAGACAAAGGAAAGAAAGAGAUGAUACAUGUUAGAGAUGCUGGUUUGGGUCAGACUGCCUGUCAUCGGACUCCCAAUCUCUAUGCUGGAGCUACAAUAGGCAGCCGCUGGCUGUAGCUUUAUACUGACAACAACGACUUGCAGGUAGCUUUGCCAAUGCUUGACAGGUGAGGUUUGGAUUCUCUUUUAGCUUUGCCGUUUUAAAAAUGGAAAUUCUGACUUUAAAAAAAGGGUCAAAUAUGGUGCACUUGAUUGGGUAUUUUCUGAACAGCUACAGUAUGUCAGUCUGGGACACCUAAAAAGUAAAUUUGUAUGAUUUAUUGAUCACAUGGUGGGGUCCAUGAAAACACUCAUUUCAGCACUUUUCAGCCUCAGCCUGAAAUACUUAGUUUCGACUGCUUUUAGAGUUAGACACAGCUUGUGGGUGUUACUUUUUACUCCGUUUUGUUGUGUAUAACCACCCUAAAGUCAUGCUUUUACACAAAAUGUGGGAGGCUGGCCAAUAGUGACCACUUAAGCUGCUCAUUUAGUCCUGUUAGCAUAUGUUUAUUCUCAUCACAUUAACUACCGUUGCAGUGUUACUGACAGCUUGUGGUUCUGAGCCUUCACUGACACUCUUUUUAGACUGAGUAGGUUUUAGUAACUAAAUGAUGUGUAAAUGUAUCUUGUACUGGCCUCUGCUAACAAAGAAGUCAAGAGUUAAGUGGUGAGCACAGACAGCUUUGAUAUGGUGACUGUCGUCCCACAGCUGUGACGGUGACUCAGGGUGUCCAUUGUAAUAAUAGGUCAGUACUACCUAAUAACAGAUUUUCUGCAUGUCUAGAAACCAUGGACUGUAUGAUAUACUCUUGUAGAUGUCAACCAUUUGUUUCCAGCCUAUCAGCAUUGGUCGCCAUAUUGGGAAUGCUGACUCAUCGCCCAACUAGUAACCUUAAUAUCUUUGAAACAAAUGUUUGAUAAAAAAAUCUGAUUGAUAGUGCUUUCAGAGUUGCAGCUCACUCAUAACAGCUACCUAGGGAACCUGGAAACAAAUCCAGGGAUUAUGCCGCCAUCUGCGUAUCUCAUGCAGUGGAAUGUUGCCAAGAUUUGGUUUGGACAUCCAACUUUGUAACACUAUAUGCAUGUAUCCAAAUACACAUCAGCAUAACAGGUCCCCUUUGAAACCUGUCUUGGCUUGAAAUCCAUGUCCAAAACUAAGUAAAGGUUUCCUCCAUUUCAGAUAAGCAUUUUCUUUUGUAACAUCUGGACAUGGACAGCGCUUCCCUUACACUCUCUAAACUGUUUGGCCGUGGGUGGGAAGAACUCCAUCAUGACCCUGCGCUUGUGUAAACUGUCCAUGAGUCCUGAACCCUUUUAGUCCAAGGAAGAUGCUGUUGGAUAUGUGCCAGCCUGAUGAAAAUUGUCUGUGUUUGUGCCUGUAAGGGCCAGUGUAUGUCUUUGUGUCAGGAUGAAAGCCAAAAGGUAUUUACAUAAAAAGUCAGAUUUGUACAGGUCAGUUUAUCCUAACACUUAGAAACAGAUGGUGUACCGUGUUACUGACACAGAAUGCAUUUUCGCUCCUCAGAAACACACAUCUGUUUGAGUAACACAACAUAGAUAAUUCAUGUAGAACAUGGUAUUAUACUUAUUUCUCACCAGAACUUUGACCUCAAUGAAUGUGAGACAUUUUAAGAAAAUAUACGCUAAGACAUCCUUGAAAUGUAUCAGCAGAUUUUCCCAAUCACAGACAGAGUGUGAAAGGAGAAGAACUGAGAGACUGACGGAUGAGCUUAAACUGUCAGCAGACAUUUACUGUUCAAAAGCCAUGAACAAAGUCAGAGGAUGUCAUACUUGGAGGAUGGAUAAACAGAUAAAGAGGAUUUGGAGACAUGGGUAAGAAAAAGUAUGAAAUAAAUAGAUAAGUAAGGAUAAGGAGAGACAGGAAGGAAGAAUAUGUGCGUGGGAUGGAUUUUUGUCAGCUUUCCUGAGUAUAGAUAAAUACUGAGGUGUUGAAAUAUGUCUCCCUAAAGGCCUUUAGAAGAAGUCAGGCUUUACAAGCUUCCUUUGUGCCAAGGUGUCAAUCCCCAGAGGCGUGUUUUCUUUUCUUAGUCUGACAUGACAUCCUCACUUACGAUGAUGACUGUAUGUGAAAGAGUUUUUUCUAAACGUUAACAGUUACAGCCUUGAAUGGCUUGUGAUUUGCACUGUCACAUAUAUUUAUCAGAGAGUGCAGCCUGUUUGGAGGUCAUGCCCCAGCCUGUCAUUGUCUAAAGUUUUCAGAAAUCAGUGUUUCAAUGUCAAUAAAAUCAUUAGUUUUUAUUGUUUGUCAAAGGAGUAACAUAUUAAGAGUCUCAGUACACGUUGUGAUUUUCGGUAUUCUUAAAAAGAGCUUAGCAAGUUGUUUCUAUCUGGUUUCAGACGUCAAACUUUGCUACCAAGGCAAACAAGUCCAGUGCCUCCAUCCUGAAUAUGUGCAGAACAACAAAUAUUCUGACUUUACACCAUACUUUGGUGUUUUCACUCUUUUUGUCAUUUUUCAAACAGAGGAACUCGAUGUGACAGAGGACAGGGCGGUAUACGGCACCGAGAAUAACAGCACCUUCCUGGAGUGUGUCCCUCGCUCUCCACAAGCUACUGUUACCUGGUUUGUCCAACGUGACAGCCAUAAGGAAGAGGUGAGGUGAUGAGUAAACCGCCACGGGCCGAAAAAUCUUUUCAUCUCAAUGUGUCCUAAUACAUCUAUGAUGAAGGGAAAGGUGGGGAAACUUUGGGAGGAAGAUGGGUGAAGGAAAUGAAGAGUAACUACUCUUUAAAGUGAGAUUUAAGUGUGAAUUUGGCAUGUGCUUGACACAUUUAACAGCUGUUCGGCAUAUGGCUGAAAUUAGCAGGAUCUUUUCAAAGGAAAGUGCACGGCCGCUCAUUCUCUUGGAUAAACAGUAAAUUCUGUGCAAAUCUUGACCACAUGCCACUGAAAGCUGAAGUGUCGCAUCAUGUCUGACGGUUGCCCUGACUUAAACAUGGUGUAGCAAAGUACUUAGAAAAUAACAUUCCCAUGUUUAUCCACACCCUCAGUAAUCAUUCAUUUGUUUGAGGGUAUGUUUCUUUAAGCUUAGCUGAAAGCCUCGGCCAGCAGUGCAAGUAUUAAAGCAUUACCAGCACUCUCCAUUUCCUUGCAAAUAAACAUUUGGCUGUCAAUCCAUCGGACGAGGCUGCUGUGUGUGUUUUGGCAUAGGGGGAUAGUUGGACAAGCUGAAGGAAGGAAUCUGGAAAGAGGGGAAAGAUCAGGAGGUGUACAGAGUAAAGAGAGGUAAAACUGAGUUUCAGAGAAACCUGGUUGAAACAGGAGAAAGUACGAAAAAGAAAAGAAAGUAAAAGUAAAAACUGUCAGUGACUGGGCUUCUAUGUACAUUAUUGCUAUUGCGUCUCAGGCUGAGAAUACAGUACAAAGAGCCUUUUUCUCCCUCUUUGCUUUCUCACGCAAUGAAGUGGAUUACAAGCUCUUGGCCCCAAAUUUCCCUGAUUUCUUUUUAAAGUUAGUUUGCAUCAGCCAGAUGAAUCCGUCUUUGCUGCAUACAAAGUUUCAGGAAAACUGUAUUUAUUUACUUCAAUUGAAAGGUUUCAAAAUCUGCCCAGUGUGAGACACAGUUAAUAGUUUUAAUAGUCUGUUGGUUUUGUUAGAUAACAACAAAUUCAGAGUGCAAAACUUUGCCCACAAUCAUUUUCCUGCCUGCUGAUAUUGUCCACCUUCUGUCUCUUCGGUUUGUGUUGUGAAACAAAACCAGUGCGAUAGGAAGAACACUUGACAGCUGUUGAGGGACUCAUUUCCAGUCACUUUUUUCCAUCUUCAGGAAAGAGCGUACAUGGAUGUGAAGACUGUUUAGCUGAGGCUUUGACCACAUUGACAAAAAAAUCCAGUGAUCAGUUCAUACACACAAAUGAACAUUUUUAAAUUUCAAGUUUAAUGCUAGCAAACAUGUUUCUCAAAAGUUGUAACAAGAACGACAAACAAAAAAAGACCUGGAAGAACAUCUCCCAGCUAAUUAGAUUAAUUUGUAACAUGACUGAGUUUAAAAAUCACAUUGCUGAGAAGUUGUGGAAAUUAAGAUGGGGGGGGGGGGGGGGGGGGUUCACCACUCUGUGAAAUACUGAGUGGGAAAAUAUUUCAUUUAUUCAGAAUAAUGUUUCAGCCUGAAAUUGCAAAGAGCAUGGAGAUUUCAUCAUGGAUACUGUACAUGAGAUCAAUAAAAAAACUGAGGAGAAUCAAGAGAAACUCCGUCACAAAAGUGUCAAAGUUGACAACGGAGAUCAUUGAACUCUCACUGGCAGCUCUGCAUCAAAAAUAGGCAUGACUCUGGAGUGGAAAUCACUGCAUAGGCUCAAAAUCACUUUUUACACAGCUUGUAGUUGCAUCCAUAAAACUGCAGGUAAUAUCUGAACCACAUGUGAACAUGAUGCAGAACGGCUCUCUGGGCCCCACAAGUAGGCAUUUCUAAAACUCAUUUCCAGUAUCAAAUUGAACAUGCGCACUAUUGUCAAUUUAACAUGGGGUUCAAAUAAAAAUUGAACCCUCAGAUUCUGUUUUAUCAACAUUUCACACAGAUUCUUUGGACUUGGGGGUGAUAAAUCUGUUAUUUGUUGUUCUGUCAUUUAUGUAAGUUAAGUAAGUUAUUAACCACGCUCUUGUCAUUUAGGUGAAGCUGGAUGAUCGGGUGAUGUCAGCUGAGCAGGGUCUCCUGUUCCGCCGACUUUUCCGCCAAGAUGAAGGCGUGUACAUCUGUGUCUCCAGAGAGCACAGCUUCACACAGACCCUGGCCCGCCUCACACUUGAAGUCCUCCAGGGGGAGACUGUGGACGAGCUCAUGGCACGCGACAACAUGGCCAGCCUCUCUGACUCAUUCAAAGACCGGUCCACAGGAAGCUACAGGGCUUGGAUGCCUUGUGCUGCUUACAGCAGGGGCUCAUCCAACCAACUGAGCCAAUCACGUACAUGGUUCAAGGACAUCAUGCAGCUGAUUGGGCCGUCCAACCUGCCACAUGUGGAGGAAUACUGUGAGAGGAUGUGGUGCAAUGACAAGCUGAGGAGGAAACACAAGAGCAUGUUGGAGAAGUACCGCCAGGCACAGGAGAGCGCCAGGAAGGCUCGAAGCAAGAGCUCCGGUGAGAGGAACCGGACACCAAGGGAUCUCAGCGUGUGGAAAGAGUAAUGGAGAAAGAGAGAGCAAAAAGGGGAGAAAAAGACAGAAAUAGGGAGGGACAACAUUGAAGUUCAAGACAGGAUGAAAUGGUCAAAACCAGCAUCAAAUUCUAACUGCAGGACUUACUGACUUGCAUUUUAGAGGAUGAAGAAGACAAAAGAAAUAUGUUUCUCCAGCUCCUGAACCCAACACAAUGGAUUUUAUAAAAUAAGUGUAAAUAAAUGUGAGAUUUUGGGGGUCAGAUCUAAACAUCUGGCCCAAAAAACCAUCACGUCUAGCUGCCUGGGAAGACUUUACAGCGACAAACUUCUGCUGAACUGUACUGAGCUAGACUGGUUGUUGCCUUUGUUAUCGUGUUGAUAAAAAAGAAACAAGAGACAAUCUUUAAAAUAUACUUCAAAGAUGUUUGUCGGACAAGACUUUCCUUUUUGCACCCAAUCCUAACCCUAUUGAAAUGUCCUUUCCAAUGAAAACCUUCAAGACCUCUCAAGACUUAUGGUGUAGACACGCUUGUGGACCGACUUUACCAGCUGCCUCAUCAGGUGUUUUCAGACUAGAGGUUUAUCAUGUCCACAAAGUGGGUGUGAUUUUAGUUCUUCAAACUCUGACAAGUCAGUGUUGUAGAGUAGACUAUCUCCCAGUGUAAAGAAAGACCCUAAUUAACUUCAGUGUUUGUUGACUUCCAUUGUCAUCAUACAACAUUAGACUUGUAGUGAAAGUAACUGAAAAUGUGGAGCCCUCAGUCUGUCUCUAUUUUAACCUUUAUAUAGACAGGAGAUUACAUCAGACCAAACCUUUAAAAAGAAAACUGGUUGAGUCUCUGGUUGAUUUAUUCAGUCCUUGUUGAACAGUCUGAGUUGAAUCUUGGGACUUUAAAAGAGAGGAGCACCCGUUCAAUCUGUAAACAACAACAUACUACAAGAUCUGACACAUUCACUGGCUCUCCUUUUGGAAAGUCACAAUUCAGAAUAUCAUGGCUAUGAAAUAUAACAGGAAACACAUUAUUGUGAUAUUUAUUGAAAACAGUGCAAAAUAAGUCAGAGUGGAGUGACACAUUACUUUUCAAACCUAACGAAUAACUUACAUGUCAACAUCUAUUCCUCAUGAUGUUCAACUUUAUGAAUUCCCACAUCACAAGCACUGUAGCUGAAACUUUUUAGUCAUGAUUUUAUUUUGAUAUUAUUUUCUUUGUUAUCUUGAGGUUGCUCACUUUCCCAGGUAAAACGAUGUAUAUGCUACUUCCACUUGAUUGUAAGUCACAAGACUGAACAAAAACAGCUAAUUGAACAAUUUGAAUGUGUAGAUGUUAAGGUGAUCAGUAACCCCAAGAGUGCUGUCACAGCUAGCUUGCUAGCAGCUGCUGCCUCUUCUUUCUCUUGCUCAGUUUUAUGGCAGGAACUCUUAAUAUUACAGUAAACCAUUUUGUGACAUAAAAUCAAUAUUUCUUUGUUUUAAGGUGGUUAUUUUCAGUACUGGUAUAUUUUGACAGUUCUUUUAUCCAUCUGUUGUCCAGCCUAUCAAGUUAGACAACGUAACUAACGGCUAUCACUGGAUUCCUCUCUCUCCGGUUUUGUAUUUAGUGCUUUAUGUUGCACUCUUUCUUUUCAGUCCUAGAUUUUUGUUGAUAGAACUGUCAUAUUUAGCACAGCAUAAGACUUGACUGACUUUGCAGUUUAGAUAAACUGUAGUAACAGUAUAUGUAAAAGAGACACAUACAGCCAUUGAACACCAGCCUGGACUCUUGCUGACACAGAUCGUGCCAAUGCACAUGGAAAAUGUGGGACUUUGGAUGUGUAUACAUACACUCUCCCAAAAGCUAAAUCCCACUCACCCAUGUUACUGACUGUAUAAGCUCGAUUCGCUUGAACUGGAAGCAUCCAUGAGACGACUGUUGAUGGUUCAACAGAUUGAAGGCACAUUGCUUUAUUGAACAGCUGUGGGUUAAACUUUCCACUGAACACCAGCUCCAGAUCAAAAUUUUUCUUCACUGACCCUUUAAAGAAUAUUUCCCAGGGGCUUAUGGUCAUGCUUUUGGGUAUAUACCGUUACACCUCAUGUACCUGAUGGCCGCAGUAAAGCUCUGUUUUCUUUUGCUGGUGAUCCUUGUGCACCUCAGCUCAAUAAAAUCUGAGUGUGCGGUCUCAUUUCAAUUAUACUCUUGAUGAUAUAACUGAACAUCAACUGUAGUAUCCAUUACAUUUUUUUUUUUUUUGCCCAAUGCGACCUAUCAAAGUGUGGUGUAACCGUUAAAGGAGAUAUUACAUAACUGGAUCUCUCCAUGGUAACCAGCCACUGAACUCAUUUGUGCUAUAAUGCUGGGAAAGAACAGCCCCUAUAGGGAACUGUGACAAUGAGUGGAACAAUGAAAGGGGUCAGCUGUACUUUUCCUCUGGUGCUUUCUGCUUUGGAAACACUGGUUUUAAGACGGUUCAUGGUUUGAACACACGAUAAUCCACAUUGUUAUCUUCUUCAGUUUUGUUGUUAAAAUAUAACUUUUAGGGUUAAAAAGUCAAAGAGUGCAACGGGUGGAGAGGAAGAGGAGGGAUUGAACAGUUAAGAUGGAUCUGGGAAGUUCAGGAGAAAAGGGGAAAGCUUGGCUUGAACAGGGAGGAGGGAAAAGGUGGAAAGGCAUCAAAGGAGAACUGGUGCCAAGCUAAAACUCUUCAGUGGAAGUCUAGUUGGGAAAUUGUUGGUGUAAUAAAUGAUCUGUUUUGAACAUGUAGUAAACAUCUACCCAUGUGCUUUUGGGUACAUACCGUACCCACUGUACACCCCCCCAUACGGGUGUCUGCAUACUGCAAUCAAACUGAUGAGGAGACCACCAAACCAAACCAUUGUUCUCCAUGUUUAUUACCCCUUCAGUCUUGUUUUACCUUGAGAGAUUUAGACAGUCCGGACUCUGGUUGUUGGUCACUAGACUUUGUUAGUCUGUGGUGUGCUGUGUUGGCCGUGUUAUGUCUCUACACAAACACUAAAAGAAAAAAAAAAAACGAAUUGUAAAAUCCAUAGACUGUAUAUAGAAUAGAUGCUGUCUGCCUCCUUGCUGGGUAAAGCCACCCCGAGAACAGCACCCUCUGGUGACUCUCCCCUCUCAAACAGUAAUGCGGCUUCUGUGCACCCUCUUCCCACCAUAGCCAGUUCCUUGGCUCUCCAAAGAGCCCUUAACCAAUUCAAAACCAUAGACUGUAUAAAAUGGAUGCUGUCUGCCUCCUUGCUGGGUGAAGCCACUCCACGAACAGCACACUCUGGCGACGGGCUGCAGUAUAGGUCAUAAAUCCCGGCUCCUCCAGCAAUCCCUGUAGAGCUGUGGACAAACUUUAGAAAUUAAUUACACAGACUAUAAAAUGUUCUCCCCCCUGCCUGGGAUGUUGACAUGCAGUUACUGUGAGACUGGUUUGUGCUCAAAUCCCCUUUUUUCUGUGCAGCUCCGUUUUUAAAAGUUAUUAGCGGGUUCAUGGUUUCUAUAAUUGACAGUUGAUACAGCCUAUGGGCGUAUGAAGAUUGAGUAACUCACCCAGGGGGUACGCUGUUUGAGCGGAGCGUCAUCACAGCGACUCUCCCGCUGAAUUCAUACAAUGCUACUGUGCAAGUGGUGGUUCCAGGAAGUGGAGAAAAUGAUAAAAAUAUUGAGAGCAAUUUUGCUUCUAAUUCGCAUAAUGACGGAAGACGGAACCAACUUGUCCAUAGUAUAUACAGUCUAUGGUUAAAUCUAACAUUUGCUGUCAUCUGUGAGUCUCUCAUAUUUUCUAUAUUUGUUUCAAUAUCAGCCUUAAGUGGUGAAAUCAUCAAUAUGGGGACAAUGCAAUCAGGCUUAUACUUCGACUAACAGUGGCCAAUGAACUGAAUACCUCCAAUAUGGCUGCAAAGUGAGAUCCUAGCAGUAUGGAUAAAAAUAAUCCUUCCUUAUGGAAAAGUGGUCCAUCUAUUUUGGGAGGCCUCAUUGUUUAAUAUUAGCCAGGAAGCAACCCAGACACUGGUGAACUCAGUGACCUGUCUGUAACCUUGGUAGCGUGUGAACAAUUCCUCACUGGACAAAUAAAGACAAAUGAGCGGUAUGGAUCAGAAGAAAGAUAGGUGAUUUUUUUAGGUAUGGUACGAUAAGAUAAGUAUCUAUGAUAAACAUCUGUGUGAACCACAUUUCUACCACUUCAUCAGAGAAAAUAUUACAAAUGGUGACAUAUUUAUUCUCAACUUGCUCAGCACAUAUUUUUACUCCAGUGAAGUUUAUUGUCGUAGUUUGAGAAGUUUGAUAUUAGCAAUAAGCUUGCACUUAUUUUCUCUGAAAAUAUUUUUUCUCAUGCAUAAACUAACAAAAAGGUAAUUAAAAGACAAAAGUAGGAGCUAAAUUAACAAAUAGAUGGAUAGUUGGUGAAGUGUUGAAAACUUUCUCUGUCUCAUAUGUAUGUUUCAGUCUAAGACUGGCCUUUUAUUUCUAAGUUUAAGAAAAAAAAGUGAUUUACUCUAAAAAAAAAAAAAAGUAAAAUAUGUGUAAGGUGCAACUUCUUUAUCUGUAGUGUCAAACUAACUGUAAGGUUUCAACAGUCCUGCAUCCAUCACAUGAGAUGAACUGCUAAAAUAAAAGCUGACACCGCAUUUGCUGGACUGUUUGAGACUUAACUGACACAAUACUUCAGGGUGAUGCAUUAUUUUUGUGAUUUUAAAAAUAUGACAAAAAUGUGUAACUCUUCUUUGUUGGUUACUCAUGCAUGUUUGAAACACAUUGCAAAGCUUUUAACUGCAUUUCAGUUGCAAAGUUGAACAAAAUAAAUUUUUGUGUUCUCCAUAUGUUCUCCAUAUGUGUUCCCUAACUGUUCUAGUGCUCUCUUCAAUUGUGGUAGUUAAAAGUAUUUGUAACAUUCGAUGGAUUUUGUAAUGUGACAAGGACUCAAAUAGUCAUCUGUGUAUUGUUUUAACUUCUGCAAAACUGGGGCAGAGUUCUGCUAAACUACACCAGGUCAUUUCACUGAUUGGAGGCUGAUUGACUCCACCUGAUCAGAGGAACCCUAAUCAAUAAAAUGUGUGCACCUGCAGGGAUCUCCACAGCUCUUCUGCUCCAGGCAGACCAAAGGUUCAAUCAGUAGGAGACAGAAAGAAGAAACUGCUGUCAAAGACACAUAACAUAGUCAUGGCUAUGGCAGCUGUGAGCUUGGAAAGUUGGCCGUCCAAUAAGCACAUGGGGGUUUGUCAUCGCUGUGCUGGAGGACAAAAGGGUCAUAAACAUGCUUUUCUGAGAGAACGCGUCCUAAUUAAAAUAAAAGCAUCAAGACUGUUACUGCAGAAGCAAGAAAAGAGAAUAAAAAGUGGACUAUAUUGUGUGAGUGCUUUCUCCUGGAGUGCUGAAAAAUUGUGCAGGCUGUGUGGUCUCUGACCAAGCCUCAUUUAAACGUGUAUCUGCUUUUUAUUUAAGUGUCUUUCAACAGUAAAUGCUUUGCCAUUGUCCUUGUAUGCUAUUUAACAGCAAUAAAAGUGGAUUUUCUAACAUUA